CAACAAACAUGUCAACACAGGCGCCGACGUUCCUGCAGCCGCUGCAGAGCGUCGUGGCACUAGAGGGUAGUGCCGCGACGUUCCAGGCUCAAGUCAGCGGUUCUCCUGUUCCUGAGGUGAGCUGGUUCCGUGAUGGCCAGGUUCUCUCCGCCGCGGUUCUGCCCGGCAUUCAGAUCUCGUUCAGCGAUGGCCGCGCUGUUCUGAGGAUCCCUGCUGUGACUGCCGCACACAGUGGGAGGUUCUCCGUCAGAGCGACCAAUGGAGCCGGACAAGCCACCAGCACUGCAGAACUUCUCGUCACAGCGGAGACAGCGCCGCCCAGCUUCCUGCAGAGGCUGCAGAGCUCCACAGUCCGGCAGGGCAGCCAGGUGAGGCUGGACGUCCGAGUGUCCGGCAUCCCCCUUCCCGUGGUGAAGUUCUUCAGGGAGGGGGCGGAGAUCCAGAGCUCGGCCGACUUCAGGAUCCUGCAGGAGGGCGAGCUGCACAGCCUGCUGAUCGCUGAGGCCUUCCCCGAGGAUUCUGGGAAUUAUUCUGCCACCGCCACCAACAGCAGCGGACGAGCCACCUCCACCUGCGAGCUGCUGGUGCAAGGUGAGGAAGCUAUUCCAGCAAAGAAAACCAAAACAGUGAUUUCGUCCCGUCAGACUCGAGUGGAGAAAAGGGUGGAGGCCAGUUUCCAGUCGUCCAUGAUGGCGAUGCAUGUGGAAGGGGGGGAGCUGACUCUGGCUCAUAAGACCCCCCCCAGAGUUCCUCCCAAACCAGCGUCCAAAUCCCCAACACAGCUGUCACUGGCCGCCAAGGUGGGGGGCGGCCGACAACAGUCCCCGUCGCCCGUCAGACACGUGAAGGCCCCGACGCCAACGCCAUCCAGGUGGGUGUGAUGGACAUUAAACUGUUCUGAAUCUGAAAGUGUUGUAACUGAGCUGUCUGUCGCCCCCUUCAGACCGUCCAAGUCUCCCAUCAGCAGCCGCUCUCUGGCAGACGCCGGCGGCGACGUGCUGCCACCCUGGAAGCGGGGCGAGCUCGGGUUCAGCGCCAUGACCAGCAUGACCGCCAUGACCAGCAUGACCAGCAUGACCAGUAUGUCCAGUAUGACGAGUCACCUCUGUGCCUGACAGAGGCAGGAAGGUUGGGGAUGGAUGACCUGCGAUGUAUGUGUUGCUGGUUGUGUCUGCAGGCUGGGGGGGGGGAAAGCGGUGGCUGUGGCCACGGUGUUGGCCGCCGUAGAUCUGGCUCGUGUCCGUCAGCCCGUUCUGGGCGGGGCUGAAGAAGAGGAGGCAGGGCUAACGCAGCACGCCGCCGCAAACAUGGCCGCCGGUCAGCAGCUCGCAGCGGGUCACAUGAUCACAUCUGAACCUGCCCCGUUCACCAAGAGAGGGACAGAAACCUCCCAGGUGGACUCUGGUCUCGCCCCAUCCCCUCUUCCACAUUUCACAGUUUCUAAAGUUUCUAUCCCGAAACACGAGGCUAGCUCCGAGGUCUCCAUCGCCGGCUCGGCCAUCGCCGCUCUGCACAGAGAGUUCUCCUCCUCUGCCGGGGUUAGAAAGAUCAUCAAACCAGUCAAGUCUCCCAGUCCGUCCCGUACAAAGACCAUGGAGACGGAUUCCAUCCCCUCCCCCUUCAGAGGCUUCACCCAGACAUAUGAGGCGGUGCUGUCGGGGGGGCAGGAGGCAGGAUAUGUGGAGUGGGGAGCCCAGGUGGCGGAGGCAGCAGCUGUGCCGUCUGCCGGUGGCGCCGUGCUCCCGCCCACCCUGGUGUCGGGCCUGAAGAACACGAACGUGACGGAGGGCGAGACGGUGACGCUGGAGUGUCAGAUCAGCGGAAACCCCGCCCCCAUUAUCAUGUGGUUCAGAGAGGACUACAAGAUAGAGAGCAGCAUCGACUUCCACAUCUUCUACGAGAGCAGUGUCGCUCAGCUGGUGAUCCGCGAAGCCUUCGCCGAGGACAGCGGACGCUUCACCUGCACAGCCACAAACGAAGCGGGAACCAUCAGCACCUCCUGCUACCUGCUGGUCCAGGUGUCCGAGGACAUCGAGAGCAGAGAGGAGGUGGCUGCAGAAACUGAUGUUUGUUUGUGCAGAGAAAAAGAAGAUCCAGAGGAGACUGAGUCUCAGGUGAGCGAACCCGACGUGCCCGCCGCCGCCCCGGUCUUCAUCAGGACGCCCAGCGUUCAGAAGCUGGUGGAGGGGGGGAGCGUGGUGUUCGACUGUCAGGUGGGGGGGAGCCCCAAACCUCACAUCAUCUGGAAGAAGGGCGGCAUCCCGCUCACUACCGGAUACAGAUAUAAAGUUGCCUAUAAGAAGGAGACCGGCGAAUGUAAGCUGGAGAUCUCCAUGACCUUUGCCGAUGACGCCGGAGAAUACUCAGUGUUUGUCAAGAACCCUCUGGGAGAAGUUUCCGCCUCUGCAAACCUGCUGGAGGAAGAGGAAUACGAAGCCCUGAUGAAGAAACAGGAAGCUGCCUUUAAGACUGAAGUGACAGCCAUGGUGCAGGAGCCCACCGCCGGGGACGUCCCCCCCGCUGGAGCAACCCCCAUGGAGCAGAUGACCACAACCAUUAUAACCGGACAGGACUUCCAUCUGUCUGCCAUCGAGCAAAGGAUCAUACACGAGUACGAGCUCGUCAUCAUGAAGUUUACCUACAGAGAGAUUGUGGCGGAGGACGGAGAGGUGAUUGUGACCGACCCAGACAAGGCCGUGCAGCCCACAAUCGUCACCCCGGUCAAAAACUACAGAAUCAUGGAAGGCAUGGGGGUCACCUUCCACUGCAAAAGCAGCGGGAUGCCUCUUUCCAAGAUCGCCUGGUUCAAAGACGGCCAGCGCAUCAGGUCCAGUGAUCGUUACCAGAUGGAGGUUCUCGAGGACGGACGUGCCAGCCUGCGCCUGCCCGUGGUGCAGCCAGAGGACGAGGGAGUCUACACCGCCUUUGCCAGCAACGUGAAGGGGAACGCCGUCAGCUCCGGGAAGCUCUACGUGGAGUCCGGAGCUGGAGCUCCUCAAAGAUACACACCACAACCAGCCUUGCAAAGAAUCAGAUCCUCGUCUCCUCGCUCUCAGAGCCGCUCUCCUGGACGUUCCUCCAGCCGUUCGCCCGGACGCUCUCCGGCCCGCCGGCUGGACGAGACGGAUGAGGCCCAGCUGGAGAGACUCUACAAACCUGUGUUCGUCAUGAAGCCUGCCUCGUGUAAAUGCUCUGAGGGCCAGACGGCACGCUUUGACCUGAAGGUGGUCGGCAGACCGAUGCCCGACACGUACUGGUUCCACAACGGACAACAAGCGGUUAGCGACUACACCCACAAGAUCGUGGUUAAGGAGGACGGGACCCAGUCCCUGAUCAUCGUCCCCGCCAUGCCUCAUGACUCUGGAGAGUGGACCGUGGUGGCCCAGAACCGGGCGGGACGCUCCAACAUUUCUGUCACGCUCACCGUGGACGCCAAAGAGACGCUGGUGCGACCCCAGUUCACAGAGAAGCUGAAGAACCUGAGUGUGAAGCAGGGCACUCUGGUGGAGCUGGCGGUCAGAGCCAUCGGAAACCCACUGCCCGACAUCGUCUGGCUCAAGAACAGCGACAUCAUCUCUCCACACAAACACCCCAACAUCAGGGUGGAGGGAACCAAAGGAGAGGCCAAAUUUCAGAUCCCGUCUGCCGCCGGUGCAGACAGCGCCUGGUACACGGCCACAGCCAUCAACAAGGCCGGCAGAGACACCACCCGCUGCAGGGUCAACGUAGAGGUGGACCAAUUGGAGCCCCAACCCGAGAGGAAGCUUGUUAUUCCCAAAGGAACCUACAAAGCCAAGGAGAUCGCAGCGCCCGAGCUGGAGCCCUUGCACCUUCGUUAUGGCCAGGACCAGUGGGAGGAGGGCGACCUGUACGACAAAGAGAAGCAGCAGAAGCCUCAGUUCAAGAAGAAGCUGACCUCCAUCCGGAUGAAGCGCUUUGGCCCGGCUCACUUCGAGUGUCGGCUGACGCCCAUCGGAGACCCCACCAUGGUGGUGGAGUGGCUGCACGAUGGGAAACCCCUGGAGGCCGCCAACCGGCUGCGCAUGGUCAACGAGUUUGGAUACUGCAGUCUGGACUACGAAGCGGCUUACGCCAGAGACAGCGGCGUCGUCACCUGCAGGGCUACUAACAAGUACGGGGCAGACCAGACGUCUGCCACAUUAGUGGUGAAGGACGAGAAAGGCCUGGUUGAGGAGACUCAGCUCCCUGAAGGCAGGAAAGGCGGACACCGGAUGGACGAGAUGGAGCGUCUGGCUCAUGAGGGGGGACCUGCAGGCGUCACCACUGAUGACGAGUUUGAGAAGAUCAAACCGGAGAUCGUACUUCUUCCUGAACCCGCUAGAGUAAAGGAGGGCGACAUUGCUCGAUUCCGCUGCAGAGUCACCGGCUACCCAACCCCCAAGGUCAACUGGUACCUCAACGGGCAACUCAUCCGUAAAAGCAAGAGAUACAGACUCCGGUACGACGGUAUUUACUACCUGGAGAUCACAGAAAUCAAGUCCUAUGACUCAGGAGAGGUGAAGGUGACAGCGGAGAACAACCUAGGUUUGGUAGGGCACACGGUGAAACUGGAGAUCUCUGAGAAGGAGGAUUUCAGGACUCCACUGCGCCGCACAGAGUGUAAGGCCGCGGCCCCCGCUGCCGAACCUGGAAAAACUACAUUUGAGGUUGUGAAGGCUGAGAAACCCUCCGAGGACUCACAGCUGAAGGAGGUGGUGAAGCUGAAGAAGGCCCAGAGGAACGUGCACGCUAAAUCCACAGAGGAGUCGGAUGAGCUGCGUGGGAAGUUCAAGCGCCGUACGGAGGAAGGCUACUACGAGUCCAUCACCGCUGUUGAGCUCAAGUCCCGCAAGAAGGACGAGUCCUAUGAGGAUCUGCUGAAGAAGACAAAGGAGGAUCUGUUGCAUCGCGCCAAGGCUCAGGAGGAGGCGGCGAAGAAAAAGGAGGAGGAGGAGCGCAAAUUGACCGCAAAACCUCUGAAACCAGAGCGUGUGAAGCUCUCUGCCAGCAUGGAGGCCCCAAAGAUCCUGGAGCGCAUCACCAGCCAGACGGUGUCACUGGGAGAUGAAGUGAAGUUCAGGGUCCGGGUGGUGGGCAGGCCGGAUCCCGAGUGCCAGUGGUUCAAGAACGGCGUUCAGCUGGAGAAAACGGAGCGGGUGAACUGGUACUGGCCCGAGGACCACGUCUGCGAGCUGGUCAUCAGAGACGUCCGGCCCGAAGAUUCAGCCAGCGUCAUGGUGAAGGCCAGCAGCCGGGCCGGAGAAACGUCCAGCCACGCCUUCCUGCUUGUUCAAGCCAAGCAGGUGAUCAAGUUCACCCAGGCGCUGGAGGAGGUCCAGGCCAAAGAGAAAGACACCAUGGCCACCUUUGAGUGUGAGACCAACGAGCCCUUUGUCAAGGUCAAAUGGCUUAAGAACAACCAGCAGAUCUUCACCGGCGACAAGUACAGGAUGCACUCAGACAGAAAGGUCCACUUCCUGUCUGUACUGAUGAUCAGCAUGAAGGACGACGCAGAGUUCUCCUGCAUGGUGAUCGACGACGAAGACGUGACGACCACCGGCAAGCUCACCGUAGAGGGUGCUCCACUGGAGAUGCUGAAGCAGCUGGAGAGCACCGAGGUCCCCGAGACGUACUCUGCAGAGUUUGAGUGUGUGGUUUCCCGUGAGGACACUGAGGGAAGCUGGUUCUUCAGAGAGAAGGAGCUCUCCGCCAGCAGCAAAUACGUCAUUUCCUCCCGCAGAGGAAGACACAGCCUCUCCGUUAAAGACGUGAAGAAGGAGGACCAAGGGAAAUACUCCUUCAAAACCGGAGAGUUCAAGACCAGCGCCUCCCUAAAGAUGAAACUGCGCCCGGUGACGCUGAUGCAGCCGCUCAGCGACCUGACCGUCUGUGAGGGCGACAUCGCCCAGCUGGAGGUCCGCUUCUCUCAGGAGAACGUGGAGGGCAGCUGGAUGAAGGACGGGGCGGCCGUCACCGCCUCGGACCGAGUCCACAUCGUCACCGACAAACAGAUCCACAAGCUGCUGAUCGAAGACACCAGCAAGGUGGAUCAUGGGAUGUAUUCCUUCGUGGUCCCCGAUCACGCCAUCUCCACUAGCGCCAAGCUUAUCAUCCAGACAAUCAGCGUGCUUAUCCCUCUGAAGGACACGAGUGGAGUUGAAGGUACGAAGGCGGUUCUGGAGACAAAGAUCUCGGCCCAGGACGUUCUCUCGGUGAAGUGGUUCCAAGACGGGAAGCUGCUGACAGCCAGCGAGCGAGUGCAGAUGGUGUCAAAGGGAGCCAAGCAGAGGCUCGUAUUCAACCGGACCUUCGCCUCUGACCAGGGCCAGUACAAGCUGAUGGUGGGCCGGGCCGAGACCAGCUGCCAGUUCACCGUCCAGACCGUGCAGAUCCUGAAGCCGAUCAAGGACCAGGAGUGCUCGGAGUCGGAGAACGUGGUGUUUGACGCCGAAGUUUCUCACGCUGGCAUCGAUGCCUUCUGGACCUUCAAGAGGCAGCCGCUGAAGGUCGGGCCCAAACACAAGAUGGAGUCCAAGAACAAGCGGCAUACGCUGACUGUCAUGAAUGCCAUGAAGGACGAGGAGGGCGAGUACAUGUUCGCCGCCGGGGAGAAGAUGUGCAACGCCACGCUCACCGUCUCCGGGGGCGCCAUCAAGAAGCCUCUGAGGGACCUGGUGGUUGCUGACUCUCAGAUGGCGGUGCUGGAGUGCGAGGUGGCGAACCCAACGGCGGAGGGGAAGUGGCUGAAGGACGGGAGCAGUGUGGACUUCAACGAGAACACGAGCAGCGAGACGAAGGGCGCCGUCAGACGCCUCGUCAUCGCCAUCACCAAGGCAACCGACGUGGGCGAGUACACAUACCAGGUGGCCACGUCCAAGACCACCGCCACCCUGAGGGUUGAGGCGGUGAAGAUCAAGAAGACGCUGAGGAACCUGAACGUGGUGCAGACGCAGGACGCCUCCUUCAGCCUGGAGUUGACCCACAAGGAUGUGAGGGGGGCGGCGUGGAUCAAGAACGGGGUGGAGAUAACGCCCAGCGACAAGUACGAGAUCAUCAUCGAGGGCGCGGUGCACACGCUGAGGAUCAGGAACUGCAGCACCAACGACGAGUCCGUUUACUCCUUCAAACUCGGGAAGCUGUCGGCCAACGCUCGGCUCAACGUGGAGGGCAUCAAGAUCCUGAAAAAGCCGAAGGACGUUACCUCCCUUCUCGGGGCGACCGCCGUGUUUGAGCUGGGUCUGUCCGAGGACGGCAUCCCUGUGAAGUGGAUGUUUAAUGGCAUGGAGCUGCAAACCAGCGACAGCUACAAGAUGCUGUCAGAGAAGAAGACACACAAGCUGAUGGUGCAGGACGUGGACAACAGCAAGCAGGGGGAGUACAGCGCCGUGGUGGGACACCUGCACUGCAGCGCACGCCUCAUGGUCGAGUCCCUGCGCGUCACCAAGCCCCUGAAGAACGUGGCGGUGCCGGAGACUCAGACGGCGUCCUUUGAGUGCGAGGUGUCUCACUUCAACGUACCUUCCACCUGGCUGAAGGACGGCGUGGAGAUCGAGAUGAGCGAGAAGUUCAGGAUCGUGGUUCAGGGGAAACUCCACCAGCUGAAGAUCACCAACACGAGCCGCGACGACGCCGCCGAGUACACCUUCGUCUGCGGGAACGACCGCGUGUCCGCCACGCUCACCGUCAGCCCCAUCCUGAUCUCCACGAUGAUGCAGGACCUGAACGCUCAGGAGAAAGACACGGUGACCUUCGAGGUGACGGUGAACUACGAGAACUUGACGUACAAGUGGCUGAAAAACGGCGUGGAGAUCCGGUCCACGGACCGCUGCCAGGCGCGCUGCAAGCAGCUGACGCACACGCUGAGCAUAAGGAACGUCCAUGGUGGAGACAGUGCUGCCUACAGCUUCUCCGCAGGGUCGGCCAUCACCACCGCAAAACUCCAUGUGGAGGCCCGCGUGGUUGAGUUCACAAAGCACCUGAAGGACAUGAAGAUCACAGAGAAGAAGAGGGCCACCUUUGAGUGUGAAGUCUCUGAGCCCAAUGUGCAGGUGAUGUGGAUGAAGGACGGCCAGGAGUUGGAGAUGUCGGACAGAUAUAAGAUGAUCUCCGAUAAGUUCGCCCACCAGCUGGUGCUGCAGUCUGUACGCCUCUCUGACGCUGGAGAGUACACCGCCGUGGCUGGAUCCAGCAUGUCCAAGGCAUCGCUGGGGGUCCUGGGCCGGGACAUCAAGAUCUCCGAGCCCGCCAGCAGGAACAUCACCGUUGUGGAGAAGCAGCGCGCCACCUUUGAGUUCGAGGUGAACGAGGACGAGGUGGAGGGCCGCUGGCUGAGGAACGGCGUGGAGAUCCAGUUCUCUGUGGAGCAGCGCUUCAGCUACGUCUGCAUCAGGAGGCUGCACCGCCUCACCGUCUCAGAGACCUUCAGGAGCGACGCCGGAGAAUACACCUUCAUCGCCGGCAAGAACCAGACCACCAUGAACCUCAAUGUCAGACUGCCGGAGCCUCCUCAGAUCGUGCGGCAGAUGCAACCUCAGACCGUUUCAUCCGGUCGCUCGGUGCGCUUCACAGUACAGGUGAACGGUCUGCCGAUGCCCCAGGUUUCCUGGUACAAAGACUCCCAGUUGCUGAUCACAGACUCAAAGUGCAAGAUCCUCCAUGACGAGAACGAACACACGCUGAUGCUGCUCGACCUCUUCCCCGAGGACGCGGCCGUCUACAGCUGUGCGGCCAGGAAUGACUUCGGAGAGGCCAUGAGCUCCGCCGCACUCACCGUUGAAGUUCAUGAGACAGAAUCCCGGGUUUCUGCUCCGGUCCUCCAAGCCCCGUUGAGGGACGUACUGGUCGCAGAAGGACUCCCGGCACAGUUCCAGUGCACCGUCUCUGGGGAAGAUCUGCAGGUUUCCUGGUUCUGUGGCGACAGAGAGGUCAGGCAGUCGGACAUCUUCAGGAUGUCUCGUUAUGGUCAAACCUGCCAGCUGGACAUUUCUAAAACCCUCUCCCAGCACGAGGGGGAGUACUCAUGUAUGGCCUCAAACACAGCAGGAAGGGUCACCUGUGCUGCGACUCUGAAUAUUGACGAUGGGACAGCCUUAGCUAGUGUGAUGAGCGGCGGGAGUGUCAGUCAGAGUGUUUAUACUGAGACGCUGUCUGAGAGCUCCUCCCUGUCCUGGAGGACAGUUAAGAUGCAAAUGGAGAGCUCGCAGGAGAUGAGCUCUGAGAGCAGCUUUCAUAUCUCAGCCUGCCCCCGGCUGCUGGUGGAAAUGAGCGACGUCCAGGUGAAAAGCGGUGACAUGGCCAAGUUCAGCUGCCUGUUCGAGGGGCAGCCCUUCACCGGGGUGGUUUGGGAUCAUAAUGGCCACAGUGUGGUGGACUCUGAGCGGGUGAGGAGCUCUCAGAGCUGCGGGCUGUUGUCCCUGGUCAUCCGGGGCGUUGGCGUGGCGGAUCAGGGUUUGUACUGCUGCACUGCCGCCAACCAGCAUGGCCAGAACAGCUGCUCCGCCCAGCUCACCGUGGAAGCUAAAGAAGCGAAUCUCAAAGCAGAAACCCCAAUCCCUACCGAUUCUGUGCGUAAAGUGUCUCAGACAGACAGGGGGGCUCGAGACCUCCCUGAUCCCGAUAAGGUGGAGGAGGCGGAGACACCCGGGGAGUUUCCUCCCUACAGCCUCCUCAGCCAGAUGCACUUCCCGGACAUCCUCCCUCACGACAAGCGAGGCCAACGCUCCCCCGACUUCCUCAUCAAACUCCCCCCGGAGCUGCUGCUCAGGAGCCCCCAUGGCGGCCCCCUGUGUUACGUUAUGAAGGGGCUCCCCACGCCAUUUGUCAUUUGGCUUUACAAGCGGUUGAGUGUUGAGGACUCUGUGCCUUUCUCUGUGAAACAUGACCGCCCCCUGUGCAGAGUAAAUGUUCACACUGUGGGACCCGGACAAGGGGGCUCUUACACUUGCAAACAGUCCGGCAGCACAGUGAUGAAAGUCACUGCAGAGGAGCAGGAACCUGGAGUUCAGGUCCGCGGCGAUAUGAAAGCCUUCUCUAGCUCCACCGUCGAAGUGGAAGAGGAAACAUGGGACUCGUACUACACCGGCCUAAAGCUACCAGAUAAAACCAGAACACUUGAACUCAAACCAGAGUCCAAACGUUUCUCCAGUACUCUGGAGAGGAAAAAAGAGAAGCCAGUUUUCCUCAGCAAACUCUCUCCAGCCACUGUGACUAUCGGAGAAACUGCUAGGUUUACCGUUACUGUGUCCGGUUUCCCUAAGCCCGCGGUGCAGUGGUUCCACAAUGGGCAAACCAUAACAUGUUCCUCCGUGUACACGUUGAGCCACGAGCGAGACGAGUACAGCUUAGUGAUUAACACGGUUCAGAGGGAUUAUGAGGGCGAGUACUCCUGCACCGUUAGCAACAGAUUUGGCUGCUCCACCUGCACUUCUUAUCUGAAUGUUGAGGUGAAGGAGCCAGAAAAGCAGGAGAGAGUAGACAGGAAGAGGUUUGUAGCAGCAGGGAAACCCCCAGAGUUCACUAAAGCCAUAGAGUCUCUGCAGCUGUCUGAGGGAGGUCAGGCGUUCUUCAGGUACGUUGUGACUGGAGACCCUUUCCCCAACGUUCAGUGGUUUAAAGGCAGCUCGCACAUUCAGCCUGGUGGGUUCUUUAUCAUCGUGAACAACCCAGAUGGAUCGGGCUUUUUUAAUAUUAAAGGAGUCAAACAUGAGCACAGCGGAGUGUACACCUGCAAGGCCUCAAACCAACACGGGGAAGCCUCCUGUUCUGCAGAGCUGCUGGUGUCCACAGUUAAAAAAAAUAUAAAAAUAUCCAUGACUGAACAAACCUCAGAGUCCAGAUUAUACCAGAAAAGGCCUCUGUCGGAUCAGAUGAUUUACACCAUUAGCACUGAGGACCGGCAGAUUACCAGUGAGGAGGUGGGCACCUUCAGAGAACUGGAUAUCUCAGCUGCCACCCUGCACCGGGAGCAGAUUACCCAGCAAGCCGCAGUGUUGCAGGCUCACCACAUACAGGAAAGGGUUUCAGUGGCGGCCACUCACCCCCCUCAGGUCUCAGCUGUUCCCAUGAAACAGCUUCACAUGGCCACCUUCUUAUCCUCGGUCCAGGAGAGGCAGAAAAUCACAGAGCAGCACUUGGAACGGAUCCUCAGCCCAGAGAUUAUAGAGCUCGAGCCCGCCAAAGAGCGGCCGCCAAAGCUGAUGUCGGCCACAUCUGAACAGGUCCUGGCUCUCAGCUCAGUGAGUGCUGAUGCCCUGAUGGACCGGGUCCCAGAGCAGGUCAGGGCUUGUAGUGAAGCCCGGCAGCUUGUUAGCAGUCACCAAGUGGAGACCCAUCUGCCAAUCCUUGAUGAAACCUCAGGUGUGACCCUCAGACCAGAUGAGGAGAAGAGCUUCAGGGUCACAGAAGGGGUUAAGAUCUUAUACUCGACUCAGUCCACAGGGCAGCUGUCUGUCACUGAGAGACACUCAGAACCGCUGCCAGCUUUAGAUGUCGCCUUUCAGGCUCUGAUUGAGAAAGAGCAAUCCAAACCCGUUGUAGCACCGGUAAGUAAGACCCGGCUGGCUCUAUCCAAAGAGCAGGCAUUUAAAAUCCAGAGACCGCAGCAGGAGAGCAUCACCCCCCACAAAGACUUUCUCUAUAAGUCAGCGGUAUCUGCUGAAGAGAAGUACCAGCUGAAGGGGGAGCAGGUAGGACGGCUGCCAGGUUUAGACUCGUCUGUGAGUCUGCAGCCUCAGCAGGAGGGAGAAAGACUCCUGAACCUGCAGGUCAUCAGUGAUCAGGAUGUCUUACAGUCUGAGGGCAGGUUCAGCAGUGAGAAACCUCCUGAAGAGCAGGCUGAGGCCAGGAAGAGUCCCACUGUGUUGCAUUCAGUGACUCAAGAAGACCAGAGAACGGCGGUUUGUGAGGCAAGCUCAGAGUUCUCAGCAAAGACUGACGCCGUGUCUGUUCAGCCGAAGAAAGAGUUACCGCCCUCUAAAUACCUCCAGUCAGUUCAUUCUCUUUCAGUUCUACCAAAGGAAGGGAUUAUUACUGUCUCCAAACCGGACCAGCAGGUGGCAGCACAGAAACAGGAAAAGGCUAGGAAGCAUGCAGCUAGCUCAGAAGAGAGACAGGAACUCAAAGCAGAUUAUCACACUGAUCUGGAUGUGUCUGUGACCGGGGUUCAGACCCAGCUUCGGACCGAGCCUCGAUCUGUAAACAUCCUCACGGUCUCCUGCCAGCCCAUGGCGCUGCCCAAGGAGACACCUUUUGUUACCGACAUUCAGCAGCAGCGAGCGCUAGUCCAGAAGGAGGACUGCUGGAACAUCAAGCAGUCUUUGAACGUAACAGACACUCACAGCCUUGAAGAGGGUCACACCGAUAACAUUCAAGCUGAUGAGAAAUUCAAGCCUACGCUGAAGGUUGAACCGAAGAUCCCCAAAAAAACCAUUUUUAUAGAGGAGAAGGCGGUUGCCACUGAAAGCUGUACUAUCUUAGAAUCUGCGGAGCAGGACUUUGCAGUCCAGAUCCAGGAAGGCCAGUCAGUUCGACAGUCAGUGCUGUUAGAAGAAAAGCAAGUCAUUAUGGGAGAGCGGUCCAGGGAGAUUCAUAAAUCUGAAAGCUCGGCCGUCAGCGUCCUGACCCAGCCUGAAGGACCUCUGUUUGUCCAUGAGUGUCAUGACUCCCUGACUCUCCCCAAAGAGCUCAACUUCAUCAUUCAGAUCCCCAAAGCAUCCAGCUUGAAUAUACGACAUCAGCUCAGAGAUGCUCUGCAGUCAGCCGUGGCCAGGGAUCAGCCGGUGCUUCUCGCCAACGUUGUGGGCCAACUGGAGGCGGUGCAGGUGCAGGAGAUGCAGGUUCAGAGAGAGCCUAAAUGGGCCUCAUCUACAUACCUGAUCACAUCUCCAGGCGUCCCGAUGGAGAUUACUGUGUCUUUUGAAGGGAAAUACCCUCAGACGGCUGACCUCAGGUCUGAACUCCAGGUAGCUCUGCAUUCUCUGGUCUUCCAGGAACAGCACAGUCUUACUGCAGAGCAGCCGGGUGCCAUGCAGAUCGGCAAGCCUCAGAAAGCGCUGGCCAGCUCAGCCUCCUCCAGAGAGGUGUUGUCGUCGAUGGUGGACACCAAAAUGUUUGCAGAAAGCACUGUUGGGUUUCCUCCUAAUGUGUCUCAGUCUGCAGCCGUCAGAACAGAAACCAGUGCUUCCUUCCAAAGUGCGACAGUUCAGAGCCGGACUGAGAUCCACGAGUCGCGGCAGGUGAGCAGAAAGACAGUCCAGUCAGAGAGGGCCGCUUGCGCCGCUGAGGUGACCAGCUCCGGGCCCAUGGGUCGGAUUUCUGCUGAAAAUCUUGUGGAUGUUAGUGCCCACAGAGAAACCAGAGAGGAGUAUCUGUCAGAGGCCGUCAUGAUCAGCGAGUCCUCUGACAGUCUGGCUGAUCAUCCGGUAGUCAUUAGUUCUCUGGAAGACGUUUUUGUGGAGGAAAAUGGCAAGGCAGUUUUUGCUGCCACCAUAAAAUACUCCACCAAAGUUAACUGGUUUUUUAACGGUAAACUGGUGAAAUCUGGAAUAGAGUUCAAGUGUUCUGCAGAACAAGACACAUACACACUAGUUAUCCACAAAGUUGUGAAGGAGAGGCAUCAGGGGGACUUUGUCUGUGAGGCCAAGAAUGAGGCCGGCAGGACGACAACGUCUUCAAGACUCACUGUGGUCUCCACAGUGAAGCCUGUGUUCAGGCACAGGAUCGCUCCUGUGGAGAUCAACACUGACAACAUUGCCAAGUUUGAAUGUGAAACUGAGGACGCUCCGAAUGUGAGCUUCAAGUGGUUCAAAGAUGGUCAGCCCAUCAAAGAGGGAGAUAAAUAUAGGAUUAUCAGUCGCUUCAGGACCUCGUCUCUGGAGCUGCUGAGCCCUAGCAGGGACGACAGUGGUCAAUACUCCUGCAAGGCGACCAAUCAGCAUGGCUCUGAGGAGUGCUCCGCCUCCCUCAAAGUGACGGAGCAAUGCCCCCCGGCCUUUAUAAGUAAACCUGACCCUCAGACAGUGUUUGUUGGAAAGAGGGCUCUGAUACAGUGUGAGAUAACAGGAUCUGCUCCACUGAGUGUGGUCUGGCUCAAAGACAGCCAGGCCUUGACCAAUGUGCCAACACACUACCAAAUGUCUUGUGAAAAGAAUAAGCACACUCUUGAAAUAACCCGGGUCGAGCCUUCAGACCGGGGGCUUUAUGUGUGCCAGCUGUCCAACAAUGUUGGGUCAGCUGAGAGCAGCAUGGAGCUGCGAGUGGUUGAUAAGCCUACCUUUGUGCAGCCUCUGGGCCCUAUGGCUGCUGUGGUCGGGGCCCCUCUGCACCUGGAGGCUCAGGUGGACGAGGACACUGGAGUCACGGUGUCCUGGACCAGAGACGGUAGAAAGGUGCACCAGUCUCCAGACUGUAAACUGUCUUUUGAGGAUAACACUGUUACUCUUGAUAUCCUAAAGACCACACUGAGAGAUUGUGGGAAUUAUGUGUGCACAGUGACAAAUGAAGCUGGGAGUGCCUCGUGCUCCACCUCAGUGAAAGUCCAAGAGCCGCCGGUCUUUGUAAAGAGGCUGGAGGCCAGCUCAGUCUGGAGGCAGGGCAGCGCUGCCCGGCUGCAGUGCUCUGUCAAAGGGUCGCCUGAACUCCACACCUCGUGGUUCUUUAAUAACAGCCAGCUGUCUGCGGGCGGCCGAUAUGAGAUCAGUCUGAAGGAUGGGGUCACCACUCUUGAGAUAAAGGACGUCACGUUGAGUGACAGCGGGAACUUUACCUGCGAGGUGCUCAAUGAGUCCGGUUGUGAGAGCUGCAGCACUAAGGUCACAGUGAAAGAGCCGCCCUCUUUCAGGAAGGAGCCCCCAUCUUUAGAGGCGGCCCGAGGGUCUGUAGCAGUGCUGGAGUGUGAGAUAUCCGGCUCUGCACCAUUCGAAGUGUCUUGGAAAAAGAAUAACAAGCGCCUGUCGACAGAUAAGAAGUACCGGAUAUUGUCUCAGGGCUCCCUGAGCUCUCUGGAGAUCCACUCCUUCGAGAGCGCUGACGCUGGGGAGUAUGAGUGUGUGGUCUCUAACGAGGUGGGUUCCAUCACCUCCAAGUCCCUGGCUAAACAGAGAGAGCCUCCCAUGUUCUCUAAGAGGGUUGAGAGUGCUACAGCAGUGUUGGGAAACAAAGUGAAGCUGCAGGGGAACCUCAAAGGCUCCACACCCAUCACUGUGAAAUGGAUGAAAGACUCUGAGCUGCUCAGGGACGACGAUCCAACUGUCAAAAUGACUUUUGAGAACAACAUCGCUUGCAUUUCCUUCCCAUCCUGUGACAUAAAACACGGCGGCAAGUACACUUGCCUUGCUGAAAAUGAGGCGGGACAGCAAAAAUGUGAAGCUGUGUUAACAAUUCAAGAGCCUGCUAGCAUCGUAGAGAGAGCGGCCUCCAUCAGUGUGAGCGCAGGAGACUCGGCCACACUGGAGUGCACCAUCACAGGAAGCUCAGAGCUCAAAGUGAAAUGGUUCAAAGACGGCAAGGAAGUGAUCAGUGGACGUAAAUAUAAGUUGAGCGUCAAAGAGAACACUGCCGUUUUAAAGAUCCUCUCUGUCGAUAAAGGAGACUCUUCAGAGUACAGGAUGGAGGUCUCCAACAAAGUCGGCAAAGAUGAGUGCAGUUGCUCAGUCACUGUCAUAGAUCGAGCCGUCCCACCGUCCUUCACCAAGUCUCUGAAGAAGGUGGACGGCAGUGUUGGCAGUAAUCUCACCUUGGAGUGCAGAGUUGCUGGAUCUCAGCCCAUGGUUGUGAUGUGGUUCAAAGGCGAUAAGGAGAUCCACAGCGAUGGCAAAUAUAAGGUUGAUUUCACUGAGAUUAAAGCCUCAGUGACUAUAACGGGCCUGCAGCAGAGCGACGGGGGAGUUUAUACCUGCCGGGCUGCUAACGUUGCCGGACAAAAAGAGACCAGCGGUACUCUGUCUAUCAAAGAACCUCCGGUCUUCACGGUGAGACCUGUGUCCCAAGAUGCCUCACCGGGCUCACAUGUUGUGAUAAAAUCAGCCUUUACGGGAACCGCUCCUCUGGUGGUUAAAUGGUUUAGAGAGGAGAAAGAGUUGUUCACAGGAGGGAAGUGUCUCAUAAAGAAAGACUCCUCUUCCAGCUCGCUGGAGCUUCAGUCUGUGAAACCCAGUGACUCUGCUAAAUACACCUGCCAGGUGUCCAAUGAUGCUGGGAAGGUGGAUUGCACCGCAGUCCUCUUUGUGAAAGAAGCCCCAACAUUUACAAUGAAGCUCGAGCCUUCACAGCUGCUGAAAACUGGACAGCCUCUAAAGCUGUCCUGCAAAGUGCAAGGCACGCCUGUUAUUAACAUCAAAUGGCUUAAAAAUGGCUCAGAAAUCUCUGCAGACCGCAGACACACCAUGUCCUUCGAGAGCUCUGUAGCGUCUCUGGAGGUAAAGAGCUCCUCUAUGCAGGACAGUGGAGAUUAUGUGUGCACGGCGUCCAGCGAGGCCGGCAGCGACCAGUGUAUCAGCUCAGUCACGGUCCAAGACCCUCCAGAGUUUGUGAGGUCUUUUGAAUCAGCCGAGCUCAUAAAGGGAGCCAACAUUUUCUUGGAAGGACGUAUUUCCGGUUCCCCUCCGUACGAAAUAAACUGCUUCCUCAAUGAGAAGCUGAUCAGAAACGACCAAAGACAUAACGUCAGUGUUGAGAGUGACACGGUCACUCUUCACAUCUCAAAGUGUGAGAUGGCAGACGCCGGCACGUACCGGUGCUCUGUUACUAAUGAUGUGGGAGAGACUUCCUGUUCUUGUCAGAUUUCCCUUAAAGAACCCCCCUCAUUUAUUGAGAGACUAGAGGAUAUGUCCUGCAUGGUGGGCUCUGAGCUCACUAUGGAGUGUUUGUUGUCUGGAUCACUUCCCAUGACUCUCUGCUGGAUCAAGGACGAUCGUGAGCUCUCAGAAGACGAGCACAUUAAGAUGUCUUAUGAAACUCAAAGAGCCGAGUUGAUUUUGAGAAAUGCUCAGAUAUCACACGGCGGGAAGUAUGUGUGUCAGGCUCAAAACCGAGCCGGGACUCAGCGAUGUGCCGCCGUGCUCGUAGUCACAGAGCCAGCAAGUAUUUCAGAACAUGCAAGCUCCGUCAGUGUAACCCAGGGUGACCCGGCCCGGCUUGAGUGCCGGUUCUCAGGCACUAAGCCGCUCAAGUGCAGGUGGAUGAAGGCAGGUCAGGAGCUGACAUCAGGCAGGAGAUACAGGAUUCAGAGCUCAGACUGCAGCUCUGUGCUGUGUUUCAGUAAAACAGAGCUCAUUGACAGCGGGGAGUACUGCUUCCAGGUUUCUAACACCUCGGGCUGCAGCUCAUGUGAGGCAGUCGUUACUGUCUUAGAUCAGAUUAUUAAACCGUCUUUCACGAGAGAGCUGACGGAGACAGAAGAUGUCAGAGGAUUGUUCGCUCAUCUCGAGUGCUUGGUGUCCGGCUCGCUGCCGAUGACCAUACAGUGGUUCAGAGAUGAGAAGGAGAUCCACUCGGAUGAUAAAUACAAAUGCACUUUCUUUGAAAAUGUUGCUUUCCUGAAAAUCAGUCGUCUGGACAGUAAAGACAGCGGCAAAUAUACUUGCAUGGCUUCAAACAAGGCGGGAUCUGAGCGCUGCUCCGGGGCAGUGGUAGUCAAAGAACCACCACGCAUCCUUGAAAAGCCCGAGUCCAUGAGUGUUUUGCCGGGGUCAAAUGUACGGUUUCAUGUGGGCGUCACUGGCACAUUGCCGCUGACGAUCAGAUGGUUUACAAACAGGAAGGAGAUUUUAUCCAGUGCUGAUCGCUCUGUGGUCCAUCACACCUCCUCCAGCUCGCUGGAGUUUUCCUCUGCUAAAACCUGUGACUCUGGAGAGUAUGUCUGUGAGAUCCAGAACGCUGUGGGCUCCACUUCCUGUCAGGCAACGCUCUAUGUGAAAGAACCGCCCUUUUUCAUUGACAAACCGGAGGGUGUGUCAGUUGUCAGAGUGGGAGGCAGUAAGGUGUUUGAGUGUACGGUGGGGGGAUCUCCUCAGAUCUCUGUGCACUGGUUCAGAGACGGAGCUGAGAUCCACCAGAGCAGCAAACGCAAGACAGCAUUUAAACACUUUGUAGCUACAUUAGAGAUCAGCGAAGUAAGUGAGCACGAUGGCGGGACAUACUUCUGUGAAGCCUCCAAUGAGGCUGGUACAGAGAGCUGCCGUGUGGAGCUGGAAGUGAGAGAGCUUCCUCGGUUUACUGAAGAGCUGGCGUCUCUGGAAGUUGUUAAAGGUUCCCCAGCUCUGUUUGCAUGCAAAGGGGCCAGAAGUGCUCCGUUUAAGGUCACAUGGUUCAGAGAUAAACAGCCAAUCAAAUCCAGUAAAAAGUUUAUUAUCGCUGAUGGGGAAAAUUUGAGCUUGCAAAUCCAGGACUGUAAUGCUGGGGAUGCUGGGACGUAUCAGUGCAUGGUAGCCAACGAGAUUGGCAGUUGUUCCAGCUUCGCAGCGUUAUCUCUGAAAGUCCCUCCAACAUUUGUGAAAAAGAUAGAGAACUUAUCCAGUGAUCUGGGAGAAGUCGCGGUGUUUCGCUGCACAGUGGAAGGCUCUCAGCCUCUCUGUGUACAAUGGCUAAAAGACGGGAACUGGAUCCCCGAGGGUCCACAGAUUGAGAGAUUGUUUGAGAACAAAGAGGCCAUCCUCAGGAUCCCCUCCUGUGAGGCGACUCACAGCGGGGGGUACACCUGCCAGCUGGUGAACGACGCCGGGCAGGACACAUGCUUUGCUUCCCUGCUCGUGCAAGAACCACCGACCAUCCAAGAGAUGCCAGAGGUAGUCAAAGUGACAUGUGGAGACCCGGUUAGUCUGGAGUGCAUGGUAGCAGGAACUCCUCAGAUCAGGUUGAGGUGGACUAAAGAUGGCAGAGAGCUCCAGUCCAGCAGGAAUCUCCACCUCAGCUACAAGAACAACCUCAGCAGUGUUAGCAUAAAGUCCUCUGAGCUGAAGGACGUGGGGGAGUAUGUGCUGCAGGCCUCAAACUCUGUCGGGACCUGCAGUUGUAAAGUCUUGCUGCUGGUUUUAGAAAAGGUAAUCCCUGCGACGUUCGUAAGGGAGUUAAAAAACACUCAAGCGAUCAUGGGUUCAGUGGUUACCUUGCAGUGCAAAGCUGUCGGGUCUCUUCCGAUAUCUGUUGAAUGGAGCAAAGGGAAAGAAAGCAUCACAAAGAGCUCCAAAUACAAACUCCUGCAUGUUGGAAACACUGUGUCUCUGGAAUUCAGAAUAAGCGGCAGCGCUGACACGGGACAAUAUUCUUGUAAAGUGAUGAACGCAGUAGGCAGCUGUGUGUGCAGCGCAGUCCUCACCGCUAAAGUGCCACCGAGGUUUGUAGCUGAGCUCGAGUCUCAGGCUGUUACUCAGAAGUCCACGGUACUCUUCAGAUGUGUCUUUGAAGGAACUUCUCCGUUUACAGUCAAAUGGUUCAAGGAUGACCUCGAGCUCAUCCACGGGCUGUCGUGUUCGGUCAGCCGGGAGGAAUAUUCCUCGUCCGUAGAGCUCCCCGUCGUCGGGAUGCAGCAGUCUGGGAUUUACUUGUGUCAAGUUAGCAACGCAGCGGGCGUGGUGGAAACUGCAGCGGAGUUGUUGGUCAAAGAACCCCCUCAGUUCGUCCUGAAACUCCCUCCCACGACCUUUGUGAAGCAGUGUGAGGGAUACCGUUUCGAAUGCAAGGCCACCGCUUCACGCUCCCUGAAAAUGUGCUGGUACAAAAAUGACCAAAAGAUAACAGACGGAGACAACUUUAAAACUAUGUUUGUGGACUCGACUGCGUACCUCCAGCUGAGCAGCACCAGGUUUGCGGAUAAAGGCGUCUUCACCUGUGAGGCUCACAACGAUGCUGGCAGUGUGAGCUGCAGCACCGUGCUCACAGUUCAAGAGUCCCCAUCCUUUAUUAAAACUCCCAGUCCCGUUGAGGGCGUUAAAGGGAAAGAGGCUAGCCUGCGCUGUGAGGUGUACGGCACUCCGCCUUUCAUGGUUAACUGGUACAAAGACAAAAGGCCAUUGAAGGAGAGCAGGAAGUAUAAGAUGGUCAGUGAAGGCAGCUCAGCCGCGCUCCACAUUAUGAAACUGGAGCAGGAGGACGCCGGUCUCUACGAGUGCCGAGUGUCCAACAAUGUAGAAAGUGCAACCUGUCACACUACCGUUAACCUGAGAGAAAAGCCAACCUUUGUCAAGAAACUGGUGGACCAGACUCUGAGCGUCGGUCAUCAGCUGACUCUGACCGCCACGGUAAGAGGCUCUGAGGCUGUGACCGUGUCCUGGGUGCAGGACAAGGAUCACGUCCUCAGAGACGGUGACAACAGGAAAAUCACCUUUGAGAACAAUGUGGUUACCCUUGUGGUGCCUAAAGCUGACUCCACCACCGGCGGCAAAUACACCUGCCGGCUGACCAGCGAGUCUGGAGUUGUGGAGUCCGUCUCCCAAGUGACCGUUCUAGAACCCGCUUCUAUUGUGGAUAGCCCCGCGUCCCUGAACGUGAAGUCAGGAGAAAACGUCUCUCUUGAGGUCACAGUGUCUGGCUCUCCAGAGCUGAAAGUUAAGUGGUUCAAAGAUAACAAAGCACUGUCUGCUGGCGCCAAGUACCAGACGUCCUUCACAAAGAAGAUGUCCGUCCUGAAGAUCCGCUCUGCUGAUAAAGCAGACGCCGGAGAGUACAAGCUAGAGAUUACCAACAACGGUGGUACCGCUCUUGCAAAACUAAACUCUCCGUCUCAGGUUGAUAAGUUGAUUCCCCCGAGCUUCAUCAGGAAGCUGAGAGACACCCAGCUUGUUGUUGGUAAGUCCGGCGAGAUGGACUGUAAGGUCGCUGGCUCUGCUCCUUUAACCACUUUCUGGUUCCACAACGACCAGGAGAUCAAGGGCGGGCCAAACUAUGACAUUAGCUGCACCGAUAAUACCUGCAAACUGAGAGUCGCGACAAUUUGCAUGUCUGACUCUGGAAAGUACACGUGCAAAGCUGUAAAUGCCGCAGGAGCCAGUGAGACCACUGCUUCCAUGAAUGUGACAGAACCUCCAUCUUUUGUGGAAACACCGGAAUCAAAGGAAACAAUGCCCGGCAAAAACGUGUCUUUCUUGGCUAAAGUGAAAGGCAGUGCCCCCCUGAAGGUGAAAUGGUUCAGGGGAGCCAAGGAGAUGCAGCAUGGCCGGGGCUGCGAGGUCGCUCUGAAGGAUGGGGUCGCCACCUUGGUGCUCCAAAAGGUGGAUAAGUUACAUGCAGGAGAGUACACCUGCCAGAUCAUUAACAACGCAGGGAAGGAGAGCUGCCCUGUGAACCUGUUUGUGAAAGAACCAGUACAUUUUGUGAAGAAACUGAGGGACGUUUCCUCUGAGAUGGGGAAGCCACUGUUGCUUGAGGUCACAUUCGCUGGCACUCCCAGAACCAAUGUGACGUGGAAGAAGGACGGUAAACUCAUAUGGGCCUCGUAUCAGUACAAUGUGACCACCACAGACACCUCCUGCAUCCUGGAGGUCCUUAACGCAGACAGGAAAGAGGCCACCGGUAGAUACUCUUGCAAAGUAGAUAACGGAGUUGGAAGUGACAGAUGCGACGCACAGAUUUCAAUUCUAGAGCGACCGUACUUUGUUGAAAAGAUGGAGCCAGUUGAGGUAACUCUGGACCAAGCAGUUACCUUGAAAUGCCGUGUUUUAGGAACUCCUGACAUCUCCGUAGUUUGGUUUAGAGCUGGAGGAAAGCUCCGCAAAUCCAACACCUGCUCCAUGGAGUUCGCUGAAGGUGUUGCCACUUUGAAACUGACCAAAACGACUAAGUUCGAUAACGGUGAAUACAUCUGCACGGCAGAGAACCGGAUUGGAUCGGCCUCUGCCAGCUGUACCGUGACAGUGUCAGAACCGGUGCGCUUUAUCAAGAAACUGGAAGACACUACUUUCAUAGUGGGUAAGCCUUUGACUCUAGUGUGCACAUACGCCGGCAGCCAGAGGGUCUACGUUACCUGGAAGAAGGAUGGCAAGAUGAUCUGGGCGUCUUAUCAGUAUAACGUUAGGACUACUGAUUCAGUGUGCUUCCUGGACAUCCUCAACAGCGACCGCCAAGAGGCAGCCGGGACUUACACUUGCGAAAUUUCCAACAAAGCAGGAACGGACGUCUGCCAUGCUUGCGUCACCCUAGAGCCCCCUUGCUUCAAAACAAAGCUGGAAGACAGUUGUUUCAGACUCGGUGAACCUUUGAGCCUCAAGUGCACGUACACCGGGAGCCAGAGGAUGACCAUGACCUGGAAGAAAGACGGUAAACUCAUCUGGGCUUCGUACAAGUACAACGUUAAGACCACCAAAGACACCUGCGUCCUGGAGGUCCUCAACAGUGACCGUGAAGAGGCCGUAGGAAAAUACACGUGUGAACUCUCUAACGCCGCAGGAACCGAUAUCUGCCAUGCCAUGCUAAUUGAUUUCUUAGAGCCUGUUAGCUUUGUGAGAAAACUGAGGAACACCUUCUAUAAAGUGGGUAAGCCUCUGACGCUAGAGUGCACGUUCACCGGCAGCCAGAGGAUUUACGUGACCUGGAUGAAGGACGGCAAACUCAUCUGGGCGUCGUACCAAUACAACGUCAAAACCACCAAAUUCUCCAGCAGCCUAGAGGUGCUGAACAGCGACCGCCGAGAGGCCGCUGGGAAAUACUCGUGCGAGAUUUCCAACUCAGAGGGCACUGCUAUCUGCCAUGCUAUGGUUAAGAUAGAACCUGUGCACUUUAUUAAAGAGCUGGAAGACACCACAUACAGACUCGGCCGGCCCUUGUCACUGUACUGCGCGUACAGUGCCAGCCCUCCGGUCAACGUGAGCUGGAGAAAGGAUGGAAAACCUGUCUGGGCCUGCUACAAGUACAAUGUAAAGACCAUGGAUAACUCCUGUGUUCUGGAGGUCCUCAACAGUGACCGGAUCGAGGCCGUGGGGAAAUACUCCUGCGAGAUUACGAACUCUGAGAACAGCGCCAUCUGUUACGCACAGGUCACACUAGAACCGAUGCGCUUCCUGAAACCGCUGCAGGACAUGAGCUUUAGGGUGGGCGAGCCUCUGAAGCUCCAGGUCACGUUCACGGGCAGCCAGCUUGUGUACGUUAACUGGAGAAAAGAUGGCAAACCCAUCUGGGCUUCUUACAAGUACAACGUCAAGACUACAGACCGCUGCUGUGUGUUAGAGGUCCUGAACAGUGACAGAGAGGAGGCUGCUGGGAGAUAUUCCUGUGAAAUAUCCAAUGCCAGCAGCUCCGCUAUCUGCCACGCCCAAAUCAGACUAGAACCUGUGCACUUUGUGAAAAAGCUCCAGGACACUUCCUACCGCCUGGGCGAACCACUGCAUCUGACGUGCACGUACAGUGGCAGUCAGCGAAUGCACGUGAGCUGGACCAAGGACGGGAAGAUAAUCUGGGCUUCGUACAAGUACAACGUGAAGACCCAAAACUCCUCCUGCACGCUGGAGGUCCUCAACAGUGACCGAGAGGAAGCCGCAGGGCUGUAUUGUUGUCAGAUCUCUAACGCCGAGGGUUCGGCCAGCUGCGAUGCUUAUGUCGUGCUUAAAACCUCCAAGAAAGAGCCGGCCCGCUUCAUCAGGAAGCUGGAAAACACCACGUUCAAGGUCGGCGAGCCCCUGUCGCUCAGAGUAGCAUUCACUGGAAGCCAAAGACUGUGUGUGAGCUGGAAGAAAGACGGGGGGGUGAUCUGGGCUUCCUAUAAGUACAAUGUGAAGACCAGCGACAGUAGCUGUGUGCUGGAUGUCCUCAACAGUGACCGAGAAGAGGCUUCUGGGAGAUAUACUUGCGAAAUUUCCAACACCCAAGGCUCUGAUACCUGCCAUGCUCAUGUCAAACUAGAGCCUGUACGCUUUGUGAAGAAGCUGGCGGACGUGACCCACCAGCUGGGUAAGCCUCUGAGGCUGCAGUGCACAUACUCUGGCAGCCAGAGGGUCUACGUUACGUGGAAGAAGGAUGACAAGCUGAUCUGGGCUUCUUACCUAUACAACAUCAAAACCACCGGCUCCACCUGCACUCUGGAGGUCCUCAACAGUGACAGGGCCGCCUCUGCCGGAAAAUACACCUGUGAAAUUUCCAAUGCCGAAGGAAGUGACACCUGUCACGCUCACGUUAAAAUAGGAACAGAACGCAAAGUCCCUCCCAACUUCACCAAGAGGCCCUCGGAGUCCAUGAUGGAUUCUGUGAGUAAGACGGUGAAUAUGGAGGCUCGUGUGUCCGGCUCGCAGCCGCUGAGCAUCACCUGGUACAAAGACAACAACCAGAUCUACGGCUCCGAGAAAUACGCCUUAAGCUUAGAGAACAAUGUGGCUGUUCUGUCUGUCAGAGACUCCACCAGCUCUGACAGCGGUGUGUUCACCUGCGAGGCGUCCAACGAGGCCGGCAAGGUUUCCUGUCGGGUGACUCUGAACAUCACAGAAACUGGCCAGGCUCCGAAGUUCGACGCCCCUCUGGAGCCGGUGACGGUAAACGAGGGUGAGAAGCUGGGCCUGAAGUGUCAUGUGACCGGCUCCCCUCCCCUGAACAUCCAGUGGAUGAAGGACAGGAGGGAGCUGAAGUCCAGCGGGAACACCCGCAUCACGUUUGUUGGCGGUUCGGCCUGUCUGGAGGUCAGCCCGGUAUCAAAGAGCGACGCCGGGGAUUACCUCUGCAAGGCCUCCAACGCUACCGGCAGCAACUUCUGCAAGUCUAGGGUCACUGUGAGAGGUAGAGCGAAGGUCUCCCCCACUAAGGCCCCCGCCCCGGCUGCAGCCACCCCAGUCAAAAGACUGGACAACCUGUUCUUCAUCGAAGAACUGCAGACGGUUUCUGCCACCGAGAAGGGCACCGCGACCUUCAUCGCAAAGAUCGGUGGCGACCCGAUCCCCAGCGUGAAGUGGAUGAAGGGCAAGUGGAGGCAGAUCACCCCUGGUGGUCGCAUCUCCAUUGAGCACAAGGGUCAGGACGCCAAGAUGGAGAUCAGAGAGGUGACCAAGUCGGACUCGGGUCAGUACAGGUGCGUCGCCACCAACAAGCACGGAGAGAUCGAGAGCAGCGCCGACCUGGAGGUCAGCAAGAAGGAGGAGGCUGAGGGACUGGGAGACGUCAGGACCAGGCUGAAGAAGACUCCCUCAAAGCAAAAGAGUCCAAAGAAAGAAGGAGACUACAACAUCGUGGGCUUGCUGAGAGGACACAACCCCAAAGACUAUGAGAAGAUCCUCCGGGAGCAUGGCAUCCAUGACUACCGCGCCAUCCUGCAAGCUAUUGAGUUCCUGAAGAGGGAGAAGGAGAUGGAGACCGGGAAAGUGGAAGUGGAGCAUGGAGGCCGGGUGGAGGAAGAGGACAUGGCCCGCCUCAUUCAGCAGCUGGAGGGACGCGUCGGCACAGAGCCGGUGUCAGUACUGGAGGACAUCAGCGACCAGACAGAGCCAGAGAACCAGACCGCCACCUUCCAGUGCCGUCUGCGCAUCAACUACCCCGAGAUCUGCCUGAAUUGGUACAAAGGCACGCAGAAGCUGGAAGCCGGAGACCGGUACGACAUCGGCAGCGACGGCGACCGCCACUUCCUGAAAAUCAAGAAGUGCUCAGGCCAGGACCAGGGCAACUACCGGGUGGUGUGUGGACCGCACAUCUCCAACGCCAAGCUCACCGUCACAGGUACGCACUCACGUUAUGACCCGGUUGGUUCAGCGGAACAGAUCCAGUUCACUAAAAGCAUCCGGAGCAUCGAGGUGAGCGAGCGUCAUCGCGCCACCUUUGAGUGCGAGCUGUCCUUCGACCACGCCUCCGUGGCGUGGUACAAAGGAUCAUGGGAGCUCAGCGAGAGCCCCAAGUACGAGUUCAGGACGGACGGCCGCCGCCACUUCAUGACAAUCCUCAACGUGACAGCGGAGGACGAAGGCGUGUACUCAGUCAUCGCUCGGGUCGACUCUCUGGGUGAAGCUCGCAGCUCGGCUGAGCUCUUCCUGUCAGGCCGAGAGGUGGGCUUAGGCAGCGUUCCUCAGGACGUCCCCGACUCUCUUCAGUUCCCCGGCGCUGCCUCUCUGUUUGUCAGAGGAGUGAGACAGGCAGUAGGAGAGACAGUGGAGUUGACAGAGACAGGAGACGUGUCCUCAGUGUCUGAGGUCUCUCAGCUGGAGGAUCAGAGAUCUUCAGCGGCUCUCAGAGAAUCUGAAGCGAGGAAGAUGCCGGAUGAGCCGAGUCGCGGAGAUGCCGCCCGAACUGCAGAGCUGAAGACCUCUGAAGCUCCAAGAAAAAUGGAGCCAGAAACACAGAAGAAGGUUCUGGAAGAAGCAAAGAGGGUUACUGAGGUGCCAAGAAUUCAAGAAAUACCGGAAAAGGUACCAGAAGAACCCAAGACAGUUCUUGAAGAAACAAAGAGGGUUCCUGGAGGACCAAAGAAGGUCCCUGAAGCUCCAAAGAAGGUCCCUGAAGCUCCAAAGAAGGUCCCUGAAGCUCCAAAGAAGGCCCCUGAAGCACAAACGAAGGUUCCUGAAGCACCAAAGAAGGUCCCUGAAGCACCAAAGAAGGUCCCUGAAGCUCCAAAGAAGGUCCCUGAAGCACCAAAGAAGGUCCCUGAAGCACAAACGAAGGUCCCUGAAGCACAAAUGAAGGUUCCUGAAGCUCCAAAGAAGGUCCCUGAAGCACCAAAGAAGGUCCCUGAAGCUCCAAAGAAGGUCCCUGAAGCACCAAAGAAGGUCCCUGAAGCACAAAUGAAGGUUCCUGAAACACCAAAGAAGUUCCCAGAAAAACCACAAAGUUCUCCGGUAGCACACAAAAUGGUUUCUGAACCACCAGUAGAGCUGGAGGAAACUCCAAUGGCCCGAUCACCAACACCACCACAAGACUUGGAAACACCAAAGCAAACUCUUCAGGCUCAAAAGCCUCAGCAACCAGUGUCUCCUCCAGAGGAUAAGAAACCAUCUGCACCAAAGACUCCAGCAGAGAAAGUGGUUCCUCCAGCAGCUCAAGUUUCACCGAUGGCCAAGACACCGUCCCCACCGGGCGUAAAGGCCUCUCCAGGAGCCUCUCCGCCUGAAGACAAGGGACCAGUUUCAGCACCUGGACCAACAAAAGAUGGAAAACCAUCAGAGGAGGCGGCAAAGGGCCGAGGCCGAGGACUUGGGGCGAGACAGACCCCAUCUCCCGGUGAUGCCGGCAGGGGCCGCGGCCUGAAGCCGGGCGGGAAGGGCCCAUCACCCCCAGAGGAUCCCUUCGGAGGGUUCAAGCUGAAGGCGGUGCCUCUGAAAUUUGUGAAGAAGAUCAAGGACAUUGUGCUUCAAGAGGCCGAGUCCAUCGGCUCGUCCGCAGUGUUCGAGUGUGAGGUGUCACCCUCCACCGCCAUCACAACCUGGAUGAAGGACGGCUGCAACCUGCGCGAGGGCCCCAAGCACAAGUUCACCGCUGACGGCAAAGACCGCAAGCUGAACAUCAUCGACGUGCAGCUGUCGGACACCGGCGAGUACGCCUGCGUGGCCAAGAAUGCUGGGAAGGAAAUCACAUGCACCGCCAAGCUCAUCGUGGAAGAGCUGCCGGUGAAGUGGCUGAAGGAGCUGGAGCCGGAUACAUCCUGCAUCAAGAGCCAGCCCAUGUACCUGACCUGCGAGCUGAACAAGGAGCGCGAGGUGGUCUGGAAGAGGAAUGGAGCGCUGCUGAAGAAGAAAGCAGGGAAGUUGGCCAUCAACAUCAUCGGCAUGCAGCACGCCAUCACCAUCCAGAACGUCACGGAAGAGGACGCCGGCGCCUACACCUGCGAGGUUGAGGGCCAGGAGGACGUAAAGACCACCACCAACGUCAAAGUCAUCGAGGUGAUCAAGGACUGGCUGGUGAAGCCUCUGAGGGACCAGCAUGUGAAGCCGAAGGCUAAAGCUACGUUUAAGUGCGAGCUGUUCAAAGACACCCCCAAUUGGAAGUGGUUCAAAGGAGACACCGAGCUGGCUCCGUCCGAUAAGAUCCAGAUCGACAAGGACGGCAAGGACGUGACACUGACCAUCAACAACUGCCAGGGCGACGAUGUCUCCGACUACACCAUCGCCGUGGAGGACCGCAGAUACUCCGCCAAGCUCACCCUCGGAGAGCGCGAGGCCGAGGUCCUGAAGCCCCUCUCCAGCGUGGAGGUGGUGGAGAAGGAGGACGCCAACUUCGACACGGAGAUCUCCGAGGAGGACGUGGUCGGGGAGUGGAAGCUGAGAGGACAGGUGCUGAUGAGGUCUCCGACCUGUGACAUCAAGUCUGAAGGCAGGAAGCGCUUCCUGACGCUAAAGCACGUGCAGCUGGACCAGGCGGGCGAGGUGUCGUACCAGGCGCUGAACGCUGUCACCAGCGCCAUGCUCACCGUCAAAGAGAUCCAGAUGGGCUUUGUUGAGCCGUUGAAGGAUGUUUCUGUGCCUGAAAAGAAACAGGCUAAGUUUGAAUGCACCGUCACCAAGGAGGUUUCAAAGGUGCUGUGGCUCAGGGGUGCAGACAUCGUCACCCCGAGCCCUAAAUAUGAGAUAAUGGAUGAUGGGAGGAAGCACAUGCUGAUCAUAAACAGCUGUGAGUUUGAUGAUGAAGCCCAGUACACUGUGGAGGUUCUGGGCCAGCGGUCCAGCGCCUUGCUGGCGGUGGAAGGCAUGAGGCUGAUGUUUGUGCAGCAGCUUACCGACCAGACGGUUAAAGAAGGUAAAACAGUUCGCUUUGAGCUCGAGCUGUCACACGGAAACGUGCCUGUGGUUUGGUACCGAAACGAAGUGAAGCUCCACGUGAGCAGAACAGUGCUCAUGCACGUGGAAGGAAAGAGACACGUUCUCGAAAUGAGGACGCUGACUCUAGAUGAUACCUGCCAGAUAAAGGCAGAGGCCAAAGGCAUUUACUCCAUGGCGAAACUGACCGUCAUAGAGGGCGAUGCGGUGUUCGUGGUGAAGCUGCAGGACUACACGGCCACGGAGAAGGACGAGGUAUCUCUGGACUGCGAGCUGAGCAAAGACGUGCCAGUUAUGUGGUACCACAACGAGAAGGAGAUCAUCGCCUCCAAGACAGUGGUGAUGAAGAGCGAGGGCACCAGGAGGUCUCUUGUGCUGAAGAAGGCAGAGCAGAGCGAAAAAGGGAAAUACGUAUGUGACUGCGGGACGGACAAGACGGCCGCCAGCCUCAACAUCGAAGCUCGUGACAUUAAGGUGGUGCGUCCGAUCUACGGCGUGGAGCUGUUCGAUGGAGAGACGGCACGCUUUGAGGUGGAAAUUUCUGAGGACGACGUCCGCGGCCAGUGGAAGCUGAAUGGAGACGUCCUCACCCCGUCCUCUGAUGUGGACAUCAUCGAGGAGGGCGGCAAACACACACUCAUCCUCUACAACUGUAAGGUGGCCAUGACCGGGGAGGUGGCGUACGCCGCCGCCAACGCAAAGUGUUCCGCCAACCUGAAGGUCAAAGAGCUGUUGAUGAACUUCCUGACGCCGCUGAGCGACGUGAACGUUUACGAGAAGGACGAGGCGAGGUUCGAGCUGGAGCUGUCGAGAGCACCCAAGAACUUCCGCUGGCUGAAGGGAACGCAGGAGCUGCAGAAGGACGACAAGUACGAAAUGAUCCAGGAGGGGAACAUGUACGUCCUGAUGGUCCGGUCCGCCGCCUACGAGGACGAAGCAAAGUAUAUGUUCGAGGCCGAGGACAAGAGAACAAGUGGCAAACUCGUCAUCCAGGGGAUCCGGCUGGAGUUUGCUAAGCCGAUUAAGGACGUCACGGUGAAGGAGCGUGAGACGGCAGAGUUCAGCGUGGAGCUUUCCCACGACAAGGUGCCGGUGGUUUGGUACAAGAAUGAUGUCCGGCUGCACCCCAGCAAGGUGGUGCACAUGUCGGACCACGGAAAAGUCCACACACUGGCCUUCAAGGAGGUCACCAUCGACGACACCUCCAUGAUCAAAGUGGAGGCCAUGGACAAGAGCGUGACCGCCAUGCUCACCGUCAUCGAGGGCGACCUGUACUUCACCACAAAGCUGCAGAACUACACGGCAGUGGAGAAGGACGAGGUGAAACUGGUUUGCGAGCUGAGCAAAGCCAUCGCUGACGUCAAGUGGUUCAAAGACGGAAAGGAGAUCACGCCCUCCAAGUCCAUCGCCGUCAGUACAGACGGGAAGAAGCGCAUCCUGACGGUGAGGAAGGCGGAGAAGGCCAACAUCGGAGAGUACACCUGCGACUGCGGAUCGGACAAAACAUCUGCUAACCUCAAUAUUGAAGAGAGAGACAUUAAGGUGACCCGGCCGCUGUACAGCGUGGAGGUCACAGAGAUGGAAACAGCCAAGUUUGAGACGGAGAUUUCAGAAGAGGACGUUCACGGGAAUUGGAAACUGAAGGGAGAGGCUCUGCACCAGAGCGCUGAUGUGGAGAUGAAGGAGGAAGGAACAAAGCAUGUGCUGAUCCUGUACAACGUGAAGAUGGAUAUGGCCGGUGGAGUCGACUUCUCCGCCGCCAACGCCAAGUCCAACGCCCAGCUGAGGGUCAAAGCUCGCUCAAUCGGGCUGCUGCGUCCUCUGAAAGACGUGACGGUGACGGCUGGCGAGACCGCCACCUUUGAGUGCGAGCUGUCAUACGAAGGCAUCACCGUCGACUGGUUCCUGGGCGGCAAGAAAAUGGAGGCCAGCGAGAGGGUGAAGACCCGUGUAGCAGGUAAAGUCCACACUCUGACGCUCAGAGACGUGAUGCUGUCAGAGGCCGGCGAGGUGAAGAUGACCUCCAAAGACUUCCAGACGGCGGCUCAGCUCAUCGUCAGACAGCCAGCGGUGGAGUUCUCUCGGCCGCUGGAGGACCAAUCGGUGGAGGAGGAGGCGGCAGCCCGGCUUGAGUGCGAGGUUUCACGGGAAGACGCCGAGGUGCGUUGGUUCAAAGAGGGACAGGAAGUGAGGAAGACCAAGAAGUAUGAUGUCAUCAGUGAGGGACGGAACAGGGCACUCGUCGUCCUCGACUGCACCCCCGACGAUGCCAAGAUGUACACCUGCGAUGCCGGAGACUUUAAAACCUCCUGCUUCCUGGAGGUUAUGCCUCCUCAUGUGGAGUUCACGAAGCCUCUGCAGGACGUGGAGGUGAAGGAGAAGGAGUCGGCCAGGUUCGAGUGUGAGGUAUCCCGCGAGUCUGCCAAGGUGCGCUGGUUUAAGGACGGCAGUGAGAUCAGGAAGGGGAAGAAGUACGAGAUUGUGUCUAAAGGUGUGAGCAGGAUCCUCAUCGUGCACAAAUCUGCCUUCGACGACGAGGCGGAGUACGAGUGCGACGCCAGGACCGCCCGGACCUGCGGCAUGCUCACCGUCAUCGAGGAGGCGGCGCGCUUCACUAAGAACCUGUCCAACGUGGAGGGUACGGAGACGGACAGCGUGAAGAUGAUCUGCGAGGUGUCCAAGCCCGGCGCUGAGGUGCGCUGGUUCAGAGGAGACGAGGAGCUGCCGGAGGGGGGGCGCUACGAACACAUCAGUGACGUCCGCAAGAGGAUCCUCAUCAUCCAGGAUCUGAGGAUGGAAGACGGGGGGCAGUACAGCUGCAGGCUGAGUGCCAGCGUCACCACCUCCGCCGAGCUCACACUCAACGAGCUGGCGGCAGAGUUCAUCGCCCGGCCUCAGAACCAGGAGGUGGUGGAGGGCGAGAAGGCGGAGUUCAGCUGCUCGGUGUCCAAAGACUCGUACGAGGUGAAGUGGUUCAGAGGGGAGAAGGAGGUGCAGGAAGGAGAGAAGUACGCCAUCGUCAAAGAGGGCAAGAGACGCGCUCUUAUUGUGAAGAGCUGCGAGGUGAAGGACGAGGGAGGAUACGUGGCGCACAUAGGCAACGUGAAGGCAUCCGCGGACCUGAGUGUGAUGGAGAAACUGAGGAUCAUCACGCCCAUCAAAGACUCGGAGGUGAAGGAAGGAGGUGAGAUCGUGUUCAACUGCGAGACAAACACAGAGGGAGCAAAGGCCAAGUGGCUGAAGAACGAGGAGACCAUAUUCGAGAGCAGCAAGUACAUGAUGGCUCAGCGAGAUAAUGUGUUCUCGCUGAGGAUCCGCGAGGCCAACAAGAACGACGAGGCGGUGUACACCAUCAGCCUGACCAAUCAGAGAGCAGAGCAGGCCAAGUGCAGCGCCCACGCAACUGUGGCAGAGGAGAAGCUGCGGUUUCUGGUCCCCAUUGAAGACGUGGAGACUCAGGAGAAGAAGACGAUCGGCUUCACCUGUAAGGUGAACCGGCCUGAGGUCACAGUGUGCUGGCUUAAGGCGGGACAGGAAGUGACGCUCAGCAAACGCAUUGUGUACCGCGCCGACGGCCUAAAGCACACGCUUACCAUCAAGGAUUGCGUGAUGGACGAUGAGGGCGAGUACACCGCCGUGGUCGGAGAAGACAAAUGCGCCGCCGAGCUCAUCAUCAGCGAGGCGCCCACCGACUUCACCGCUCAGCUCCGAGACACCACCGUCACAGAGUUCGAGGAUGCCGAGUUCACCUGCAAGAUGAGCAAGGACAAGGCCGCCGUCAAGUGGUACCGCAACGGACGGGAGAUCAGGGAGGGACCCAGGUAUCACAUGGAGCAGGAGGGGAAGACCUGCCGGCUGAUCAUCAAGGUCUGCCGGCCGGACGAUGAGUGCGAGUACGCCUGUGGAGUGGAUGAGAGGAGGACCCGGGCCCGGCUCUUUGUGGAGGAGACCCCGGUGGAGAUCAUCAGACCCCCACAGGACGCCUUCGAGCCACCGGGCUCUGACAUCGUGUUCGAGGUGGAGCUGAACAAGGAUCGGGUGGAGGUGAAGUGGAUGAGGAACAACAUGAUCAUCGUGCAAGGAGACAAGUACCAGAUGAUCAGCGAAGGAAAGAUCCACCGGCUGCAGGUCUGCGAGAUCCGGCCCCGAGACCAGGGCGAGUACAGACUGGUGGCCAAAGACAAGGACGCCCGCGCCAAGCUGGAGCUGGCAGCGAUCCCUAAGAUCAAGACGACGGACCAGAACCUGGUGACGGAUGCCAGGAAGCCUUUCAUGAUGACGGUGCCGUACGACGCGUAUCCUCGCGCCGACGCCGAAUGGUUCCACGAGGGAACCAGCCUGCCGGUGCAGAACAUCGACACCUCGGCCGACAAAACGGAGUAUCGCAUGAAGAGCCCCCGUAAGGAAGACCGGGGCCGCUACCGGAUCGUGAUCCGCAACAAGCAUGGAGAGGGAGAGGCCUUCAUCAACCUGGAUGUCAUCGAUGUCCCCGGGCCGGUGAAGAACCUGCGGGUGGUCGACACAGCUGACAGCGAAGUGAGUCUAGCGUGGGAGGAGCCUGAGAGCGAUGGCGGCAGCAAGAUCUUGUCGUACGUGGUGGAGCGCCGUGACAUUAAGCGUAAGACGUGGACGCUGUCUACGGACCGUGCCGAUGCCCCCGAGUACUGUGUGAGCGGGCUGCAGCGCGAAAGCAAAUACCUGUUCAGGGUCUGCGCCAAGAACCGGGUCGGCAGUGGACCCCUCACCGCCACCGAAGAGGCCGUGCAGGCCAAGAAUAAGUUUGACGUUCCCGACGCCCCGCAGAACGUGGCGUUGGGCGUGGUGAACCGGUACGGUGCCACGUUGUCCUGGGAGCCUCCGCUGAAGGACGGCGGCUCGGAGAUCACAAACUACGUGAUCGAGCUGCGUGACCGCACUUCUGUGAAGUGGGAGGCGGCCAUGGUGUGUGCCGCAGCGGACCACUCGGCCACGCUAAACGACGUGGUGGAGAACAAGGAGUACAUCUUCAGGGUCCGCGCCGAGAAUAAGGCCGGCAUCGGCAGGCCGAGCGCCGCCACCAACCCUGUGAAGAUCAUGGACCCCAUCGAGCGUCCAUCCCCCCCCCUAAACCUGAACUACAGCGACCAGGUGCAGACGGCCGUCACCCUCAACUGGGAGACCCCCAGCAGCAACGGCGGCAGCAUGAUCACCGGAUACAUCAUCCAGAAGUGUGACGACGGCUCCGACAAGUGGCUGCGCUGCAAUGCCCGGCUGUGCCAGGACCUGCACUAUCGCGUGUCGGGUCUAAAGCCGGGUCAGAAGUACCUCUACAGAGUUUCUGCUGAGAACGCCGCCGGAGUCUCCGACCCAGCGGAGCAGCUCGGCCCACUGCUCGCCGAUGACCCACACGUGGGUCCACACUUUGACCUGAGUGGCUUCAGGAACGGGCUGGAGGUCAUCGUGCCGCAGCCCCUCACGAUUAGGGUGCCCAUCACCGGGUAUCCCACCCCCGUUGCUAAGUGGAGCUUCGGAGACAAACAGCUUAGCACCGCUGACGAGCGCGUCUCCAUGACAACCAAACCCACAUUCACCGAGCUGACAGUGGCGCCCAGCGUUCGCCCCGACAAGGGAACCUACACCCUGACGCUGGAGAACGACGUGUCAUCCGUCACCGGCGAGGUGGAGGUCAACGUCAUCGCAUGCCCUAGUGCCCCCAAGGACUUCAAGGUGGCAGAGGUGACACGACACCAUGUGCACCUGAUGUGGGAGUCGCCUGAGCACGACGGAGGAAGUCCCGUCACUCACUUCCAGAUCGAGAAGAGAGAGGUGUCCCGCAAGACCUGGGCCAAGGUGGCGACGGGGGUCCUGGACCUGGAGCACACCAUCACAGACGUGGUGGAGGGGAAGGAGUAUCUGUUCAGCGUCACCGCCUGCAACAAGUGCGGACCGGGAGAACCGGCGUACAUCGACGAGCCUGUCAACGUUUCCUCCCCUGCCACUGUUCCCGAGCCUCCGGAGAACCUGAAGUGGCGCGAUAAGAGCGGGAAGUCCAUCUUCCUGUCCUGGGAGCCAUCGAAGUAUGACGGCGGUGCUCCCAUCAAAGGCUACGUGGUGGACAAGUGUCAGCGCGGGACGGAUAAGUGGGAGCCCUGUGGAGACCCUAUCCCCGAGCUGAAGAUGCAGGUGACCGGGCUGAUCGAGGGCCAGUGGUACGCCUACAGGAUCCGAGCCUUCAACAAGCUGGGGGCCAGCCGACCCUGCAGGGCCACCGAUGAGAUCCAGGCCGUGGACGCUAGAGAGCCUCCAGAGAUCCAGCUGGACGUGAAGCUGCUGGCAGGUCUUACGGCCCGCGCCGGUACUAAGAUCGAGCUGCCAGCCGACGUGAAGGGUAAGCCCGACCCGCGGGUGAAGUGGACCAAAGCGGACCUGGUCCUGCGGGCCGACGACCGCAUCAGCAUGGACACACAGCCCGGACAUUCCAAGCUGUCCAUCGCCAACACCACACGGGGCGACACCGCCACCUACAUCAUUGAGGCUGUCAACGCCUGCGGGCGCGCCACCGCUACCGUCGACGUCAACAUUCUCGACAAACCUGGUCCCCCCGCCGCGUUCGACCUCUCCGACAUCACCAACGAAUCUUGCUGCAUGGCGUGGAACCCGCCCCGGGACGAUGGUGGCUCGCUCAUCACCAACUACAUCGUGGAGAGCCGGCAGACGGACAAAGAGGAGUGGGUGAAGCUUUCGGCCACGGUUAAGCACACCACCUUCAAGGCCUGCAAACUGACCGCGCUGAAGGAGUACAUGUUCAGGGUCAGCGCUGAGAACCAGUACGGCAUCGGACAGCCGGCUGAGCAUGCGCCCAUCAUCGCCAAGUAUUCCUUCGAUCCUCCUGGUCCUCCAACCAGAGUCACUCCCUCUGACAUCACCAAAGAUGCCGUGUCCCUGACCUGGUUCGAGCCGGACGAGGAUGGCGGCAGUCCCAUCACCGGGUACUGGAUCGAGAAGUUAGACCCAGAGAGCGACAAGUGGAUCAGAUGCAAUAAGUUGCCCAUCAAGGACACCACCUUCAGGGUGAAGGGACUCCCCACCAAGAAGAAGUACAGCUUCAGAGUUCUGGCCGAGAAUCUGGCCGGACCUGGAAAACCCAGUGUGGAGACCGACCCAGUCCUCAUCAAAGACCCCAUCGAUCCUCCUUGGGCCCCGGGUAAACCCAUGGUCAGGGAGGUGGGUAAAACCACCGCCCUGCUGGCCUGGACCCGUCCGGAGCACGACGGCGGAGCCAAGAUCGAGAGCUACAUCAUCGAGUUCCAGAAGGCCGGCAGCGAGGAGUGGAUCCGGCUGAUGGAGGACGUUCCGCAGACGGAGCAGCAGCUGACCGGCCUGGUUGAACAGCAGGAGUACAGCUUCAGGGUGAAGGCCGUCAAUAAGGCCGGGGAGAGUGAGGCCUCGGAUCCCAGUGACCCUGUGGUCUGCAAGGAGAGACUCUUCCCCCCCUCUGCGCCCCAGUGGCUGGAGGUGGCGUCCAUCACCAAGGUGUCCGCGGGUCUGAAGUGGCAGGCUCCCAGCAGCGACGGUGGCUCCCCCAUCACAAACUACGUGGUUGAGAAGAGGGACGUUCGGCGCAAAGCGUGGCAGGCGGUGGACACCACGGUGAAGGAGCUGAAGUACACCGUGACGCCACUCAACGAGGGGUCGCUCUACGUGUUCCGCGUAGCCGCAGAGAACGCAGCUGGGAUGGGAGAGUUCUGCGAGCUGGAGGACGCCGUGCUCGCCAAAGACACAUUCACCACCCCCGGACCCCCCUACGCCCUCACUGUGGUGGAGGUCACCAAGAGACAUGUUGAGCUCAAGUGGGAACCCCCCAAGAGCCACGGAGGAAGACCCAUUACCAAGUACGUCAUCGAGAAGAAGGAGAAGCUGGGGUCCCGCUGGCUGAAGUGCUGCAAGACCCCCGACAAACAGUCUCAGUUCAAGGUGACGGACGUGGACGAGGGCUCCGAGGUGCAGUUCCAGGUUCGGGCGGAGAACGAGGCCGGGGUGGGAGACCCCAGCGAGCCCACCGAGAUCCUCACCAUCGAAGAUGCCACCAGUGCCCCCUCCCCCCCUCUGGAGUUGGCAGUACCAGACGCCAGCCGGGAGCACAUCAGCGUCACCUGGAAGCCCCCGACUAAAGACGGCGGCUCCCCAAUCAGUGGGUACCACGUAGAGGUGGCAGAGGCCCGGCCCGAGCUGAAAUGGCUGCGCGUCAACACCCGGCCCAUCAAGGAGCUCUGCUUCAGGAUCGACGACGGCAUCAAGCCCGAGAAGAAGUACGUGAUCCGGGUCCGCGCCAUCAACUCUGUGGGAGUCAGCGACCCCUCCGACAUCUCCGACAAGGUCUUCACCAAAGACCCCGACUGCGCCCCCACCCUGGACCUGGCGUCUCAGGAGGUAGUGGUGGUGGAGGGAGAGAAGCUGCAGCUGAAGGUUCCCUACAGAGCCAUCCCCACCCCCAAGAUGGUGUGGAAGAAGGACGACAUGGAGUGCAAGGCUGGCGACCGGCUGUCCAUGACGGUGGAGAUGAACAGCGCCCACCUGGACCUGCUGAAGUGCACCCGGGCCGACGCCGGCGCCUACGCCAUCACGCUGGAGAACAGCCUGGGCAGCGCCACCGGCACCGUCACCGUCAAAGUCAUCGGCCUCCCGGGCCCCUGUAAGGACAUCCUCUCAGGCGAGGUCACCAAGAACUCCUGCAGGAUCAGCUGGGAGGCCCCCGAGGAUGACGGCUGCACCCCCAUCCUCAGCUACAUCCUGGAGCGCCGCGAGGCGUCCAAGAAGACCUACAUGCCCGUCAUGUCCGGCGAGGACGUGCUGACCAGCGCAGUCAAAGAACUCUACGUCAACUGCGAGUACUUCUUCAGGGUCCGGGCAGUCAACAAGGUCGGGGCCGGGGCCAAUUUGGAGCUACGCAAUGCCGUCAUCACGGAGGAAAUCAAACAGAAACCGGACCCUCCCAUCGCGGUCGAGGCCCGGGACCCCACCUGUAAGUCCAUCACGGUGACCUGGAAGGCUCCGGACUAUGACGGCGGCUGCCCGAUCACCGGAUACAUCGUGGAGAAGAUGGAGAAGGACGGAGACCGCUUCGACCGCAUGACCCCCUCCCUGGUGCCCGGUCUCACCCACACGGUGACCGGCCUGACGGAGGGAGUCGAGUACCAGUUCAGGGUCCGGGCGGAGAACGCCGCGGGGCUCAGCGAGCCGUCCCGCAGCACACCACUCACCAAGGCGGCAGACCCAGUCGAGAAACCCAGUGUGGCGCUCCACGCCCGGGUGCAGUCAGGAGUGUGUGUGAAGAAGGGUGAGGAGAUUCGUAUCGACGCUCUGAUCUCCGGAUCCCCAUACCCCCGGGUCACCUGGUUGAGGAACAACGAGGACGUCACCAAAAAACCAACAAAGAAGAUUGCCCCAAUGAAGAGGAGAAAGUCCAAGGCUCAGGCCUAUGAGGAGGAGGAGUUUGUGAACCCGCUGUGUGAGCGUCUGGGUCUGGAUCAGAGCGUUAGGGGUCGGGCUGGCCUGAUGAUCCGCGAGGCGGUGCGGGCCGACCACGGAGAAUUCACCAUCGUGGUGGAAAACCAGCACGGCACCGCCUCCGCCUGCUGCACCCUCAAUGUGCUCGAUAAACCAGGCGCUCCGGUGAACAUCACUUUCGAGGACGUCAGAAAUACCUCUGUGGUGGUGAACUGGGACCCCCCCCUGGACGACGGGGGUAGCGAGGUUCUGAACUACAUCCUGGAGAAGAAGGACAAUCGGAACGAGGAGGUGGGCUGGAUCACCAUCAGCUCCACCCUGAAGACCCCCACCCACCCCGUCACCAAGCUCAUUGAGGGCAAGGAGUACGUGUUCAGGGUCACCGCCGAGAACAAGUUCGGCUGCGGACCCUCCACCACCUCCAAGCCCGUCGUUGCAAAGAACAUGUUCGACCCCCCAGACGCCCCCACCACACCAAGGGUUCAUGAGGUGACGGCGAGCAGCGCCAAGAUCUCAUGGCACGAACCCAAAGACAACGGCUCCCCCAUCCUGGGCUACUGGAUCGAGAGGAAGGAGGUGAACAGCAAGCACUGGACCCGCGUCAACCGGGCCCUCCUCAACUCCCUGGACGUCCGGGUGGAGGGCUUGAUGGAGGGCCUCACCUACAUCUUCCGGGUCUGCGCCGAGAACCUGGCCGGCCCCGGUCCCUUCAGCGAGCCCAGCGACCGCACCGUGGCCAUGGACGCCAUCAUGACCCCCGGCCCUCCCACCCCCUGGAUCGUGGACACUGGGAAGGACUCUGUGAUUGUGGCAUGGAAGCCCCCACUCUAUAAUGGAGGAGGGGACAUCCUGGGCUACCACCUGGAGAAAGUGCUGGUGGGGGAGAAGGAGUGGAGCCGAUGCACAGAGUUCAGGUGUAAAGAGCUCACCUACACCAUCACCGGCCUCACCGAGGGGGCAGACUACUACAUCAGGGUCAUCGCCAUCAACGACGCAGGGCCCGGGGUCCCCGGGGUCACGGAGCCCGUCACCGUCACAGAGCCUGAAGAAACCCCCGUGGUGAUCUUGGACGUCUCAGUGAGGAGUGGCGUGAUAAUCCGUGCCGGCGAGGCGCUGCGCCUGCCCGCUGUAGUGAGCGGCCGUCCGCAGCCCGAGGUGAAGUGGAGCAAAGACGAGGCGGAUCUGGACGCUGAGCGCAUGGUGGUGGAGAUGCAGGGCCGCAACACGACGCUGUGCAUCAAGAAGGCCGUCAGGGUCGACCAUGGCCUGUACCGGGUCACCGGGACCAACAGCAGCGGCACCAAGAGUGCAGAGUGCCGGGUCGACGUCAUGGACGUCCCUGGCCCUGUGGUGGACCUGAAGACGGUCCAGGUGACAAAAAAGAACAUCACGCUGACAUGGAGCGACCCGCUGGAUAACGGUGGUAGCGACGUGCUCGGCUACGAGGUUCUGAGGAAGGAUGCCAAGAUGAAGCUGUUCCGCCAGCCUCUGGAGACGGCCUCCUGCAAGUGCGACAUUCAGGGACUGCUGGCCGGAGAGGAGUACGACUUCAGGGUCAUCGCUCGCAACAAGUACGGAGAUGGGACCCCCGCAGACCUGGGGCCCAUACUCGCUGCAGACCCCAAAGGCGUGCCCACCGCCCCGGAAAAGCUGCACUACACCGACCGCGGUAAGAGCACCAUCUCUCUGGCCUGGGAGGUGCCUCGCUCUGACGGAGGCAGCCCGAUCCUCGGCUAUGUUGUGGAGAAGAUGCGCUCCGACGCCACGGAGUUCGAACCAGCCAGCCGCAAAAUGUUCCCUGAGUGCUGCGGCACGCUGGAGAACCUGUCGGAGAACCAGGAGUACGAGUUCAGGGUCCACGCCGUCACCGAGGUUGGAGACGGAGACAACUGCAAACCCAUCAGCGCCAGGAUCCAGGACGAUGAGAUUCCUCCAGCGAUCACCAUCCUGAAGUUCUUUAAGAGUAACUGCAUCAGCGUGAAGAAGGGCUCGUCCAUCGACAUACCGGCGGAGGUGCGGGGACUGCCACUGCCAACGCUCUGCUGGAUGAAGGACGGCGUGGAGCUGCAGCCCGUUGAGGAGAAGCUGACCAUGGAGACGGAGGAGGUGACCCGUACCACCCUCCGGACGAAGAUCGCCCUCCCAGUAACCAUCAGGAAGGACACAGGCGGAUACAAGCUGCAGGCAGAGAACUGCUGGGGGAAGGCGGAGCACACCAUCCGGGUGGAGAUCCUCGACCGGCCUCUUCCUCCCAGGAACAUCGUGGUGUCCGACAUCAAGGCGGACUCCUGCUACCUGACCUGGGACGCCCCCGAGGACAAUGGCGGCAGCGACAUCACCAACUAUGUCCUGGAGCGCCGCGACGCAAGCAAGAAGAAGUCCGACUUCGAGCUGGUCACCGUCCACCUCAUCGACCGCAGAUACAGGGUGCACAAGCUGAAUGUGAACGGGCUGUACCAGUUCCGGCUCAAAGCGGAGAACAAGUUUGGCGUGAGCGACGGCUGCGACUCAGAGAAAGUGCAGCUGAAGGACCCCUUCGGCCUACCCGGACCCCCCCGCAACCCCAAGAUCCUGAGGGCCACGGCCACUACCAUGACUGUGACCUGGGACCCCCCACUGGACAACGGGGGCUCUACGAUCCAGGGCUACUGGCUGGAGAAGAGGGAGCGCGGCGCAGUGUACUGGGGCCGCGUCAAUCGGGCCCCGGUCACCAAGCCGUCCGUGAAGGGCUUGCAGUACACCGUGCUGAAGCUCAUCGAGGGCUCCGAGUACCAGUUCAGGAUUGCGGCCUGCAACGCCGCCGGUGUCGGGCCCCACAGCGAGGCCACCGAGUGCAAGUUGGCCAUGGACCCCUGCAACACCCCCAGCCCCCCCGGGACCCCCGAGGUUAAGGACAAGACGAAGAGCAGCGUCACACUGAGCUGGUGCCCCCCCGACCGAGAUGGAGGCAGCCCCAUCACGGGCUACAUCAUCGAGGUGCACGAGGAGGGCUCUCCUGAUUGGAGGAGGGUGAACCCUGCUGACAAGCUCCACCCCCUGACGGAGAUCACCGUCCCCAACCUGAAGGAGGGCAAGAAGUGCCGCUUCAGGAUCUACGCGGUCAACGCAGCCGGCAACUCAGAGCCUGCCAAGACCGGAGACGUGCUGGUGCAGGACAUCCUGAUCGAGCCGGCAAUGACUCUGAACGUGAAUGCUCACGAGCUGCUGACCUGCAGAGCGGGAACCCCCCUGCGGAUCCCUGUCUCCUUCAGCGGGCGCCCCACCCCCAAACUCACCUGGACCUUCGACGGCACCGCAGAGAGCGAGAAGAAGAAUGAGCUGCACACGCUGCCCGUCGACUCCGAGAUCCAAACUACAGACACCAGCUCUGUGGUCCUGAUCCCGGAGUGCAAACUCAACCACAGCGGCCGCUUCAUCAUCAACGCAGAGAACGCCGCCGGACACAAGCUGCUCAAAGUGCGCGUCACCGUGCUCGACCUGCCCGGGGCUCCCAGAGACCUGAAGGUGAGCGACGUGACCCGAGGAACCUGCAGACUCACCUGGAAAGCUCCAGAGAGCGACGGAGGGGAGAGGGUGAAGAGCUACUUUAUCGAGAAGAAGGCGGUGAACGGGAAGGCCUGGACCAAGGUGAACCCAGCCUGUUCGGCCCAGUCUCUGGUGAUCCCGGACCUGAUCAACGGACAGGAGUACAUUUUCAGGAUCCGCGCCGAGAACCGCUUUGGCUUCGGGCCCCUGGCCGAGACUGAGCAGCCUACCAAAGCCACGGACCCCAUCCACCCCCCCGACCCCCCCACCAGGCUGAAGAUCAGGAGCGUGAGGCGGGGUGCCGUCUCUCUGACCUGGAGGGCUCCGAAAAACGACGGCGGGUCCCCCGUUACUCAUUACAGCGUGGACCUGCUCUGCUGGGAGGCCAGCGGGGCUGCCAAGGAUUCCUGGAGGAGGUGCAACAGGAGAGACGUGGACACCACCAACUUCCGGGUGGAGGACUUGACGGAGGGGGAUGAGUACGAGUUCAGGGUGGUCGCCUACAACGAGGUGGGCCCCAGCCGGCCCUCCACCACCGUGGGCCCCAUCCUGCUGCAGGACCAGACCUGCGCUCCGUCCAUCGAACUGAAGGAGUUCCUGGAAGUGGAGCAGCGCUCCGACAUCAGCAUUGUGGCGAAGGUUCGCGGCUGCCCCUUCCCCACGCUCACCUGGUACAAAGCGCCCCCCCACCAGCCUGAAGCGCGGGUGGAGGUUUCUUACGACGAGCACAUCAACAAGGUGGUGAGCGACGAAAGCUGCACCCUCCUGAUCCAACAGGGCAAGAGACCAGAUACCGGACUCUACACCCUGGUGGCCUCCAACAGCCUGGGGAAGGCCUCUGCUGAGAUGAGGCUCAACGUGAUGGGCCUGCCAGGACGCCCCUCUGCUCCCAUAAAGUUUGAGUCCAUCGGCUCGGAGCGCAUCACGCUGUCCUGGCUUCCCCCAAAGGACGACGGCGGCUCCAAGCUCACCAACUACGUGAUCUGGCGCCGUGUGGCAAGCAGGAACACCUGGGUGAUCGUAACCAACGAACCCAAGGAGCGCGUGUGGACCGUGGAGAACCUGAUGGCCGGACACGAGUACAUCUUCCGCAUCAUGGCGCAGAACAAGUACGGCGUCGGAGAACCGCUUGACAGUGAGCCGGAGGUCGCCAGAGACCUCUACGCCCCCCCUGGGCAGGUAGAGAAGCCGACGGUGAGCGGCGUGACGCUGGACGCCAUGACGGUGAGCUGGGAGGAGCCUGAGGAAGACGGCGGGACCCCCAUCACUGGGUACUGGCUUGAGAGGAAAGAGACCGCCGGCAAGCGCUGGACCCGCGUCACGCGGGACCCGAUCCGGCCCAUGGGCAUGGGCGAGUCCUUCACCGUGAGCGGGCUCAUCGAGGGUUCGCAGUACCUGUUCAGGGUCUGCGCCAUUAACGCUGCUGGCCCCGGACCCUACAGCCCCUCCAAUGACCCCAUCGUCGCCAGAGACCCCAUCUCCCCGCCCUCUCCUCCCACCCCUAAGAUCUCUGAUUGGACCAAGUCCUCCGUGGACUUGGACUGGAUCCCGCCUCUGAAGGAUGGAGGCUCCAAGAUCAUUGGGUACUGGGUAGAGUACAAGGAGGAGGGCACCGAGGCCUGGGUGAAGGCCAAAGAGACGGAGAUCCGCGGCACCCGGCUGGUGAUAGCCGGUCUGAAGACUGGUGGGAAAUAUAAGUUCAGGGUGACCGCCUUCAACGCUGCCGGUAACGGAGAGCCGGGAGAAGUUCCCGAGGUGCUCGAGGUCAAAGACAGAACCAUUGCUCCUGAGGUGGACCUGGACGCGUCAGUGAAAGAGAGGAUGGUGGUCCACGCUGGCGGAGUGAUCCGGAUCAUCGCCUAUGUGUCGGGUCAGCCGGCCCCCGAGGUCACGUGGAACCGUGACGGCGCUGCGCUGCCUCUGGAGGCAAAGGUGGAGACAACCGCCAUCAGCUCGUCUCUGGUCAUCAAACCCUGCACCAGGAAGCACCUCGGUGUCUAUACGCUGAACGCCAAGAACGCCGGCGGAGAGAAGACAAAGAACAUCACUGUGGAAGUCCUGGAUGUCCCCGGGCCUGUGGGAAUCCCCUUCAAUGCGGAGAACCUGAGCAGCGAGUCCUGUAAACUCAGCUGGUUCUUCCCGGAGAAUGACGGCGGCUCGCCCAUCAGCAACUACAUCGUAGAGAAGCGGGAGGCUGAACGUAAGGCCUGGACCGCCGUGUCCUUCACCGCCAGCCGGCAGAACGCCGUGGCUCAUGGCCUCACCACCGGCAAGUCCUACUUCUUCAGAGUCGCCGCCGAGAACGCCAUCGGUGUCGGACCCUUCAUGUCUACCGCCGCCGAGAUCCUCGCCAAAGAGCCCAUGAGUGUGCCGGACCGCCCAGAGGAGCUUGAAGUCACCACGGUCACCAAGGACCUGAUCAGCGUCUUCUGGAAAGCUCCGAAGUUUGACGGCGGCUCGGAGAUCAUCAUGUACGUCCUGGAAGCGCGCAUGAUCGGCAAAGACAAGUUCAGCCGUCUGACCAAAGACUCUCUGAUGGAGAGGAAGUUCACGUUCGACGGUCUGCGGGAGGGCGACACCUACGAGUUCAGGGUCAUCGCUGUCAACGAGGUCGGACCCAGCAAGCCGUCCUUCUGCACCAAACCCAUCACCUGCAAGGAUGAGCUGGAGCCGCCCACCAUCGAGCUGGACUUCCGCGAUAAGAUUGUCAUUCGGGUGGGCGAGAGCUGCCUGCUGCAGGGCCGCUACACCGGGAAGCCGUCUCCGUCCAUCCUGUGGUACCGCGAGGACGAGGAGCUUAAGGCCGACAAACACGUGAUGUUCAAGAACACCCUGACCACCAUGUCUCUGGGCCUGAUGAAGGCCGAGCGCGGACACAGCGGCAGAUACGUGGUGGUGGUGGAGAACAGCACCGGCUCCAGGAAAGGGGUCUGCAACAUCACCGUGGUCGACCGCCCAACCCCCCCUGUCGGCCCUGUGGUGUUUGAGGAAGUGCACAGGGAGUUCAUGGUGAUUUCCUGGAAGCCCCCUCUGGACAGCGGCGGCGUAGAUGUAUCCAACUACAUCAUCGAGCAGAGAGACACCAACCGAGAGGCCUGGACCACCGUCACCUCUGCCAACACCAAGACCUUCUGCAAGAUCCCGAAGCUGACAGAGGGCCGUGAGUACAUCAUGAGGAUCUCUGCGGAGAACAUGUAUGGUAUCAGUGACCCGCUGGAGUCCGAGGAGAUGAGAGCCAAAGAUCUUUUCAGGGUCCCUGAGGCCCCUGAGAUGCCCACGGUCAGGGAGGUGUACGCAUCUAACGCCCUGGUGCUGUGGACCCGGCCCCGUGACGGCGGCAAGCCCAUCACCAACUACAUCUUGGAGAAAAAGGAGCCCGCCGCCAAGAGGUGGUCCAGGGUCACCAGGGACCCGCUGUACCCCGCCACACAGUACCGCGUGCAGGACCUGGUGGAGGGCUGCGAGUACGAGUUCAGGGUGAUGGCUGAGAACGAGCUGGGCACCGGGGACCCUAGCCUCCCAUCCAAACCCAUCCUCGCCAAGGACCCCAUCGUGUGCCCCAGCCCCCCGGUGACCCCCGAGGCCUACGACAAGACGAAGGACUCGGUCAGCCUGAGGUGGAAGAUGCCUCGCCACGACGGGAAGGGCCGUAUCUUCGGCUACCUGGUGGAGUACCAGCAUCCCGGAGCCGUGGAGUGGCUUCCGGCUAACGAGACCCCGGAACAGUGCCCCGACCUUCACUACGUGGCGACGGGCCUGAAGGACGGCCUUGAGUACAACUUCAGGAUCUUCACCGUCAACGCUGCUGGCAAAUCUGACCCCGCAUUUGUCAAGACCACCGUCAAAGUGCACGACAGGAUGGAGGAGCCGGAGCUGCUGCUGGAUGCCAACAUGGCACGGGACCACCUCGCCAUGCUGGGCUCCGACAUCAUGCUGAGCGCUACAAUCAAGGGAGUGCCCCCACCCACCGUCAGCUGGAAGAAGGAUGGCGGGGACGUCCCUGCCCACAUUACCGUGGCUGUCACCGCCAGUCACAGCAAAGUCUUCAUCCCCAAGAGCACCCGCGCCGACUCCGGCAACUACACCAUCACCGUGGAGAAUGCCGCCGGCAAGAAGUCCGCCACCGUGGUCGUGCUUGUUCUGAACAAGCCUUCCCCUCCAAGAGACCUGGUGAUCUCCGAGAUCACCAGCGAGUCUGCAUACCUGACGUGGAAGGCCCCCGAGGACAAUGGCGGAGCCGUCAUCUCGCAUUACGUGGUGGAGAAGAAGGACGUGGCGUCAGACCAGUGGGUCCCUGUCUCUGCAGCCAAUAAGAAGCCCAGUCUGAUGGCCCUGUACCUGAUGGAAGGAAUCCAGUACCUGUUCAGGGUGGCUGCUGAGAACCAGUUCGGCAAGAGUUCGUACGUGAUGACCCGGACUCCUAUUAAGGCCCUCGACCCACUCUACCCCCCUGGCCCCCCGAAGAACCUGCACCACACCGACGCAGAUAAGACAGAAGUGUGGCUGGCCUGGGAGUGGCCCGAACGCACCGGAGGCAGCGAGAUCACCGGCUUCAUCGUGGAGCACCAGGAGGACGGACAGACCGACUGGGUUCCCUACAAGACUGUCAGCGACAACCACGCCCACGUUAAAGCACUGGUGGAGGGCAAGACCUACCGCUUCAGGGUUAAGUCCCAAAACGCUAUUGGCGUGAGCCGGCCCGACACCACCGUCCCCAUCACCUGCCAGGAAAAGACACUGCCACCAACUAUUGAAGUUGAUGUGAAGCUCAUCGAGGGUCUUGUGGUCAAAGCCGGCACUCCUAUAGCCCUACCGGCUAAGAUGACCGGUAUCCCCACCCCCACAGCCAAAUGGAUGAGUGAUGGCAAGGAAAUUGUAUCCGAGGGUCGCUUCAACAUCGAGACUGUCGGAUCCUCCACCAUCCUCAGCAUCCCACAGACCCAGAGAGGAGACACCGGAGAGUACCUUCUCACCGUGGCCAACCCCUCAGGCAGCAAGACUGUUGCUCUGCACGUCACCGUGCUUGAUCUCCCAGGUCCACCGAUAUCACCCAUCAACAUUCUGGAGGUCACCCCGGACUACAUGAUGAUCCAGUGGAGGGCGCCCAAGGACGAUGGUGGCACUCCCAUCACCAACUACAUUGUGGAAAAGAAGGAUGUGAAGAAGCCGUGGGAGCCCUGGUCUGUGGUUAGCUCCAGCGGCACCAGCACUAAGGCUAAGGUGUCGCGGUUGGAGAAGGGUCGCGAGUACAUCGUACGUGUCCGAGCAGAGAACAAGAUUGGCAUUGGUGCAGGGCUCGAGAGUCCUCCCACUAUUGCCAAGCACAUGUUCAACCCUCCUGGUCCUCCAGGCCCGCCAGAGUGCUCUGAUAUCACAGAGAAUGCUGUGACAGUGGAGUGGACCCUCCCGGACUAUGAUGGAGGCAGCCCCAUCAGUGGAUAUGUGAUUGAACGCAGGGAAAUGACAGGAAAGUGGAUCCGUGUCAACAAAACUCCUGUUCUGGACCUCAGAUACAGAGUCUCAGGACUGUUUGAAGGCAACAGCUACGAGUUCAGAGUGUUUGCCGAGAAUGUUGCUGGUAUCAGCGAGCCCUCUCUAAACUCCCUCCCCAUAAAAGCCACUCGUGCCAUCACUAAACCUGGACCCCCUGGCAAUCUUAAACUGAAGGACUGGAGUAAGUCCUACGCAGAUAUCUGCUGGACCAAGCCUAACAGAGACGGAGGCAGUCCUAUUCUAGGCUAUGUGGUCGAGGUUCAGAAGUCAGGAUCCGCUCAGUGGGACAGAAUCUCAAAGGACCUUGUCAAGAUGUGUGCCUUUAGAGUGCAAGGCUUUAUUGAAGGAAUGGAGUACAGGAUCCGCAUCAGAGCCACUAACAAGGUAGGAGACAGUGAACCAAGGGAACUGACUGAGACGGUCUUAGCUAAGGACAUUCUCGUGCCCCCUGAGGUUGUUGUUGAUGCAUCCUGCCGCGACUCUCUGACAGUCCGGGCAGGCCAGAUCAUAAGUUUGAUCACAAGGGUAAAGGGACGACCAGACCCAGAGAUCACAUGGACCAAAGAUGCCAGAGCCAUGAACCGGGACAGACGCAUCGAGAUGAACAACAACUACCCAAUGUGUGAACUCGUCAUCAACGACGCCGUCAGGUCAGACUACGGGAAAUAUUCCAUUCUCGCCAAGAACAGCAGUGGACAAGCACAAGCCACCAUUAUCGUCAAUGUCCUGGACACACCAGGACCCUGCCAGAACUUAAGAGUGGCCUACGCCACAAAGAAGUCCUGCAUGGUGUCCUGGGAAAACCCAGAGGACAACGGAGGCACAGAGAUCACUCAGUACAUUAUUGAGAGCCGCCAGCCCAGCCAGAGAGGAUGGACUGUAGUCGCCAAUGACUGCACCAAGCGGCAGAUUAAGGCCCCUCUAAGUGAAGGCUGCGAGUACUUCUUCCGUGUCAGCGCAGAGAACAAGAUUGGUGCUGGUCCAGCAAUUGAGUCCAAAGCACCAGUGCUGGCAGUGGAUCCCAUUGAGAAGCCCGGUGAUCCCAUUGACUUCCAUAUCGCUGAGAUCGGCAAGACCUUCUGCUUCCUCAAGUGGAAGAAGCCGGACUACGACGGUGGUAGCCGUAACAUUGGUUAUCAUGUUGAGAAGAAGCCAAAGGAGGCUGAGGAGUGGGAGAGGCUUCACAAGGGUGCAAUCAAGGAAACCUAUUUCAUGGCUGACAGGUGCAUUGAAAACCAGUUGUAUCAGUUCAGAGUACAGACUAAGAACGAGGGUGGCGAGAGCAACUGGGUGACCUCACCUGAAGUCCUGGUAAAGGAACAGCUUGUGGAGCCUGAGGUCAAGAUCCAACUGGAUGCAACACUUGUGGUCAAGGCAGGAGACUCCAUUCCUAUUGAGGCCAUAGUGAAGGGCAAACCCCAGCCUGAAAUCAAAUGGAACAAAGAUGAGGAAACCCGUGAGAUAAGGAAGGGUCUUAGGCAUACGCUGGAAACUGGAACCGACUUCUCAAAGCUGCUGAUAACCCCUGCCAGACGCACAGACAGUGGUAAAUAUGUUGUCACUGCCUCCAACAGCGCAGGAACCGCUUCUGCUCAUGCAAAGGUCAAUGUCUUGGAUAGACCCGGCCCCGUCAUGGAUCUGAAGGUCUCUGGUAUCACCAUUGACCGGUGCCAUCUGUCCUGGGAAGUCCCAGAGGAUGAUGGGGGCUGCGAAAUCUACAACUACAUUGUUGAGAAAUGUGAAACCAAGAGGGGAGUCUGGUCAGUCCACUCCAACGCCAUCAUCACCAACAAAGCUAACGUCACUCGUCUCAUCGAGGGCAAUGAGUAUAUCUUUAGAGUCCGUGCUGAGAACAAGAUGGGUCCUGGGCCCGCGGAGGAGAGUGCAGCCAUUGUGGCCGGCACCCAGUUCAGUGUGCCUGGCGCUCCGGAGGCACCAGAGGUCACCAAGAUCGGCAAGCACGAGAUGACGGUGCAGUGGUCAGAGCCCGAAAAGGACGGAGGAAAGUCCAUCAUCGGUUAUCUGUUGGAGAAGAGGGAGGAGCAUGCCGUGAGGUGGUCUCCUGUCAUCAAGGAACCAAUCCCUUCAACACGUUACACCGUGACCGGACUCCUGCCCCUUCACGACUACCAGUACAGAGUCAAGGCAGUUAAUGAAAUUGGCAAUGGCAGCCCAAGCAAACCUUCCCUUGCCAUCACCGCCAAGGACACUGUUGAGCCUCCAGCGCCUCCAACCAAACUGAAGGUCGUGGACAGCACCAAGUCCAGCAUCUCUCUGGGCUGGACCAAGCCUGUGUCCGAUGGAGGGGCACCCCUCAUUGGCUACGUUGUGGAGAUGAGGCUGCAGGGAAGCACCAAGAAAGGAGACGACGGCUGGAAGAGGUGCAACGUGGCGGCUCAGCUGGUGGUAUGCGAGUUCACCGUCUCCAGUCUUGACGACCAGCAUGUGUACGAGUUCAGGGUCUCGGCCCAGAACCAGGUGGGCAUGAGUCUGCCCUGCGAACUGGAGGCACCUGUGAUCCCCAAGGAGAUCCUAGAGGCUCCAGAGGUGGAUCUGGAUGCAAACCUGAAACAGGGACUGUCGGUGCGAGCCGGCUGCCCCAUCAGGCUGUGCGCCACCGUCAGAGGCAGACCCCCGCCUACAGUUUGCUGGAGGAGGAUGGGCCUGGACAACGUGGCCAGGAAGGGCAAAGUGGACAUCAUCGACACUAUGACCUUCCUCAUCAUCCCCGACAGCACACGCAACGACUCGGGCAAAUACUGCCUAUCAGUGCGCAGCCCGGCUGGAGAGAAGGCCUUGUUCGUCAACGUCAAGGUCCUGGACACCCCGGGCCCUGUGAUGAACCUGGAGGCCACCGACAUCAAGCAGACCUCCGCCAUGCUGUCCUGGAGUUCUCCAGAAAUGGACGGUGGCAGCGAGGUCACGCACUACGUGGUGGAGAAACGCGAGAUUGACCGCAAGACGUGGGCGACGGUGAAGGCUGAGGUAGAGAAGGACAAGGUUCCCUUCAAAGUCAGCGGCCUGGUUCCAGGCACCGAGUAUUACUUCAGAGUCACGGCCGUCAAUGAGUACGGAGCUGGGGUCCACAAAGUGACCCCAACCUCCUAUGUGGCCUCCGAUCCCGUCAGUAAGCCCGAUCCCUGCGAGAAGAUCGAGGUUCUGGAGAUCACAAAGAACAGCGCCGUGGUGGGCUGGGUGAAGCCAGCGAGGGACGGCGGGGCCAAGAUCGACGGUUAUGUGAUUGAAUACAUUGAAGUGAAGCCUCCGCCCGAGCCUCCAGCACCAGUAGAGGUUACAGAGGGUGAGGUGGCUCCUCCCUUACCUCCCCCUGUUGAGGAGGACGAGGAUGCGGAGCCGGAGAAGGAGGUGUGGAAUGCCUACACGACAGUAAAGGGUCUGAGCCUCAGUAUAAGCGGCCUGAAGGAGAGCAAGAAGUACAAGUUCAGAGUCGCCGCCAAAAACGUGAUGGGCCAGAGCUCCUUCACCGAGACCCGUGAGGCCGUGGAGAUCAAGGAGCAGAUCCUGGAUCCAAAGAUCGUGAUGCCGGAGACGGUGAGCGCCAGAGCCGGAGCCAAGCUCAGGGUGGAGGCACUGGUCUCAGGUAAACCCUCCCCAACCUGCAAGUGGAUGCGUGGCGAGGACGUGGUGGUGCCGUCCAGCCGUCUGGCAGUGCACCAGUCUGGGAACAUGUGCGUUCUGAUCAUCAAAGACGUGUCAAGAACGGACAGCGGCGAGUACAGCCUGGUGGCUGAGAACAUCUGCGGCAAGGUUGUGGAGUCCAUGAAGAUCAUCAUCAGAGACAUCCCUGGUCCUCCAGAGGGCCCGGUGGUGAUCAGCGACAUUGACUCAGACGCCUGCUCGCUGGCCUGGAACAAGCCGCUGGAGGACGGCGGAAGCAACAUCACCAACUACGUGGUGGAGAAGUGCGACCUGAGUCGUGGCGACUGGGUAUCGGCCACCUCGUCUGGAGGCCAGAAGACCAGCUGCCGGCUCGGGAAGCUCAUCCCCGGGAAGGACUACGUGUUCCGCAUACGGGCGGAGAACCGCUUCGGAGUAUCUGACCCAGUGCAGUCCGACAGGAUGGUGGCCAAGUUCCCCUUCGAUGUUCCCUCGGAGCCGCUGGACUGCCGCAUCAACAAGUGCAACAAGGACUGCAUGUUCGUGGCGUGGGAUAAGCCGGAGACCGACGGCGGCAGCCCCAUCACAGGUUACUACAUCGAGCGUAAGGAGAGGAACAGCCUGUUGUGGGUAAAGGCCAAUGACACCAUGGUGCGUUCCACCGAGUACCCGUGUGCCGGCCUCAUCGAGGGCCUGGAGUACACCUUCAGGGUGUCUGCCAUCAACCGUGCCGGGCAAGGCAAGCCCAGCAAGAAGACCGACUUUGUGACGGCCAGGACGCCUAUCGACACCCCGGGUAAACCCGAGGUUCUGGACGUCACCAGGAACUCUGUGGUUCUGGUCUGGACCCGUCCAAAGAACGACGGUGGUAGUAAGAUAAUCGGUUACUAUGUGGAGGCGCUGCGUCUGCCCGGAGACAUGUGGCUGCGCUGUAACACCAGCAGCCAGAACUGCCCGCGGGAGGAGUACACAGUCACGGGUCUGGAGCGGGACCUGCAGUACCAGUUCAGGGUCAUUGCCAAGACCGCCGUCAACGUCAGCAAGACCUCCGAGCCCAGCGAACCAGUCCUCGUCAGCGCAGAGAACGUGCCGCCGAGGGUGGAGCUCAAUGUCAAGAUGCAGAAGGGCCUGAAGGUGAAGGCGGGCUCCAGCAUUAUGUUAGAGGCCGAGGUGUUCGGGAAGCCCAUGCCCCGGGUUACCUGGAAGAGAGGCGACGACAGCCUGAAGUCCGGUGAGGGCCAGGUCCUCACACAGCUAAGGAAUCACUUCCAGCUGGACAUGACCUCCGUAAGCAGAGAGCACACGGGAACCUACAGCAUCGUGGCCGAGAACGCCAGCGGCUCCAAGAGUGCCGAGAUACCGGUGGUGGUCCUGGAUGUGCCCGGCCCUCCUGCCAGUGCUAAGUACGUGGAGGUGUUCGCCCUGAACAUCAAGCUGGCCUGGGAGCCCCCCCUGAAGGAUGGCGGCUCCCCUGUCACCAACUACAUUGUGGACAAGCGCGAGACCAGCCGUGCCAACUGGGCUCAGGUCUCCACCAAGAUCAAAGGCGAAGAGCUGGAGCUCAACGUAGGGAAGCUCAUCGAGGGCCGGGAGUACCAGUUCAGGAUCCGCGGCGAGAACACCUGGGGGGUGGGAGACCCUCUGGUCACCGGGCCCGUCAUUGCCAAGAACCCCUACACUGUACCCGGGCCCUGCGAGGCCCCUCUGGUCACCAACACGACCUGCGACCGUAUGACGGUGAGCUGGAAGGAGCCUGUGGAUGACGGGAAGUCUCCCAUCGUGGGCUACAUGCUGGAAAAGAAAGAGGCCAAGGACCUGAACUGGACCAAGCUGGGAAGGAAGAUCCUGACUGAGCGAAGCCUCGACUACACCGGCCUGACCGAGGGCACCGAGUACGAGUUCAGGGUCAGCGCCGUCAACGCUGCCGGGCAGGGCAAGCCUAGCGAGUCAUCUGCCGCCACCAUCGCACAGAACCCCAUCACUCCCCCCGGCCCGGUUGUGAACCCUGCGGUGACCAACACCACCAACAGCACCAUCAGCCUCUGGUGGACUGAGCCCGCCAGCAACGGGGGCAGCCCCGUCCUCGGGUACCUGGUGGAGAGCAGGAAGGGCGAGGCCAAGGACUGGGUGCGCUGCAAUGUGCCCAGGAACCUGCAGGACACCGCCUACACCAUCCAGAACCUGGAGCACCGCGCACAGUACCAGUGCCGCGUCACCGCCGUCAACAAGGCCGGCUUUGGAGAGCCAAUGGAGGUCCCCGGGAAACACGAGGCCAAGGACAUCAUCAUCCCCCCCGAGGCGGAGCUGAGUGCGGAGCUGAAGGCGGGGCUGGAGCUUCGCGCCGGGUCCACCAUGAGGAUCCAUGCCCUCAUCAAGGGCAGCCCGCCCCCCCGCAGUACAUGGGCAAGGAUGAACACCAACAUCAAGGAUCGGCAGGGCGUGGUGAUGAAGUCCUCCCCCACCGACAGCCUGCUGCAGGUGGAGAACGUCAACCGCUACGAUGGCGGCAAAUACAUCCUGAGCCUGGAGAGCACCUCCGGCAUUAAGAUGUACACCGUGGUGGUCAAGGUGUUCGACACCCCCGGCCCCCCCACCAACCUGACGGUGAAGGAGUCAUGUAAGGACAGCGCCUCCAUCUACUGGGACCCCCCCCUGCUGGACGGAGGCCACGAGGUGACGCACUACAUCGUGGAGAAGCGCGAGACGGAGAGGAAGGCGUGGUCCAUCGUCAGCAGUGACAGUGCCAAAACCGCCCUCAAGGUCCCCGACCUGGAUGCUGGACGCUGCUACUGCUUCAGAGUGUCUGCCGUCAACGAGCUGGGGGUGGGUGAGAGCUGCGAGACCCCCGACGCCGUCAGAGCCUCAGAAGAGCCAGGCCCCGUCAUGGACUUCAAGACGCUGCUGGUGACGAAGGACUCGUGCACACUGAGCUGGAAGAAGCCUCUGACAGACGGAGGAAGCCGCAUCAUCUGCUACGUGCUGGAGGUGUCCGGUGGAGACGACAACUACAAGGAGCUCAUGAGGUCCAAGAACAUGCAGUACAGCGCCAAGGACCUGGUGGAGGGCCGCGAGUACACCUACAGGGUGAAGGCCGUCAACGACUCCGGGGAGAGCGCCAACAAGGAGCUCACUGUGGUCGCCAAGGACCAGCUCAUCCACCCCUCCUGCGACCUGCGGGAGUUGCCCAACAUGUGCUACAUCGCCAAGGAGGGCAGCACCGUGCGCCUGAAGAUCCCCAUCAUCGGAAAACCCACACCCAAGGUCUCCUGGAAGAAGGGAGAUGAGGAGAACCUGACGGACACCGGCCGUGUCUGCGCUGAGUCCUCAGCAGUAAACACCACCCUCCUGAUCAGGGACUGCCAGCGCAGCGACGCCUCCAAGUACACCAUCACCCUGAGGAACAGCGCCGGGAGCAAGGAGAGCACCAUCUUCAUCAGGGUGGUGGGUAAACCUGGCAUCCCGAUUGGCCCCGUGAAGUUCAAGGACGUCAACGCGGAUGCUGCCACACUGAAGUGGGUUGCUCCGAAGGAUGACGGCGGUUCGGAGAUCACCAACUACAUCCUGGAGAAGAGGGACUUCGUGACCAACAUGUGGGUAACCGUGUCCUCCACUGUGGAGAGCAACGUGCAGCGGGUGACCAGCCUGCACGAGGGCACUGAGUACAUCUUUAGAGUCAGCGCUGAGAACAAGUAUGGCGUCGGUGAAGGGCUCAAGUCCGACCCCAUCGUGGCCAAACAUCCCUUCAAUGUUCCCGAUGCUCCUCCUCCACCUCAGAUCUCAAGCAUGCGCCAUAACUCUGCCUACCUGUCCUGGAACGACCCCAGGAAGACCGGAGGGUCCCCCAUCACAGGCUACUUUGUUGAGUUCAAGGAGAGGAACAGCAUGUUGUGGAAGAGGACGAGCCCCAGCGCCCUGAUGAUGAGGGAGCACCAAGUGACGGGUCUUACUGAAGGUCUUGAGUAUGAGUUCAGAGUCAUGGCCGUCAACCUGGCCGGUAUCGGCAGGCCCAGUGCCCCCACCGACCCACAGGUGGCCCUGGACCCCAUCGAUGCUCCUGGCAGACCUGAUGUAGUCAGCAUCACAAGAAGCACCGUCACCCUGCAGUGGAGCGAGCCGCAGUUUGACGGCGGCCACCGGCUGACUGGCUAUAUCGUGGAGCGCCGCGACCUGCCCUCCAAGAUCUGGGUGAAGGCCAACUCCAUUAACGUGGUGGAACCGGCAUACACCGUCACCGAGCUGCAGGAGGGCUGCAAGUACGAGUUCAGGAUCCGAGCCAAAAACUCAGCUGGAGCCCUCAGCCCGCCCUCCGAACAGACGGACACCAUCAUCUGUUCCGACGAAUACGCUGCCCCGACCAUCAUCAUCGACUCUCAUGUCAUGGAGGGUCUCACCGUCCGGGCUGGAGACACCAUUGUGAUCACUGCCACCAGCAUUGUCGGCAAACCUGCGCCCACCUCCUGCUGGUCCAAGGGAGGAAAGUAUUUCAAACCCUCGGACCUGGUACACAUUGAGACCACCACCUCAUCCUCUACGCUGUCCGUGAAGUAUGCCAGCAGGAAGGACUCUGGAGACUACAUCAUCACCGCCAGCAACCCCUUCGGAGUGAAGGAGGAGACGGUGAAGGUCAAAGUCCUGGAUGUUCCUGCAGUUCCUGGGCCCAUCGAGUGCAGCGGCAUCUCCUCCGAGAAGGUCACUCUCACCUGGACGGCCCCCACCACGGACGGAGGCGCCCCCAUCAAGUACUACACCCUGGAGAAAAGGGAGACCAGCCGCCUGCUGUGGACCAUCCUGGAAGAGAAUGUCCUAGAUUGUCACUACGUGGCCAACAAGCUCAUCCAGGGCAAUGAGUACCUCUUCAGAGUGUCCGCCGUGAACCAGUAUGGAGCCAGCGAGCCGUCUCACUCCGAGGCCGUCAGGAUGGUCGACAGAUUCGGUCCUCCCGGUCCACCAUCUAAACCAGAGGUUGAAAAAGUGGAUGGACAUUCAGCCACAGUGACCUGGAGGAGGCCGGCUGAGGAUGGAGGAAGUGAUAUUUUAGGGUACUGUGUGGAGAAGAAGGAGAAGAAGGGCAUGAGAUGGGUCAGGGCGUCCAAGAAGCCCAUUGUCGAGCUGAGCUACGAAUUGACCGGCCUCAUUGAGGGCAUCGAGUACGAGUUCCGUGUUCUGGCGGAGAACAAAGCCGGCUAUGGAGAGCCCAGUGAGCCAUCCAUGCCUGUUACAACCACAGUGGUGGCCUAUGUGCCCGGACCUCCAGUCAAUCCAAGAGUCACAGACACGACCAACACCACUGCCACUCUGAACUGGGGCAAACCCCUGGACAACGGAGGAUUGGAAGUCACUGGUUAUGUGAUUGAGCACAAGAAAAAAGGGACAGAAGAAUGGGUUAGAGACACCCCCUCAUCUCCACUGAGGAUCACAGAGUUUGUUGUUCCCGGGCUGGAGACCGGUGCAAAGUACCACUUCAGAAUUAGCGCUGUGAACGCUAAGGGAGCCGGGGAACCUGCGGAGACUCUGGAGCUGAUGGAGAUUGUGGAGCGUGAAACUGAACCGGGUUUAGAGCUGGAUAUGGAGAUGAGAAGAACCCUGGUCGUCAGGGCUGGCUGCUCCAUCCGCCUCUUUGUGCCUAUUAAGGGACGUCCUUCACCCAGCGUCACCUGGACUAAGGAGGGAGGUCCUGUCUUGCGGGCAGUCAUUGACACCACCGAGUCCUUCACUAUGCUGAUCAUCCCUGAGAGCUCAAGGAUCGAUGCCGGUAAAUACGAGCUCACCCUGGAAAACUCUGCUGGAAAGAAGACUGCCGACAUAAAUGUGAGGGUCCUGGAUUCACCUGGACCCCCAUUGAACCUGAAACCUCUCAAGAUUGAAAAGGACAACAUUACUCUUCAGUGGGAGAUGCCUCUCAUCGACGGAGGAGCAAAGAUCACUAACUACAUCAUUGAAAAGAGAGAAUCAACGCGCAAGGCUUUUGCUACAGUUAUCACACAUUGCCCAACCACCUCAGUGAAGAUCAGUGAACUGGGUGAAGGCUGUGAGUACUACUUCAGAGUGUCUGCUGAGAACGAGUAUGGCAUCGGUGAGUCGGUGGAGACAGCUGAUCCAAUUCGUGCAUCACAGGCACCAACGCCUCCACAGAGUAUCAUACCUACUGACAUCACCAAGAACUCUGUUAGCUUGGCUUGGACCAAACCCAAGCACGAUGGUGGAAGUAGAGUUACAGGAUAUGUCCUUGAAGCCAAAAAGAAGGGAACUGAUCAGUGGGCACAUGUGACGGCAGUGAAGACCAUGGACUUCACAGUGAAGAGUCUUAAUGAGUUGGAGGAGUACUUCUUCCGUGUCAUGGCUGUCAACCACUCCGGCAGAAGUGCACCACGUGAGAGCAAAGCAAUCCAGGUGAAGGACUCUACCUCCCUGCCUGAGUUUGACCUGCGUGGUGUAUGUCAGAAAACUAUCAUUGCCAAGGCGGGAGACGACAUCAAGGUUGAAAUUCCAGUUAUGGGACGUCCUAGACCGACUAUUACUUGGCAAAAGGAUGGCGCAGCCCUGAAGCUCAAACAGAGAACCAGUGUUGAAACAACCGCUGCUACAGUCAUUCUCAGCAUUGGUGAAUGCACCAGAGCUGACAGCGGGCUCUACACCAUGACGGGAAAGAACAUUGUUGGCUCUGUGACGGACAACAUCAUUGUCAAGGUUCACGAUGUACCCGGACCUCCAAAGGGUCCAAUUAACAUUGUUGAGAUAUCUCGUACCUAUUGUGUCUUUGCAUGGGAAACUCCUGAGAAUGACGGGGGUGUUCCCAUCAACAACUAUGUGGUUGAGAUCAGAGACACAACUUCCCAAACCUGGAUUGAGCUGUCCUCCACUAUCAUCCGCACAGUGUUCAAAGCCAUUCGUCUGACCACUGGAUCAGAGUACCAGUUCAGAGUCAAGGCUAAGAACAGAUAUGGUGUUGGACCUCCCAUCACCUCAAAUGCUGUGGUGGCUGCCUAUCCAUUCAAAGUACCUGGUCCUCCAGGUACUCCAGGUGUUGUUGCAUUUACCAAGGACUCAAUCACAGUUGGAUGGAAUGAGCCUGUGGUUGAUGGUGGAAAUGAAGUGAUCGGUUAUCAUGUUGAGAGGAAAGAGAGAAGCAGCAUCGUGUGGCAGAAGAUCAGCAAGACUCUUGUGAAAGGAAACCUCUUUAAAUCCAGCGGGCUUGAAGACGGUGCUGCCUAUGAGUUUCGUGUCAUGGCUGAAAACAUGGCUGGAAUUGGUAAGCCGAGCAAGGCCUCAGAAGCCAUCCUGGCCUUGGACCCUGUUGACCCUCCAGGUAUGCCGGAGCCCAUCUUUGUCAACAAAAAUGUCAUCACCAUUCAGUGGACAAAGCCUGAGUACGACGGUGGUUUCAAAAUCACCGGCUAUACGGUGGAGAAGAAGGAACUGCCGGCUGGCCGCUGGAUGAGAGCCAACUUCACCAAUAUCACAGACACUACCUUCACUGUCAGCGGACUGACUCAGGAGGCCUCCUAUGAGUUCCGUGUUAUAGCCAGAAACUUAGCCGGGGCAGUGAGCCUUCCCUCUGAUCACUCAGACCCAAUCACCUGCAAAGACGACAUCAUUGAGCCACGCAUAAUGGUUGAUGCCAUCUUUAAGGAUGUUAUUCUGUUGAAGGCAGGAGAGUCCUUCAAGCUUGAUGCUGACAUAGCCGGUCAACCAACUCCAUCCAUGGUUUGGACCAAGGAUGGAAAGGAGGUUGAGAACACGAUGAAACUGGACGUCAAGUUUACAGAACUAACUACGCUUCUGACCAACAAGGACUCUAUCAGAGCAGAUGGAGGAGAAUUUGUUUUGACUGCCACUAAUGUUGGUGGAUUUGCUAAGCACAUCUUCAAGGUUAAAGUACUUGACAGACCUGGACCACCUGGAGGACCUCUGGAGGUGUCUGAUGUUACCGCUGAGAACUGUAUUCUCACCUGGGCUCCACCUGCAGAUGAUGGAGGUGCCAAGAUAGAAGGUUACGUGAUUGAGAAGCGCGAGUCAAGCAGACUCGUUUGGACCAAUGUGGUGUCAGACCUGCAAGUUACACAGUACAAGGUGACCAAGCUGCUGAAAGGAAAUGAAUACAUCUUCAGAGUUAUGGCAGUGAACAAGUAUGGAAUUGGCGAGUGUCUUGAUUCAGAACCCACCAUUGCAGACAACCCAUAUGUGGUUCCAGAGGCUCCAGCAAAUCCUGAGGUGACGGCUAUCACUAAAGAUUCAAUGUUUGUUAUGUGGCAGGCGCCAAAGAGUGAUGGUGGAUCUCCCAUCAUCAACUACAACAUUGAAAGGAAAGACCGGAUAGGCCUCCGCUGGGUCAAAUGCAACAAGAGGAAGGUUAAAGAUCUACAGUUCAAGGCAACAGGCCUUGUUGUUGGACAUGAGUAUGAAUUCAGAAUUAUUGCUGAGAAUAUUGCCGGGGUGAGCCCGCCAAGUGCCUCAAGUCCCUUCUACAAGGCCACUGAUGUGCUGUAUGCACCCGGGGCCCCAUGCAACCCCAGAAUCUUGGACACAUCCAAGUCUUCGAUCACUGUGGCCUGGAACAAGCCUGUGUAUGAUGGAGGCUCUGAUGUCACUGGCUACAUUGUGGAGACCUGCAUCCCAUCUGAAAAACAGGAAGAGGAAGAAUGGAGCAUUGUGACACCCAAAGAAGGACUCCUUGCCACUUCAUUCACCAUUAUUAACCUGAAGGAGAACCAGGAGUACAUGAUUAACAUAUCUGCCAUCAACAGUGAAGGCAUUGGAGAGGCAGCAUCUGUACCUGGCAAUGCCAAGGCAGAGGACAGGCUCCUUCCACCUGAGAUUGAUUUGGAUGCUGAGCUCCGCAAGGUUGUCAGACUGAGAGCUUGCUGCUCACUCAGACUGUUUGUGCCCAUCAGAGGCCGACCAGCUCCUACGGCUUCAUGGACCAAGGGAGAUGGGGAGCGUGUUGAGAGGGCAACCAUUGACAGCACAACAUCAUACACGUCACUCGUUGUUGAAAAUGUCAAUAGAUUUGACAGUGGAAAGUACAACCUUACAGUUGAAAACGAGUCUGGCUCCAAGACAGUCACAGUCCAGGUCUGUGUGCUUGACACACCCAGUGCCCCACAGAAUCUGAAGAUUACAACUGUAACAAACGAAUCUGUCACUCUGACCUGGGAGCCACCGGUGAAUGAUGGAGGAGUUAAAAUUAAGAACUAUAUUGUUGAAAAACGUGAGUCCACAAGGAAAGCAUAUGCCACAGUUAACUCUAACUGCCAUAGCACUACCUUCACAGUAGGCCAGCUUCUGGAAGGAUGCAACUAUUACUUCAGAGUUCUGGCUGAGAAUGAAUAUGGCAUUGGUCUUCCCAUUGAGUCUGGUGAAUCAGUUAAAGUGUCUGAAAAACCACAGCCACCUGGCAAGAUCACUCUUAAGGAUGUCACCAAGACCAGUGUAACCCUUGCCUGGGAUAAACCAGUGCACGAUGGUGGCAGCAGAGUUGGCUGUUAUGUUGUUGAGAUCCAGCCCAAGGGUGCGGAUAAGUGGAGCCCGUCUGUCAUUGUACAGGAAACAGAAGCUACUAUUAAAGGACUCAAUGAAGGUGAAGAGUACAUGUUCCGUGUGGCAGCGAGAAAUGAGAAGGGAACAAGUGACCCACGUCAAAUUGGUGUCCCUGUGAUCGUAAAAGAUCUUGUGAUUGCACCUUCUACCAAAAUGCUGUUCAACACAUUCAGUGUGUUGGCGGGAGAAAACCUGACUGUAGAAGUCCCAGUAGUUGCACGUCCCAAAGCAGAGGUCUCCUGGGUUAAAGAUGGUGAGCCUAUGAAGAGGACAACCAGAGUCAACUUUGGCGGAACUGAGACAAUGCUGAAGCUCAACAUAAAAGAAGCUACUAGAGAUGAUGUUGGAAAGUACCACAUCACAUUAAAGAACACAGCAGGAGAAGCAACAGCAGACAUCUGUAUUGUUGUACUUGACAAACCAGGUCAGCCUGGCGGUCCUGUUAAGGUGGAGGAGGUCACUUCUGAUAGUGCAACCAUUGCCUGGAGCAAACCAGAGUAUGAUGGUGGUUGCACCAUCAAACACUACAUUGUGGAAAAGAGAGACACAUCCACAACUGCUUGGAUGGUUGUAUCACCUAAUCUUGCAAGAACCAAAAUCAAGGCAGGCAGGUUGAAGACGGGCUCUGAGUAUCAGUUUAGAAUAACAGCAGAAAACAGAUAUGGAAAAGGCCCUGUUCUUAUCUCAGAGUGUAUUGUGGCUCAAUACCCAUACAAGCUCCCAGGACCCCCAGGAACACCCAACAUUGCAGUCUGCACCAAGGACAGCAUGGUGGUGGUCUGGAAUGAACCUGUUAACGAUGGUGGAAGCACAAUCUUAGGCUACCAUCUCGAACGCAAGGAGAGAAACAGCAUCCUUUGGGUGAAACUGAACAAGUCUCUGAUUACUGACCAAACCUUCAAGACCAGUGAUCUGGAACCAGGUAUGGAGUAUGAAUACAGAGUUUAUGCUGAAAACAUUGUUGGAAUAGGAAAAAUGAGCAAAGUGUCUGAGGGACGUGUUGCCAGAGAUCCUUGCGAUCCCCCUGGCACCCCAGAGGCAACAAAGAUCGGUAAGGACUCCAUUACCAUCGUUUGGACUAAGCCUGAAUAUGAUGGUGGUUCAAAGGUCACAGGCUACAUUGUGGAAAAGAAGGAGCUUCCUGAAGGUCGCUGGCUGAAGGCUAACUUCACCAACGUCAUUGAGACAGAAUACGUUGCAACUGGACUUGUGCAGGACAACCAGUAUGAGUUCCGUGUUAUUGCUAGAAACGCUGCUGGUGUUUUCAGUAUGCCCUCUUACAGCACUGGCCCCAUCACUGCCAGGGAUGAGAUUGAACCCCCAAGCCUUAGCAUAGACCCACAGUACACAAAGACUAUUGUGGUUAAUGCUGGAGACAACUUCAAGAUUGAUGCAGAUGUUCAUGGAAAACCAUUGCCCUCUGUCCACUGGAUGAUGGGAGAGCAGGAACUGGGCAACACUAUUCAUAGAGAAAUUAAGAACACACCCACUAAAGCUUAUAUAUCUUUCAAGGAAGCCAAACUUACAGAUGGAGGCAAAUACACUCUGCUGCUGAAGAAUCCAGGAGGAGAAAAGGCCAUAGAGGUCAAUGUUGUUGUUCUAGAUAAACCUGGAGAACCACAGGGACCUCUUAUACUAACAGGAAUAACCAAAGACCGGUGCUGCCUUUCAUGGAAACCUCCAGUACAAGAUGGUGGCAGCAAGAUCUCUCACUACAUUGUGAAGAGGAGAGAGACAAGCAGGCUAGUCUGGACUGUUGUCGACUCCAAUGUGGAGACCACCUUUUUGAAGAUUACUAAGCUCCUGGAAGGAAACGAGUACAUCUUCAGAGUCCAUGCUGUCAACCAGUAUGGGGUUGGUGCACCACUGGAGUCUAACGCUGUCACAAUCAAGGAUCCAUAUGCAGCCCCUGGAACACCCAAGAGCUUAGAAGUUUCAGAUAUUAGAAAAGAUUCAAUGAUGCUGACCUGGGAGGCUCCUUCAGAGGAUGGAGGCAGUCCUAUCACCGGAUACAUAAUUGAGAAACAUGACAAGGAAGGUGUCAGAUGGACCAGAUGUAACAGGAAAACAGUCACUGACUUGACUUUCAAGGUCACUGGACUCUUGGAAGGCCAUUGUUACGAAUUCAGAGUUGCAGCUGAGAAUGCUGUAGGUGCUGGAGAGCCAAGCUCCCCCACUGUUUACUUCAAAUCUCUCGAUCCCAUCUUCAGGCCCGGCCCACCACACAAUCCAAAGGUGACGGACACAUCUAAAACAUCAGUGUUCCUGUCAUGGAGCAAGCCCGCCUGUGAUGGAGGCUGUGCCAUUGAGGGGUACAUUGUUGAGCGUUGCACGACCACAGAGCCAGCAGUGCCAGUGGAGGCCCCUGCUGAGGCCCCUGUUGCUGAGGCCACUGCCACAGAUGCCCCUGCCGAGGAAUGGACAAUGUGCACACCACCAACUGGUAUCAAAAAGACGAAGAUUGAAGUUGCAAACCUGAAGGAAAACCAGGCAUACAAGUUUAGAGUGUGUGCUAUUAACAAAGUCGGAGUUGGUGAGCCUGCUGAUGUCUCUGGAGCUGUCAUUGCACAGGAAAGGGCAGAGGAGCCAGACCUUGACAUUGACCCAGAACUGAGAAAGAUUGUGACCAUUAAAGCCGGAGCUUCCCUUAGACUGUUCAUACCCAUCAAAGGCAGGCCUACUCCUACCAUCACGUGGGACAAAGAUGAAGCUGCACUUAAAGAGACGGCUCAGGUCGAGGUGACCAGCAGUUACUCAUCCCUUGUCAUUGACAAUAUGAGCAGAAAUGACAGUGGAAAAUACACCAUCACUGCAGAGAACGCCAGUGGAACCAAAUCUGCAUUUGUUGUUGUCCGUGUUCUCGACACGCCAAGUGCUCCUGUUGCUUUGAAAGUGAAAGAAAUUACCAACCAGUCAGUCACACUCGCAUGGGAGCCACCUCUGUUGGAUGGCGGGUCCAAGAUCAAGAAUUAUGUUAUUGAAAAGAGAGAAAGUACACGGAAGACAUAUGCUGCAGUUGCAACAAAUUGUCACAAGCUUUCAUGGAAGAUUGAGCCGCUCCAGGAGGGCUGCAGUUACUACUUCAGAGUCCUUGCUGAGAACGAACAUGGUGUCGGCCUGCCUGCCACAACUGUUGAUCCUCUUAAGGUCUCAGAGGUGCCCCAGUCUCCAAAGAACUUAAUUGUCACAGAUCAGACCAAAACAAGCAUCUCUCUGGCCUGGGAGAAGCCUGAGUAUGAUGGUGGCAGCAGAGUUACUCAGUACCUGCUUGAGGUGCAGCUCAAGGGCCAGGAGAAGUGGAAUGGUGUUAACACAUUUAAGACAAUGGAGACCACUGUUACCAAACUGAACCCAGGAGAUGAGUAUCUGUUCAGAGUCACAGCAAUCAACGAUAAGGGAAAGAGCGACCCCAAAGUCCUUUCUGGUCCAGUGAUGACCACAGACCUAGUCUUUGAGCCUGAUGUUCGACCAGCAUUCAGCAGCUACAGUGUCAACAUGGGCAAAGACCUAAAUGUUGACGUACCAAUCUUUGGACGACCCAAGCCGAAAGUCUCCUGGAGUAAAGAUGGGGCUCCUUUGAAGUUCACUACCAGAGUCAACAUUCUCAACUCACCAACACAUACAACACUGAGCAUUAAAGAGGCCGCUGGUGAUGAUGGUGGCAUGUACUGUAUAAAUCUUGUUAACUCAGCUGGAAAGAAGGACACAUCCCUUGAAAUCAUUGUACUUGACAAACCUGGCCCUCCAUUCGGCCCUGUGAGGUUCGAUGAAAUCACAACACAGACUGUCACUCUUUCAUGGGAUCCACCAAAACACAAUGGUGGCUGCCAGAUUUCGAACUACAUUGUACAGAAGAGAGAUACUACUUCCACGACAUGGGAAAAUGUCAGCAACAACUGGGCAAGAACCACCAUCAAAGUGCCGAGACUGAAGACUGGAUCUGAGUACCAGUUCAGGAUCAUUGCUCAGAACCGCUACGGCAAGAGUCACGGUCUGGAUUCACAUGCCGUUGUUGCGAAGUACCCAUACAAAGAGCCAGGUCCACCAGGCACCCCCUUCGUCUCCUCCCUCUCUCGGGACCACCAGGUUGUAGAGUGGAACGAGCCUGUCGUAGAUGGAGGCAGUCCUGUCCUUGGAUACCAUCUCGAAAGGAAAGAAAGGAACAGUAUUCUCUGGAUCAAGAUCAACAAGACACUUAUCCAUGAGCCUAUUUUCAAGAGUUACCCCUUGGAGGAGGGCAUUGAGUAUGAAUACAGAGCGUAUGCUGAGAAUAUUGUUGGCAUUGGUAGGUGCAGUAAGCUCUCAGAGGGCUGUGUUGCACGUGACCCAUGUGAUCCUCCUGGCACCCCAGAGGCGAUCCAUGUGACCAAAGACACCAUCGUCAUCCAAUGGACUAAACCUGAAUAUGAUGGUGGCAGUAAUAUCACCGGCUAUACAGUGGAGAGGCGUGAUCUGCCAGAGGGCAGGUGGGUUAGGGCAAACUUCACUAAUGUGAUUGAGACCCAGUUCACUGUCACUGGUCUGACUGAAAAUGCCCAGUAUGACUUUAGAGUCAUUGCCAAAAAUGCUGUCGGCACGGUCAGUAAGCCAUCCUACAACAGUGGACCGAUCAUUGUAAGUGAUGAGUUUGAGGCACCCAAAUUCUCCAUCGACCCUGCAUUCACCAAGACCAUCAUAAUCAAUGCUGGAGAGACAUUCAAGCUAGACGCAGAUGUCUCUGGCAAGCCACCCCCUACAAUCCAGUGGUUCAAGGGUGAAAAACCAAUCGAGAAUACAAUCAGGCUGGAGAUAAAGAACACAGAAAACCAUGCCAUGAUUGUUAUUAAGGACGCUAUCAGAGUUGAUGGUGGCGAUUACACUCUUCAGAUGACAAACUGCGCUGGCAGUGAAACUAUUCCGUUCAAGGUUGUGGUCCUGGACAGGCCCAGCCCAUGUGAAGGACCGCUCCACAUCGCAGGAGUAGCAGAGGAUAAAUGCACACUGGCAUGGCGUGCCCCUCUACAUGAUGGAGGUAGUCCUAUUAAAAACUACCUCAUCGAAAGAAGAGAGACCAGCCGCCUCGCUUGGACUAUUGUUUCCAACAGCUGUGAAAACACAUGCUACAAAGUCCUCAAUUUACUGGAAGGCAAUGAAUACAUGUUCCGUGUCAUGGCGGUUAACGGUUAUGGCAUCAGUGAGCCACUGCUGUCUAGUGCAGUCAUCAUGAAGACUCCAUUUAUUCCUCCUGGUCAACCUCAUAUGGAAGAAGUAACCAACAUUGCACAUGAUGGCAUGACCGUCUCUUGGUCAGCCCCUGACACGGAAGGUGGCAGUGAGAUUACCAAUUACAUUGUUGAAAAGAAGGACCGGCAGGGAAUAAAGUGGACCAGAUGUAACCGACAGAAGGUCACUGAUCUAUCCUUCAGAGUUACAGGCCUAACCUCGGGCCAUGAAUAUGAGUUCAGAGUCACUGCUGAGAAUGUAGUUGGAGCAGGAGAGCCAAGCCUCCCAACUUCAUACUACAAGGCCAGUGACCCCAAGUACAAACCUGGUGCACCGGCAUAUGUGAAUGUAAGUGACUCCACAAAGAGCUCUAUUUCGGUGUCCUGGGGUAAGCCACUGUCUGAUGGUGGCAGCGAAAUCCAAGGAUACAUUGUUGAAGUCUGCAAGGCUGAAGAGGAGGAAUGGACCAUGGUUACUCCCCCCACUGGCCUGCGUGUCAACAAAUAUGAAAUCACCAAAUUGACCGAGGGUCAGGAGUACAAGAUCCAGGUGUGUGCUCUGAACAAAUUGGGAGUUGGAGAGCCAGCAUCUUUCUCUGGAACAGCUAAACCAGAGGAAAGGGUGGACCCACCACUGAUCCUGCUCGACUCAGAGCUGAGGAAGGGCAUCAUUGUGAAAGCUGGUGGAUCUGUUAGAAUCCAUAUUCCAUUCAAGGGCAGGCCAACACCUGAUGUUAAGUGGACUAAGGAUGAGGAAAACUUGACUGAAAAAGCGGUGGUUGAGAAAGCUCAGAACUUCACGCAGUUGUCCAUUGACUCAUGUGACAGGAAUGACUCUGGAAAGUACUCAUUGAGUCUCACAAACAGCAGUGGGACUGUGUCUGAGAUGGUUUCAGUUAAAGUCCUGGAUACACCCAGCGCUCCAUUGAAACUUGCUGUUCAAGACAUUAGAAAGGACUCUGUCACUCUUGUAUGGGAGGCCCCACUGAUUGAUGGAGGUUCCAAAGUAAAGAACUAUGUCAUCGACAAACGUGAAUCAACCAGAAAGGCAUAUGCAAAUGUGUCUACAAAAUGCACAUCAACAACCUUCAAAGUGGAUAACUUGAUUGAAGGUGCCAUGUACUACUUCAGAGUCAUGGCUGAGAAUGAUUUCGGAAUUGGCUCGUCUAUUGAAACAAAGGCAGCUUUCAAGGCCUCCGAGGUACCACUGCCUGUUGGAAAAAUCUCUAUCACUGAUGUCACCAAAGCCACAGUCUCUCUGGCCUGGGAGAAACCUGAGCAUGAUGGAGGCAGUAGAAUAGGAGGCUACCUGAUUGAGAUGCAACCGAAGGGUACAGACAAGUGGGGAGUCGCAACAAAUACAAAGACAUGUGACGGCACAGUCAAAGGCCUAACAUCAGGAGCAGAAUACUUCUUCCGUAUCAUUGCUUAUAAUGAGAAGGGAAAAAGUGAGCCCAUAGCUCUUGCUGCGCCUAUUGUUGCCAGUGACAUGACUAUGGAGCCAAGCAUUAAAAUGCAAUUCAACACCUACAGUGUGUUAGCUGGAAAAGACCUGAGGUUAGAGUUCCCUUUGCUUGGCAGACCCAAACCUCAAGUCUCCUGGACCAAGGACGGUCAACCUUUGAAUGUAACAUCCAGAGUAAAUGUGAUAAACACACAAACAAUAAUUGGAAUUAAGAUUACCGAAGCAUGCAAGGAGGACUUUGGCAAAUAUUCCAUCAAAGCAACCAAUGCUAUUAGCAGCAUCACUCAGGAUGUGUCUAUAAUCGUCCUUGACAAGCCUGGUCAACCUAAAGGUCCUGUGAAGGUUGUGGAAGUAAGCAACACCUUUGUCCACCUCGCAUGGGAGCCACCAGAGUACAUGGGUGGAUGCCAGGUGAAGGGCUAUAUAGUGGAAAAGAGAGACACCACCACCCAAACAUGGCAGUCAGUCACCACACAGCUUGCAAGAACAGCAAUAAAGAUCACUAAGCUGAAGACUGGUGCAGAAUACCAGUUCAGAAUCAUAGCUGAAAACAGAUAUGGAAAGGGUGCAUCUCUGGAUUCAAAGUCCAUCGUGGUUCAAUAUCCAUACAAACCACCAGGGCCUCCAGGGACACCACGUGUCCAAUCUGCAACAAAGGAAAUGAUGAUCAUUGAGUGGAAUGAGCCUGUCAAUGAUGGUGGAAGUACAGUCAUUGGGUACCAUCUAGAAAGCAAAGAGAGAAGCAGCAUCAUGUGGAACAAACUGAACAAGAUUCUUAUCACUGAUACUCAGUUCAAGAUCAGCAAUCUUGAGGAGGGUAUUGGAUAUGAAUUCAGAGUUUAUGGUGAAAAUAUUGUUGGCAUUGGCAGGUGCAGUAAAGUGUCUGAGUCCUUUGUUGCUCGCGACCCAUGUGACCCUCCUGGUGCUCCCGAAGCUGUUACUAUCUCUAAAACCAUAAUAAAGAUUCAGUGGACCAAGCCUGAGUAUGAUGGUGGCAGCAAAGUAAAUGGAUAUAUUGUGGAAAGGAAGGAUCUUGCCUCCGAUGAGAAGCGCUGGGUCAGAGCUAAUUUCACAAAUAUAGUCGAGACAGAGUACACCGUCACUGGCUUGACGGAGAGUGAGCAAUAUGAAUUCAGAGUUAUUGCAAGAAAUGCAGCCGGAGUCUUCAGCGAGCCAUCCGAUAGCUCUGGACCUAUUACUGCUACUGAUGAAAUUGAACCACCAAGGGCCUCAAUGGAUCCCAAAUACAAGGAUGCCAUUGUUAUCAAUGCAGGUGCACUGGUUCUUGAUGCAGACAUCUAUGGAAAACCAAUUCCUGGUGUUGCCUGGCUAAAAGAGGGCAAGGAAAUGCUAAAAGCCCUGCGCAUUGAAGUGAAGACUACACUGAAACGUGCAGCCAUUACCAUUAAAGAUGUCACCAAGCUUGACAGUGGCCACUAUGACCUCGUCCUCAAAAAUCCGGGCGGUACAAAAAUCUUCCCUAUCACUGUCAAAGUCCUUGAUAAACCAGGUCCACCCCCUGGACCCAUGACAGUGACAGGAAUCAUGGCUGACAGGUGCACCCUUGCCUGGUCUGAACCAACUCUGGAUGGUGGGGCUAGUAUCACUCACUAUAUCUUGGAGAAGAGAGAGACCAGCAAGUUGUCCUGGACAGUGGCUGCACAGAGUGUCAAGGGUACAUUCCAUAAACUAAAGAAUCUGCUCCCUGGAAAUGAAUACAUUUUCAGAGUGAAGGCAGUCAACAAAUAUGGUGUUGGAGAUUGUCUUGAGAGUGAACCCAUUAUUGCAUGCAAUCCUUACAAGCCCCCCAGUGCUCCUGGAACUCCAGAAGGAGGUCAGAUCACAAAGGACUCGAUUGUUCUGACUUGGACUCCUCCAGAGCAGACUGGUGGAGCUGAAAUUGACACCUACCACCUUGAAAAGCGUGACAAAGAUAGUGUAAGGUGGACAAAAUGCAACAGACAAAAGCUGACCGACAACCACUUCAAGGUCACGGGUCUGAUGACGGACCACUUCUACGAGUUCCGUAUUGCAGCUGAGAAUGAGGCUGGAAUGGGAGACCUCAGUGAGUUGUCCCUGCUCUACAGAGCUUGUGAUUCCCUCACACCACCUGGACCUCCACAUCAUCCUAAGGUGACAGACUUCACCAAGUCUUCUGUGUCGCUAACCUGGGGCAAACCUGACUUUGAUGGUGGGGCCUAUGUAAAGGGUUACAUUGUUGAAAUGCGGGAGUACACACCAGAGCCUGAAUCAACCGAGGAGGCAGAAGUAGCGCCAGCCAUAGAGGCACCAGUUGAAAAGGAAUGGACCAUGUGCACUCCACCAACUGGCACACAAGCCACUAAGCUCACUAUCACAGAUGUGAAGGAAGGUGGAGAGUACCAGUUCCGUGUCUGUGCCAUCAACUCAGAGGGAGUGGGCGAGGCUGCAAACGUCCACGGUACUGUGGUCACUUCUGACCGAGUGGAAGCACCAGAGAUUGAGCUGGAUGCUGAUCUCAGAAAGGUGGUUUCUGUUCGUGCAGGAGGAACUCUGCGUCUGUUUGUUGCCAUUAGAGGACGGCCUGAACCUGCUGUGAAGUGGGAGAAGGUUGAUGGUGCUCUCAUCGACCGUGCUGUUAUUGACACCACCAGCUCAUACACCAUGCUUGUCAUUGACAAUGUUAAUCGCUUUGACAGUGGCAAAUACUCACUGACACUGGAGAACAGCAGUGGUGAAAAGUCUGCCAUUGUUGCAGUGAGAAUUUUGGACACACCAAGUGCACCCACAAGCUUCUCAGUGAAGGAGCUCAAGAAGGAUUCAGUGACUCUUGCCUGGGAUACACCCCUCACUGAUGGGGGCUCUAAAAUCACAAACUACAUUGUUGAGAAGAGAGAGUCUGUCAGGAAGGCAUACACUACUGUCACCAGCAACUGCUUGACAAACUCAUUCAAGAUUGAGGAGUUGCCUGAAGGUGGCAUUUUCUUCUUCAGAGUCUGUGCCGUGAAUAAAUAUGGCCAGGGACAGUCGGUAGAAACGAAAGAACUCAAAGUGUCUGAGGUGCCGCUGCCACCAAACAAGGUUACUCUUGUAGAUCAGACUAAGACCAGUGUGACCUUGGUAUGGGACAAACCUGCUCAUGAUGGAGGAAGCAAAGUAAUGUGCUAUAAUGUAGAAUUCAAGCCUAAGAGUGGAGAUAAAUGGGGCACAGCGUGCACUGUCAAGGUGCCUGAAGCCACCGUUUCUAAUCUGAGUCCUAAUGAAGCCUAUCUAUUCAGGGUGGUUGCAAUCAAUGAGAAGGGAAAGAGUGAGCCAAAGGAUCUGGGCUUGCCUGUGGUUGCAAAGGAUGUUGCAAUUGAACCAUCUAUCCACUUACUGUUUAACACAUACAGUGUGAAGGCUGGAAGCGACCUCACCCUUGAGGUUCCAGUGAGAGGCAGACCAAAACCUGUUGUAUCCUGGAAGAAGGACAGCCUUCCUUUGAAGCAAACAUCGUCACUGACCAUCCUUAACACCGCAACUUCAUCCAAAAUAAUCAUCAAAGAAGCUUGCAAAGAACACGUUGGCAAGUAUGAAAUCACCCUUGCAAACACAGGAGGAACUGUCAAAUCAGACAUUGGAGUGGUUGUCCUUGAUAAACCAAGUCCACCUAAAGCUUUUAAGUUGGAUGCGGUGACAUCAGACAGCAUCACACUGUCCUGGUCUCCGCCGGAUUAUGAUGGUGGCUGCUCCAUCAGUAACUACAUUGUAGAGAAGAGAGACACAAACACACAAGAAUGGCAGAUGGUCGCAAGUAAUGUUGCUAGAACAUCCUUCAAGGCUGGCCGCCUGACACAUGGAGCAGAAUACCAAUUCCGCAUUUAUGCUCUCAACCGUUAUGGAAAGAGUGGAUAUCUGGAUACACCGGGAAUCACUGCUCAGUACAGCUUCAAACAGCCUGGACCUCCUUCUACACCAAUAGUGAAAUUGGCCACCAAGUCUUACAUGCUGGUGACAUGGAAUGAGCCAGUCAAUGACGGCGGCAGCCCUGUUGUGGGCUACCACCUGGAAAGGAAAGAGCGUACUAGCAUCAUUUGGGCAAAGUUGAAUAGAGGAAUGAUCAAAGAUACAGAAUUCAAAGUCAAUGGCAUUGAAGAGGGCAUGAUGUAUGAGUACCGUCUCUAUGCUGAAAAUAUUGCCGGCAUCGGUAAAGUCAGCAAGGCCUGUGAAGCUGUAGCAGCUAGAGAUCCAUGUGAUCCUCCUGGCACACCUGUGGUCACUGCUGUCACCAGAACAUCUGUCUCCUUGUCCUGGGAGAAGCCAGAGUAUGAUGGAGGAGCCAAGGUUAUGGGCUACACCAUUGAGCGCAGAGAUCUUCCAGAAGGACGCUGGACCAGAUGCAACUUCACCAAUGUGCCUGAGACCCACUAUGACGCGACAGGACUUACAGAGGACAGCCAGUAUGACUUCCGGGUCAUUGCUAAGAAUGCAGCUGGAUUGUUCAGUGGACCGUCAGACACCACCGGUCCCAUCACUGUCAAGGCAGAUGUGGAUCCACCAAGAAUUAUGAUGGAUGUCAAGUACAGGGAAGCUUUGCUUGUGAAAGCAGGAGAGACUCUGAAGAUAAAUGCUGACCUUGCUGGACGUCCAGCUCCUGUCGUUUGCUGGACCAAGGAUGGCAAAGAGAUUGAGCUGAGAGCUAGGAUCCAGAUUGUUUCAACAGAUACCAGCACUUGCCUCAUUGUGAAGGAUAGCGUAAGAAGAGAUUCUGGGCAGUAUGUUCUCACUCUGAAGAAUAUCGGUGGCACAGUCACCAUACCAAUAAACUGUGUGAUUCUGGAUAAGCCUGGACCAGCAGCAGGACCUCUUCAGAUCACAGGUCUCACAGCCGAUGCGUGCACUCUUUCAUGGGGUCCUCCUCAGGAAGCCGGCGGGGCUGACAUCACGCAUUACGUUGUUGAGAAGCGUGAGACCAGUCGUUUGGCGUGGACAGUGGUGAAGGGAGACGUCACAAAAACAUACCUCAAAGUCACAGGACUGCUCAAGGGCAACGAAUACAUCUUCAGGGUUAUGGCUGUCAACAAGCACGGCCUUGGAGAGACUCUGGACAGUGAUGCUGUGAUGAUAACAGAUCCAUACACCGUUGCCUCUGCUCCAACUGGCGUGGAUGUCACUGACAUUACUGGAACUACAAUGACCCUCACCUGGUGCAAGCCAGCCAGCGAUGGAGGCAGCCCCAUCAGUGGAUACGUGAUUGAGCGCCGCGAGAAAACCGGCAUGCGUUGGGUCCGUGUGAACAGAGAUCUAGUUGUGAAUUGUACCACAGUAGCAACCAAACUGCGCAAGGGUUGUGAGUACGACUUCAGAGUCUUAGCUGAAAACGCUGCUGGUCUCAGUCCUCCCAGUGAGCAAUCAGCCACAUUCAGAGCCUUGGAUGCUCUGGUUGUUCCCUCUCGCCCAACCAAGCCGAAGACGGUCAGUUCAAAGAAGGACAGUGUGUCCAUCGUCUGGAAACCACCACAAGAUGAUGGUGGGGCUCCUGUCCUUGGAUACACUGUAGAAUACAGAGAGUAUGAACUGGCAAGAUGGGUUGAAGCCAUCCCUCUAACCAAGAGCUUGGAGUUCACCAUCAGCGGACUGAAGACAGAUACAGAAUAUGAAUUCUGUGUCAAGGCAAUAAACAAAGUUGGCAACAGUGCACGCAGCCUGUAUUCAGAUCCAGCUACAGCGAUGGACAGAACCACAGAGCCAUCGUUUGACGUCGACAUUGAGCUGCGUAAAGUACUCAUUGUCAAGCAUGGCACUGCGUUCACUCUCAAGGUACCAUUCAAGGGGAAACCUGUGCCGUCAGUGGAGUGGUCCAAGGAGGGUGUUGAUCUGAAGGUCAGAGGAACUAUCGAAUCCAUAGACUCCAGCACUUCACUCACCCUUGAGAAGGCAACCAGGAAUGACUCGGGAGAGUAUUGUGUUACUAUUGAAUCUCCGCUGGGAGCAGCAACAUUGCCCAUGGUGGUCCAGGUGCUGGACUCUCCUGGACCCCCGGUCAAUGUCAAAGUGUCGGCAGUGACCAGGGACUCUGCGACCCUCACCUGGGAAGCUCCAGAGAACGAUGGCGGAGACGCAGUGAAGGCCUACUAUGUUGAAAAACGUGAGGCCAGUAAGAAGGCUUGGGUCACUGUGACCAGCAACUGCCAUGCGCUGACAUACAAGGUGGAGGACCUGCAAGAGGGCGCCAUGUACUACUUCAGAGUCAUCGGGGAGAACGAGCACGGCCUGGGCGUCCCUCAGGAGGCCAAGGCUGGAACCAAGAUCACAGAGGUGCCCAGCAUUCCCACGAAACUUGGAGUUGCAAACAUCACCAAGGACAGUGUGACAAUUGCCUGGACACGUCCAGAGUAUGACGGCGGCAGCAGGGUCACAGGUUACCUGAUUGACGCCCUGGAGAAGGGUCAGACCAAGUGGGUGAAGUGUGCCACGGUGAAAACCCUCACGCACACCAUCAAGAGCCUGAGGGAGUGCGGCGAGUACUACUUCAGAGUGCGCGCCGAGAACCACGCCGGCCUCGGCGAAGCCAAGGAGAUGAUCGUACCCGUCAUCGUCAAGGAAAUACACGAGGCUCCAGAGUUUGACCUGAAGAACUACCCUAAGAACACGGUUUAUGUGAAAGCGGGAUCGGACCUUACCUUUGAGCUUCCUCUCAGCGGCCGGCCCACCCCUAAGGUCACCAUGUCGAAGAACAACUUACAGAUCAAGGCCUCCAAGAGGCUGCUGACAGAAGUCACCCCCGACAGUCUGAUCAUCACCCUGAAUGAAAGCAUCUCCAGCGACGCUGGCAGGUACGAAGUCACUGCUUCCAACGCUGGCGGCACCACCAAGAUCUUCUUAAUUUUCGUAGUCCUGGACCACCCCGGGCCCCCCAUCGGCCCAGUGGAGGUGGGAGAGGUUAGCGAGACCACGGUCUGUCUGAAAUGGGCAUGUCCCGAGUAUGACGGUGGCAGUCCCGUCACCAACUACACCGUCAUGAGGCGUCAGACCAGCACCCCCACCUGGACCGAGGUGUCCACCAGCAUCGCCCGCAGCGCCAUUAAGGUCACCAAGCUCACAAAGGGUGAGGAGUACCAGUUCAGGAUAAGGGCCCAGAACCGCUAUGGAAUCAGUGACUACAUCGACACAAAGCCCAUCAUGAUCAAGCUGCCAUACACCAUCCCUGGGCCUCCUUCCACACCAUGGUUCAGCUUUGUGUCCCGCGAAAGUCUGACAGUAUGCUGGAACGAGCCCGUGAACGACGGCGGCAGCACGGUGAUCGGAUACCAUGUGCAGAUGAAGGAGAGGAGCAGCAUCCUCUGGCAGAAGGUUAACAAGACAGCCAUCUCUGGAAACCAGUGGCGCGUUACAAAUAUCUGCGCUGGACUCAUCUAUGAGUUCAAGGUGGCUGCAGAGAACGCCGCCGGCAUCGGCAAGAUGAGCAAGACCUCCGAGGAGGUGCUGGCCAUUGACGCCUGCGAACCCCCAGCUAACGUGCAUGUCACCGAGACGACCAAGAAUUCUGUUAGUCUGGCGUGGCUGCGGCCUCCUUACGAUGGCGGCAGCAAGAUCACAGGCUACAGCGUGGAGCGGCGCGAUGCUGGCAGCGGCCGCUGGGUGAAAGCCAACUUCAGCAAUAUCAUUGAGAUGGGCUUCACCGUCUCCGGCCUUAACAAGAACGAGGCCUACGAAUUCAGAGUUUACGCCAAGAACGCCGUGGGCUCCGUCAGCAACCCUUCGCUUAUCGCCGGCCCAGUCACCUGCGUGGAUGCCUGCGGCGCCCCAGCCAUCGACCUCCCUCCGGAGUUCCUGGACGUGGUUCAGUACAAAGCCGGGUCCUCUGUGAAGCUGCGGGUGGGCAUCGUGGCCCAGCCGCUGCCCAGCAUCGAGUGGCUGAAGGACGGGAAGGAGCUGCUUCUAACCUCCAAGCUGUCGGUGGAAAGCACCACCGACUCCUCCGCCAUUCUCAUCAAGGACGGCGCACGCUUUGACAGCGGAUCCUACGAGAUCAAGAUCAAGAACGUGCUGGGUUCAGCGACCGCCACCAUCAGGAUCCAGAUCCUCGAUAAACCCGGACCCCCAGCUGGCCUCAUCAACUUCAACUCCGUCACGGCGGACCAGAUAAUGUUCAGUUGGGAGCCGGUGCCGGAGUCGGACCAGGGAGGCUUCCCGGUGACGCAUUACAUCGUGGAACGACGUGAGACCAGCCGUGUGGUUUGGUCCACCGUGUCGGAUUGCCAGGAGCAGACCUACGCCAAAGUUGGGAAGCUGGUGCGUGGAAAUGAGUAUGUGUUCCGCGUCAUGGCCGUAAACAAGUUCGGAGUGGGAGAGGCGCUGGUGUCGGAGCCCGUAAUCGCCAAGAACGCCUUCGUGACUCCUGGGCAGCCUCACACUCCUGAGGUGAACACCAUCACCAAAACCACCAUGUUGGUCGAGUGGAACAAACCAGGGGUGGACGGCGGCAGCGCAGUUACUGGAUACUACCUGGAGAGGCGCGACAAGAAGAGCCUGCGCUGGAUCCGGGUUUACAAAGACCCGAUCGCAGACAUCAAGAAGACCGUGUACCAUCUGACAGAAGGAAACGAGUACCAGUACCGAGUGUGCGCCAUCAACAGGGCCGGAGAGGGACCAUUCUCCGAAGUGUCCGACUACUACAAGGCUGCAGACCCUGUUGAAACUCCAGAUGAGCCUUGCAAGCUGAAGGUUGUUGACUCCACCAAGACAUCCAUCACCUUGGGCUGGUCCAAGCCAGAAUGGGACGGUGGCAGCGAGGUGACCAGCUACAUGCUGGAGAAGCUUGUUGAGGGAGAAGAAGAGUGGGCCAUGGUCACCACCAAGGGAGAGGUCAAGACCACCGAGUACAUCAGCCACGACUUGAAACCAGACGUCAACUACUUCUUCAGGGUCUCAGCUGUGAACUGUGCCGGCCGUGGAGAACCUCUAGAGAUGACCGAGCCUGUGCAGGCUAAAGACAUCCUGGAGGAGGCCCAAAUCGACUCCGACGUGGCCAUGAGAACUCACUACAUCGUGAAGGCCGGUAAGGAUGUGGAGCUGUCUGUUCCUCUGAAGGGCCGACCGGCUCCCAUCGCUUCCUGGAGCAAAGGAGAGGAGUGCAUCGACAGUGACCCCAAAUACGAGUUGCACCACUCCGACAACACCACCGUGCUGGUUAUGCGCGAGGUGAACAGGCUUGACACUGGAAAAUACACAGUGAAGAUAGAGAACGGUGUUGGACAGCCGAAGACGCUGACCCUGUCUGUGAAGGUCCAGGACACCCCGGCUCAGUGCACAAACCUGGUUCUGAAGAACGUGACUCGUGGAAAGGUCACUCUCUGCUGGGAGCCUCCACUUCUCGACGGUGGGGCUGAGAUCACAAACUACAUUGUAGAGAAGAAGGACUCCUCCAAGAGGACCUUCUCUGCAGUGACCAGCAAAUGCACAGAAACAACAUACUCCCUGGAAGACCUCUCCGAGAAGGCCUCCUACUUAUUCCGUGUGAUGGCGGAGAAUGAGAAUGGCGUGGGCGAUCCCUGUGACACCCUGGAGCCUGUGAAGGCCACAGAGACUCCCGGCCCAGUCAAGGAGGUUUCUAUGAAGGAUUCUUCCAAAACCUCAGUAACCCUGCAGUGGCUGAAGCCAGAUUACGAUGGCGGCAGCAUCAUCUCUGACUACGUCAUUGAGAAGAAGCUGAAAAACGAGGAAUGGUCUCUGGGAGGAACCAGCCGACAGUGCGAGUUUGAGGUGAAGAAACUGAAGGAGCACUCCACUAUGUUCUUCAGAGUGGCAGCCAGGAACGAGAAGGGACAGAGCGACUUUGUUGAGAUGGGUCCUCUCCAGGUCAUUGACUACAUUAUUACACCUGAGGCCAGCCUUGCUGAGUACCCUGGAAGCCGCAUCAGUGUCCGUCUGGGUCACAACGUGCACAUCGAGCUGCCCUACAAAGGUAAACCCAAACCUGCCAUCUUCUGGCUGAAGGACAGCCUGCCUCUAAAGGAGAGCGACCAGAUCCGCUUCAAGACAACGGAGAACAAAGCCACACUGAAUAUUAAGAAUGUGACGAAGGAGAAUGAAGGUAAAUACACCCUUACCCUGGACAACAGGGUCAACAGGAAAUCCUUCCACAUUAACGUCAUCACACUCGGACCACCAUCUAAGCCCAUUGGACCCAUCCGCCUGGAUGAAGUGAGAGCCGAGAGCAUCACAAUCUCCUGGGAUGAACCAAAUGAUGAUGGCGGUGGAGACAUUGCUUGCUACACCGUGGAAAAGAGGGACACCUCCCAGUCUGACUGGAAGAUGGCCUGCUCCAGUGUACAGGACACCCAGUACAAGAUCGCUAACCUUAUCAAGGGCAUUCAGUACCAGUUCAGAGUGCGCGCAGAGAACAGAUACGGCACCAGUGAGCCUCUCGUCUCACAGACGGUCAUUGCCAAGCACCAAUUCAGGCCUCCAGGCCCGCCCGGCAAACCCGUGGUAUACAAUGUGACCAACGACGGCAUGACCAUCCAGUGGGAGCAGCCCAUCUAUGACGGGGGUUGCCCCAUCCAGGGUUUCCACGUGGAGAAGCGUGAGAAGAACAGCAUCAUGUGGCAGAAGGUGAACACCAUGCUGGUCAAAGAGACAGACUACAGGAUCCUGGAGCUCAUCGAAGGACUCGAGUACUCCUUCAGGGUCUACGCCCAGAACGACGCCGGCUACAGCCGAAUGAGUGACCAUAGCAAGUUAAACAUGGCGGUCAGCCCUGUCGAUCCUCCAGGCCAGCCCGACUACACCGAUGUGACCAGUGACUCGGUGACUCUGAAAUGGGAUGCACCCAAACGUGACGGUGGCAGCAAGAUCACCAGCUACAGCCUGGAGAAACGCCAAGGCAAGGGCCGCUGGUUCAAGGCCAACCUGACUGAUGUGCACGAAUGCCAGUACACCGUGACCGGCCUGGCAGUGAACGAGCGAUACGAGUUCAGGGUGACGGCCAGGAAUGCCAUCGGCGUGGUCAGCCCUCCCUCCAACUCCUCCGGCUUGAUCGUGGUCAGAAGCGAGAACUCUUCUCCGUUGAUUGAGUUUGGCCCGGAGUACUUUGAGGGUUUGACAGUGAAGGCAGGAGACAACAUUCGGCUGAAGGCCACUAUCACCGGACGCCCUGCCCCUAAAGUUGUCUGGUUCAGAGAUGGUGCGUUGGUUACCAAACAGAUGAUGGACAUCAUCAAUGCGGCUGGAUCCAGCACGCUGUUUGUCCGGGAUUCUGAUCGUACACACCGCGGUCUCUACAGCGUGGAGGCUACCAACGGAUCUGGCAGCAGAAAGCAGGACAUCCUCGUUCAAGUCCAAGACACCCCCGGGGAGCCAGUUGGACCCAUGACAUUCAGCAACAUCUCGGAAGGAAAGUGUACCCUGUCCUGGAGCGAGCCAGAGAACGAUGGCUGCUCAGAGAUCACACACUACGUCAUUGAGAAGCGUGAGACUGCAAAGAUCUCCUGGGCGUUGGUCUCUGACGAGUGUACAGAGUGCACCUUCAAUGCUACCAAGCUCAUCAAGACCAACGAGUACCAGUUCAGGGUCUCUGCUGUGAACAAGUUCGGUAUGGGCAGACCUCUGGAGUCCACCCCCGUCAUUGCACAGAUGCAAUACACUGCUCCUGAAGCUCCUGGCACUCCUGAUGCUACAGAAGUGACCGGUGAGAGCAUCACGCUGUCCUGGACUCCUCCUACCUCUGAUGGAGGAAACCCCAUUCAGUCCUACAUCAUGGAGAAACGAGAGAAGAAGACUGUCAAGUUCUAUAAGGUGAUCACCAAGAAGCCCAUCGUGGAGUGCGCCCACAAGGUGUCCAACCUGAUGGAGGAUAUGGAGUACGAGUUCCGCGUGAUGGCAGUCAACGACGCCGGCGUUGGAGCUCCCAGUAACGUAUCCUUACCGAUCAAAGCCGCAGAGCCCAAGGACAUUCCUUGUGCUCCGUCUGUGGUGUGUGUCUCCGACUCCACCAACACCUCUAUCAGCCUGGAGUGGUCCCGACCUGCCGACGAUGGUGGCAUGGAGAUCAUGGGGUACAUUAUUGAGAUGGCGAAGGGAGAAGAAGAGGAAUGGACAAGAGUAAACGAGGAGCUCGUGGCAGAGACAAACUACACAGCGAUGUCUCUACAGACCAGCGGCAAGUACAGGUUCAGAGUGGCUGCUGUCAAUCACAUUGGCCGAGGCGAGGAGCGGGAGAUCCCAGAGCCAGCGCAUGCAGUGGACAGGCAAACGCCACCAAUGGUGGACAUCGACGCCAGCUUCAGGCAGACCCACAUCGUCAAGCCUGGAGCUUCAGUUAACCUGGGCGUGAACUUCAGAGGAAAGCCAGUCCCGAUGGCUACCUGGGUGAAGGAAGAAGGAGAGCUGGGGGUCAAGUCAGAGGUCACAAGUUCAGACGGCUUCAGUUCUCUGAACAUUGAAAGCUGCUCCAGGAAUGAUACUGGCAAGUACACCGUGACCCUGGAGAACACCAGUGGCAGCAAGGCUGUCACCUUCACUGUGAAGGUGAUGGACACACCUGGACCUCCACAAGCUGUGAACUUCAAGGAGGUCUCUAGAGGCACCGUCACCCUCACCUGGGAGCCUCCCAUUAAUGAUGGCGGAGCGAGAAUCCAUCACUAUAUUGUGGAGAGGCGCGAGGCUAGCCGCCGUACAUGGCAGCAGUCUGGAGGAAACUGCAAGCAGCACAUCCUGAAGAUCCAGGACCUCCUGGAGGGAGUACCUUACUUUUUCAGGGUCUCAGCAGAGAACCAGCAUGGCAUUGGUGAGGCCUUUGAGAUAACCAAGCACGUCAUUGCCACUGCAGAGCCAGCGUCUCCGAAGAGGAUGGACAUCCUUGACACUACUGACAGCACGGUGGUGCUGGGCUGGCUGAAACCAGAGCAUGACGGCGGCAGCCGCAUCCAGGGCUACAUCAUUGAGGCAAAGGCAAAGGAUGGAGACAAAUGGAUGUUGGUGGGCAAUACCACGAAUCUCACCUACACGGUGGAGAAGCUCAACAAGGGAGAUGAGUAUAACUUCAGAGUGAAGGCCAAAAACGAGUCAGGCUGCAGCGCGCCAAGGGAAACUCUGGCUGCUGCACUGGUGAAAGAGCCGCACAUUGAACCUGCCGUCGACCUCAGAGAGAUCCCCAACCAGCUCGUCACAUGCCACUCAGGGAAGACCUUCACCAUCGAUGUCCCUAUCAGUGGCAGACCCGCUCCUAAGGUCAGCUGGAAGCUGGAGGAGAUGAGGCUGAAGAACUCCGACAGAGUCUCCAUCCAAACUACGAAGGACCGGACAACCAUCUCCGUGAAGGAGGCCAUGAGGGGAGACGGUGGUAAAUACUUCCUCACCCUGGAGAAUGUAGCAGGAACCAGGACCUUCACUAUUGAAGUGAACAUCAUGGGCAGACCCAGUAAUCCCACCGGACCCGUUGAGAUCACAUCCAUCACCUCCGAGUCCUGCGUCGUCAACUGGCAGGCGCCAGAGGACGACGGAGGUACGCCGAUCACUAACUACAUCGUGGAGAAGCGCGAGUCCGGCUCAACUGCAUGGCAGCUCAUCAACUCCAGCGUGAAGCGCACAACUCUGGAUGUCGGCCACCUCACCAAGUACAUGCAGUACACCUUCAGGGUGUCCGCAGAGAACCAGUUUGGAGUCAGCAAGCACAUCGAGUCCGAGACCAUCGUCGCCGAGCAUCCCUUCACCCCCCCUGGCCCUCCAACACGGCCCUCAGUGUUUAACGUCACUGCCAACACGAUGACCCUGAAGUGGGAGGAGCCUUACCACGACGGCGGCAGCAAGGUGACGGGCUACUGGAUUGAAAAGAAGGAAAGGAACAACAUCCUGUGGGUGAGAGAGAACAAGAUCCCCUGCUUUGAAUGCUACAACAAGAUGGAGGGUCUGGUAGAGGGCCUGGAGUACCAGUUCAGGGUCUACGCUAUGAACAGCGCCGGCCUCAGCAAGGCCAGCGAGGCUUCCAAGGGGGCCAUCGCCCAGAACCCCGUUGAUGCACCAAGUAAACCCGAGAUCACUAACGUAACCAGAACCACUGUGUCCCUGAAGUGGUCUUCGCCUCUGAAUGACGGCGGCAGUCCCAUCGUGGGCUACAUCAUCGAGCGUAAGCCGUAUACGCUGACUGGCGAGGGCCGCUGGCUGAAGUGUAACUACACCAACGUGAUUGACACGGCAUACACCGUGACAGCACUGGGCGAGGGUGAGCCCUACGAGUUCAGGGUCAUCGCCAAGAAUGCCAACCAGGUGUUCAGCCUGCCGUCAGAGUCCACUGGAUCCGUGCAAUGCAAGACCGACUUUGAGCCUCCCAAGGCACAGCUGGACAGCAAACUGCUGUCAGAGAUGGUGCAGGUCAGGGCAGGUUCAGACCUGGUUCUGGACGCUGCAGUUGGAGGCCGGCCGGACCCCAAGGCUUCCUGGGCAAAGGGCAAUAAGGACCUGGAGCUAUGUGAAAAGUACCAUCUGCAGUACACCCCCACCCGGGCCAUGGCCAUCAUCAAGUUCUGCGACCGCGACGACACCGGGAAGUAUACCCUGACCGUCAGGAACGUGAGCGGAACCAAGACUGCCGAGGUCAACGUCAAAGUGCUUGACACCCCCGGGGUGUGUGAGGGCAGCGUGGAUGUCAGCAAGAUCACUCAGGAGUCCUGUUCCCUGAGCUGGAAGCCUCCUCUGGAGGAUGGCGGUGACGACGUUUCCCACUUCCUGGUGGAGCGCCGCGACACCAACAGACUGAACUGGGUCAUCAUGCAGGCUGAGUGCAAGGAGACAACCUGUGACAUCACUGGGCUCUUCAAGAACACAGAGUACCUGUUCAGGGUCCGUGGGGUCAACAAGUACGGUGCCGGGGUUCCCCUGCAAUCGGAGGCCAUGGUGGCCAGGAACACCUUCACCAUACCCUCUCCUCCGGGUACUCCAGAGAUCCUGGUCUCAGGGGAGGACUUUGCUACCAUCGAGUGGCUGAAGCCGGAGAGCGACGGCGGCAGCCCACUGCUGCACUACCUGGUGGAGCGACGCGAGAGGAAGAGCGCCCGCUGGGUGAAGGUGAACCGCGACGGCGCUCACUUGGACUGCAUGCUGAAGGUGUGCGGCCUCACCGAGGGAAACAUCUACCAGUUCAGAGUGACCGCCAUCAACAAGGCCGGCGAGAGCGAGCCCAGCGAGCUGUCGCUGUACGUCGUCUGCAGGGAGCCCACGUGCACUCCUGCUCCUCCCUCUAUCCCCCGUAUCACCGACACCCAUGCUGACAGCAUCAGCCUGGCCUGGUCUCGGCCCGUGGAUGACGGAGGCGCCGAUGUGAUGGGGUACAUCCUCGAGAUGCAGGAGGCCGGGGCUGAGGAGUGGAAGAAGGCCCACGAGAAGACGCUGCGAGCCGCCGAGCUGACGGUGACCGGGCUCGCCGCCGGGAACAAGUACUGCUUCAGGGUCGCUGGCAUCAACAUCAAUGGCACCGGAGACUUCAGCGAGCCGUGUGCCGAGACCGAGCCUGUGGAGAGACUGGAAACUCCAGACUUUGAGCUCCACGAUGACCUGAAGAAGACCAUCUGUCUGCGUGCCGGCGGAUCACUCCGCCUGUUCGUCAGCGUCACAGGUCGCCCAGUGCCCGCCAUCACCUGGAGCAAACCAGGGGUGGACCUGCACAACAGAGGCUUCAUCGACAUCAGCAGCACCUCCACCACGCUCAUCAUCGACCGAGUGCACCGCUACGACGCCGGGAAGUACACACUGGUGGCAGAAAACUCUGCUGGCAAACAGGAAGUCAACAUCCUGGUCAAAGUCUACGAUACUCCGGGACCCACCGGGCCAAUCAAGAUCAAGGAGCUGACCAAAGAGUCGGCCACCAUCUCCUGGGAGGCUCCAACGGUGGACGGUGGCGCUCCCGUCAACAACUUCAUCAUCGAGCGCCGUGAGGCGUCCAUGAGAGCCUACAAGACUGUCACCUCCAAGUGCAGCAAGACGUCCUACAAGAUCGACGGGCUGAUGGAGGGCAUGCUGUACUACUUCAGGGUCCUCCCCGAGAACAUCUACGGCAUCGGCGAGCCCUGUGAGACCCCCGACAUUGUGCUUGUAUGCGAGGUUCCUCUGCCGCCACACAAGCUGGAGAUGAUCGAUGUCACCAAGACCACAGUGACGCUGAGCUGGGAGAAGCCCGAGCACGACGGCGGCAGCAGGCUCACAGGCUACGUCAUCGAGGCCUGCAAGUUUGGCACUGACAAGUGGAUGAAAGUGGCCACACUGAAGACCACGGACUUUGAGCACACCAUCGAGAAGCUGAACGAGAAGGAGCAGUACCUGUUCAGGAUCAGAGCCAUCAACAGCCGAGGAGCCAGCGAGCCCAAAGAGAUGCUGACUGCCGUCACCGUGCAGGAACAGAGAGUGAUGCCGGUGGUGGACUUCUCCAGUAUUCCUCAGAAGGUGGUAAACGUCCUGGCCGGAAAGACCCUUGAGCUGGACCUGCCUCUGGUGGGCCGGCCUCCUCCCGUCUGCGCUUGGUUCUUCAAAGAUAACAAGAUGAAGAACACAGACCGCGUCACCAUCAAGAGCACCAGCAAGUUUUCCAAACUCACCGUGAGCGAAACCACCAUCGACGACAGCGGCGAAUACUCGCUGGAGGUGAAAAACAUCGUCGGCGUCAUCACCGAGGUCAUCAAGGUCGUCGUCCUCUCUAAGCCCGAUGAUCCCCAGGGCCCCAUCAGGUUCGACGAGGUGGAUGCAAACACAGUCGCCUGCAGUUGGGAACCCCCACUCAGGGAUGGCGGCGCCCCCAUCAACGGAUACAGUGUAGAGCAACGUGAUGCCCACCGGCCCGGCUGGGUGCCUGUCUGUGACUGCGUCAGCCGACCUACAUUUAAGUUUGAAAACCUAAUCGAAGGAAACGAGUAUGUGUUCCGUGCCGCUGCCAUCAACCGCUACGGCACCGGAGAGUUCCUGCAGUCAGAGAUCGUCACUUGCAAGAGCCUGAAGAAUGUGCCUGGACCCCCGGGCCGCCCCACCAUCUUCGACGUUUCACGCGAUGGCAUGACGGUUGCCUGGAACCCACCCGAGGAAGACGGCGGCCUUGAGGUUUCCGGAUACAUCAUCGAGCGGAAAGAGGUGCGUUCGGACCGCUGGGUGCGAGCAAACAAGAACCCAAUCACCAUGACCCGGUACCGGUCCACGGAUUUGAUCGAGGGCCUGGAGUACGAACACAGGGUCAUCGCCAUUAACGCCCGCGGACAGAGCAAACCCAGCCUGCUGUCCAAAUCCGCCACUGCCACAGACCCCAUUGAUCCUCCCGGCUGUCCUCAGAACCCGAGGAUCACAGACACCACCAAGUCCUCCGUGUCUCUGGCCUGGAGUCCUCCCGACGACGAGGGCGACGCCCGGGUGGACGGCUACCUGAUCGAGAUGCAGAAGGCAGGCAGUAUGGCCUGGAUGAAGUGCAACACCACGCCCUCCCUAAUAUGCGAGUACACACUCACCCAGAUGCCUCAGGGCGAGGAGUUCAAGUUCCGUGUGAUGGCCUGCAACGCUGGCGGCUCGGGAGAGCCCGCCGAGGUGCCAGGAACCGUCACUGUGACGGAGAUGCUCGAAUCUCCGGACUACGACCUGGAGCUGAAGUACAAAGACGUGUAUGUGGUUCGUUACGGAGGUGUGGUCCGCCUCUCAGUGCCCAUCAAGGGUAAACCUCACCCAUCCUGCACCUGGUCCAAGGACAGCGGCGCCGUGUCCACCAAGGCCAUGAUCGCCUCAACGGAGGACACCAGUGAGCUGGUAAUCAAGGGAGCUGAGAGGGGCGACAGUGGAAUCUAUGAGCUGCUGCUGCAGAACGCAGUGGGCAAGAAGAAGGCCACGAUCAAGGUGAAGGUCAUUGGACGGCCUGCCGCACCCCAGGGCCCGCUGCUCUUCGAGGAGAUCCAGGCCAACUCAGUCAAGGUGUCCUGGAAGACGCCGGAAGACGAUGGUGGUGCAGAGAUCCUGGGCUACAUCGUGGAGAGACGCGAGGUGGCGAGGAACGCAUGGUACACCGUGGAAUCCAGAGUGACGGAGACACAUCUGCUGGUGAAGGGCCUGUCGGAAGGGGUGGAGUACCACUUCAAGGUGACGGCUGAAAACUCCUUUGGCGUCAGUUCCUCUAUGAAGUCCGAGCAGCCUCUGGUACCCAAGACCCCAAUUUGUGUCCCCGAGGCUCCCAGCACCGUGCCAGAGAUCAUGGACUUCACCAAGAACUCUGUGGCGUUGGCCUGGUCCAAACCUAAGUACGACGGUGGAUCCGCCAUCACUGGAUACUUCAUUGACUACAAGCUGGUGUCAGCUGAGACGUGGACGCGCCACACUGCCGCCGUCAGCUCCACCAUGUUCACACUGUCCGGCCUCACACCCGAUGCCGAAUACACCUUCCGCAUCGUCGCCAGCAACACCAUCGGACAGAGCGAGGCCGGGCCUGCGUCCGAGCCUGUCACAUGCAAGGAUCCAUUCGACAAGCCCAGUCAGCCGGGCGAGAUCGACACGGUUAACGUUGCAAAGAACACCAUCUCCAUCCGCUGGCAGGCGCCAGCGUGUGACGGAGGAAAGGAGGUGCUCGGGUACUGGGUGGAGCACAGGAAGUCCAUCGAGAGCAAAUGGACAAAGUCUAGCAAGCAGAGGCUGAAGGAUAAGGAGUUCACCGCCUUCGGCCUUGCCGAGGCAACCGAGUACGAGUUCAGAGUGUUUGCUGAGAACGCGACAGGCAUGAGCCGACCACGAAGGACCGCCACCUGCAUCAGGACCAAGCUCAGCGUUGAAACUCAACCAGGCCUGAGAAAGGAAAUGGACGAAGUGACCACCAAGCUGGGUCAGCCCGCCAUCAUGAAGUGCCAGAUCAUCGGCAGACCCCUGCCCGACAUCAAGUGGUACCACGCUGGCAAGGAGGUCAUCGAGUCCCGCAAGUACGAAAUGAGCUCGGACGGCCGCAACCACUCGUUGUCCAUCAGCACGGACCAACAGGAGGAUGAGGGUGAGUACACCUGCAAGGCCGUCAACGAUGCCGGGGAGGCCGAGACCAGCGGCACCCUGGUGCUGGAGGCCGCUGCAUGCUUCCACCCCGACUACCCGCUGAAAGAAACCUACUACGCUGGCCUGGGGUCCACCCUACGCAUCCACUGCGUCUACAUCGGCCGGCCUGAGCCCAAGAUCAUGUGGCUGCACGGUGCUAAGACCCUACAGGACACAGAGGAGAUCAGCAUCGAGACCACCGGGUUCUACACCCACCUAGUGAUCAAGAACGUGCAGCGCAGAAAGCACGGAGGAAAAUACCGAAUCCGGCUGCACAACCACUUUGGCCGGGCGGACACCGCCUUCAACGUUGAGAUCUACGACAAACCUGAGAUGCCUCAGGGCCCCAUCAAGCUGGAGGCUCUGCUGAAGAACUCUGUCAUCAUCAGCUGGAAGGCGCCUGCAGACGAUGGCGGUAGCAUGAUUACAAACUACAUUGUGGAGAAGCGAGAGGACAAGGAAGGCACCGAGUGGGAACUGGUGUCCUCCUCCAUCAACGGCCUCUCUUGCCGCGUGCCCAACCUCAUCGACAGCGCUGGGUACUACUUCAGCGUUUACGCCCAGAACCGCUACGGCAACAGCGAACCUCUGGAGCUCACCGCCCCCAUCCUCAUAAAGAGCCAGCUGGAGAAACCAUCACCUCCUCUGUCCCCGGUUGUGUCCGGCAUCACCAAAGACUCCUGCGUGGUUUCCUGGAAGCCUCCUCUCAGCGACGGCGGCUCCAAGAUUAAGAGCUACUGCCUGGAGAAGAAGUUCAAGAAGGACAAGAAGGAGUGGAGCGAGUGGGUCACGGUGACAACGGACGAGAUCAAACAGACCGUGUUCUCCGCCAAGCGCCUGGCCGAGGGCGUUGAGUGCGUCUUCCGCGUGAAAUGCGAGAACCUGGGAGGUGAGAGCGACUACAGCGAGGAGACGGCACCCAUCGUGCCCAUCACUGCCAUGGAGAUCCGAGCUCCCGCCUUCAAGGAGGAGCUGAGGAACAUGAGCGUCAAGCACAAGAGCAACGCCACCCUGGUGUGCAAGAUCCUCGGCCAGCCUAAGCCUGUGAUCAAGUGGUUCAGACGAGGAAAGGAGAUCCACUCUGACGGAAAGAAAAUCAAGAUCCAGGAGUUCAAGGGAGGCUACCACCAGCUGGUGAUCACCGAGGCGGAUGAUGAGGACUCCACCGUGUACCAGAUCAGAGCCACCAACCAGGGAGGCUCCAUCUGCGCCACAGUGUCUCUGGAUGUGGAAAUUCCUGCCAAGAUCAACCUGCCGAAAAACCUGAAGGACAAGGAAGCCAUCCCCGCCCUGCGCGGAGAGAUGGUCAAUAUUAAGAUUCCUUUCAGUGGCAAACCAGAUCCUGUCAUCACAUGGCAGAAGGGACAAGAUCUCAUCGACAGCAAUGGUCACUACCAGGUCAUCGUCACCAGGUCGUUUACCUCGCUGGUGUUCUCCAACGGAGUGGAGAAGAAGGAUGCCGGUUUCUACAUCGUCUGCGCUAAGAACAGGUUUGGCAUUGACCAGCAGACAGUCGAGCUGGAUGUUGCCGAUGUUCCCGAUCCUCCACGUGGAGUCAAAGCCAGCGAUGUUUCCAGGGAUUCGGUCACGCUGAACUGGGUGGCCCCCGCCAAUGACGGAGGCAGCAGGGUCGUCAGCUACAUCAUUGAGAAGUGUCCAACCACCGCAGAGAGGUGGGAGCGUGUCGUCCAGUCCAGAGACACUCACUACACCGUGACCAAUCUCUUCGGAGGAACCAGCUACCAGUUCAGAAUCAUCGCUGAGAACAAGUUUGGCCAGAGUGCUCCAUCUGAGAGCAGCGGACCAAUCAUGACCAAGGAGGACAAAUCCAGGGUCCUGCUGUAUGACCAGGAGGUGGACGAUAGUGGACGUGUCCCCAGGGGCAAGAUUCACUCUGACGCCAAGAAUAUGCACACCAAGUACGCCAUUGCAGAGGAGUUGGGCAGAGGUCAGUUUGGCAUUGUCCACCGCUGUGUGAACAUCAGCACUGAGAAGACCUACAUGGCUAAAUACUGCAAGGUGAGAGGCGCUGAUCAAGCAAUCGUCAAGAAGGAAAUAGCUACCCUGAAUCUAGCCAAACAUGAAAACUUCCUGCUCCUGCAAGAAUCCUUCCACAGCCCAGAGGAGCUGGUGUUGAUCUAUGACUUCAUUUCUGGCGCUGACAUCUUUGAGCGCCUCAGCACAGCCGAGUUUGAGCUCAAUGAGCGUGAGAUUGCCAACUACAUCCGGCAGAUCUGUUCGGCUCUGGAUUUCCUGCAUGCUGAGAGCUACGGACACUUUGACAUCAGACCUGAGAAUAUCGUGUACACAACUCGAACCGGCUCUAACGUGAAGAUCAUUGAGCUGGGCCAGUCCAGACACCUGACUCCUGGAGACAUCAUCAAAGUCCAGUACACAACUGCAGAGUAUGCUGCCCCUGAGAUCCACCAGUGUGACAUGGUCAGCACCGUCACCGACAUGUGGGCGGUGGGUGUCCUCACCUACGUGCUCCUCAGUGGCCUGAAUCCAUUCACAGCUGAAACAAACCAGCAGAUGAUUGACAACAUCUCCACAGCCGCCUACACUUACGAAGACGAGUCCUUCAAGCAGGUCAGCGUGGAGGCGUUGGACUUCACAGACCGCCUGAUGACGAAGGAGCGAAAGCAUCGUAUGUCUGCGGCCGAGGCUCUGUUGCAUCCUUGGCUGACCAAGCCUGCAGAGGAGAUCAGCAGCAGGGCCAUGCAGACCGGCAGACACAAGAGAUACUACCAGACGAUGGUAAAGAAGGAGUGGAAGACAGUUGUCUCUGCAGCCCGUGUGGCCAGCGGCGGCUCCAUCAGAUCCCAGCGUGGUGUCUUUGUCUCCAAGGUGAAGAUCGCUCCAUUUGAACACGGCCCUGUCGGAGGCCAGAUCAGCCACGCCGUGGUGAACGAGGGAGGUAAUGUAAAAUUCACCUGCAACAUUGAAAACUACGACAGCACUACUGAAGUCACAUGGUACUGUGGCGUCAGGCAGCUCGAAGCUGGAGACAAAUAUGAAAUUCAAUAUGAGGACGGUCUGGCUGUCAUCACCAUCAACAAGGUCACACGAGCCGAUGAUGGCACUUACAGAUGCAAGAUAGUGAAUGAGUAUGGGGAGGACAGCGCCUACUCAGAGCUGUUUAUUAACGGUGUCAGAUCUAACCGCGACUUCUUCACCGCCCGUGUGGUGAAGAAGACGAAGCGCAGAGUGGACACUGCCAGGAUGCUUCAGAAGCCUCCAGAGUUCACUCUUCCUCUAGUCAACCGCACUGCCUACAUCGGUGAGGACCUACGCCUUAGCGUCACCAUCACAGUUCACCCGGAGCCUCGUGUCGUCUGGCACAAAUCCGGACAGAAGCUGGUCCCUGGACUCGAUGAAAAGAAAUACACCUUCAUCACCGACAAGGGCCUGUACCAGCUGAUCAUCCACAAACUCGAGGAUGGGGAUGAUGCCGAGUACAGCGUUGUGGCCCGCAACAGGUACGGUGACGACAGCUGCAAGGCUCGUGUCACCGUUGUUCCCCGGCCUAAACCAGCAGACCUCACCCUGAGGCCAAUGUUCAAACGCCUGCUCGCCAAUGUGGAGUGCCGUGAGGGCCAGAACGUGCGCUUUGAGAUCAGAGUAUCCGGACAUCCCAAAUUGAAGUGGGAGAAGGAUGGAAUGCCUCUGGCCUUCGGACCAUCUAUCGAGGUCAUCCAUGAGGGUCUUGAUUACUUCAUCCUUCACGUAAGAGGCACUCUGAUUGACGACUCCGGUGUUUACAGAGUCACAGCUACCAACUCUGCCGGCUCUGCCAGCUGCCAGGCAACACUCAAAGUCCAGCGGGACACUCACGUGAGGAGGGCAGUCGAAAUGAGUGACAAGGAGAAGGUAGCAAUGGCUGGAAAGGAGGAAAUGGACAAAAAGGUGAGGCUCUCUCAGAUUCUGUCAGACACAGUAUUCAUACCUCUACCACCCAUGGCAGUGCAGGCAGUCAGGGAGGCAGCCACCAUGUUCAAGCCCGCCAUGACCACAAAGAAGGGCGAGAAGACCGAGGCGGAGAUUCAGAAAGAAAAAGAGGAGAAGAAGAAGCGCGCUGAUGAAAAAAGACUGCGCAUGCCGUACGAUGUUCCUGCUCCUCGCGUCAUUAACCCUGCGUCUCUUGAGGAGGACGUGGAGAUCAAACACUUCCAGCCACUUUCUGACAUGAAAUGGUACAAGAAGCUGCGAGAUCAGUACGAGUUCCCUGAGCCGAUGGACAAAAUUAUGCAGAAGAGGAUGAAGCGUAUCCGCCUCUCCAGGUGGGAUCAGUUCUACGAGAUUCCUAUUAGGAUCAAGGACCACUAUAAGCCCAAGUGGCGCAUCUCCGCCAUGACUCAGGACGACUUGGAGACUGUAAGGCCUGCGAGGCAGCGCACUCCUUCCCCUGAGCUGGAAAACUACCACCGCAUCAGGAGGAGGUCUCUGGGUGACAUGUCUGACGAGGAGCUCCUGUUGCCUGUGAAUGAGUACCUGUCGAUGAAGAGGACUGAGGAGGAGAGGCUUCGUCUUGAGGACGAGCUGGAGUACGGUUACUCUGCUUCCCCUCCGAGCCUCAGCCCGGUGCGCUUCGAGCUGUCGGCCCUGCGUCCAUCAUCCCCAAGAAAAUCCUACAGCGACGAAGAAGAGGCAGAAGAGGCCCGCAGAUACGAUUCCUACCGAAUCCCCUCUAAAUACGAGGCCGGACCCAGUUUCGUUGAGCUCCGCCAGCGACACGACAAAGCCACCAUCAGACCUCAAAGACAGAAGCAAAGGGUGCAUGAGGAGAGAGAAGACCAGGAGCUGCUGCGCCCUCACACAACCGGCCAGAGGUUAACCACCUACAAGAGUGCACUCAAACGCAUGGAGUUUGAGGAGAAGACUCGCACCUUGAAAAAGGAAACAACUUUCAACGUUUCAACCGUCUCUCAGAGCGUCGAAUCUGAGCACCUCACAUCCUUCACCUCCGAAUAUAUCCCCAAACCAAUCAAGAAGCUUGAAACACCUGAGCCCCUGAUAAGGACAUCCCGUAGCCAAGAAAGGUCAGCCGUGUCCGAUGUGACCCUCACCAAAGUUGACUUUGCAUCCAGGUAUGAAGAAAGAAAGAGGGCUCUGAGAUCGGAGAGGAUAUCUGCGGAGAGGACUUAUGAGUCGGUGACACAGGCUCCCUUCAGUCUCGACCACAGCCCCCGUAUUACCAUUAGGAUGCGGUCGCACCGUGUACCCUACGGCUCCAACACCAGGUUCACCCUCAACAUCCAGGCCAGACCUGAGCCAGCAAUCAAGUGGUUCCACAACGGGAAAGAGAUUCAUCAGACCAGCAAAUACCACAUGAGCUACUUCAGUGGGGUCCUGACUCUCAGGAUCAACAACUGUGUGACUGAAGACGCUGGCACGUACCGUGUGGUCUGCACCAACGCCAAGGGAGAGACUUCAGACUACGCAACGUUGGAUGUGGCCGGAGAGGAAUACGCUGCCUUCUCUUCGCUCCGCAGGGACGAGGAGCCUCCAUCCUUCCAGCUCCCAGAGAUGACCCGGACAGAGGAGUAUCACAUGUCCUCCUCGAAGACAACCGUGAUGGAGACCGUGACUGAAUCAAAGAGCACCACUGUUGUGGUUGAGAAGCGUAAGGAGAAGUCGAGUUCUCCUGCCAAAAUCCUGGGCAAACCUCAUUCCCUGACGGUGGAGGAGGGAGACCUCGCCAGGUUUGAGUGCGAUGUGGACGGUGAACCAGCGCCUUCGAUCACCUGGUUGCACGAAGGAGCCACCGUCGGAUCCUCUUACCGUCAUCACAUCGUUUCCACGCAACGCAGCUCCUCCUUCGAGAUCUCCUCCGUGGAGAAGUCGGAUGAUGGCAGGUAUUCUCUGCUGGUGGAAAACGCCGGAGGCAAACAAGAGGCCCAUUUCACUCUGACCGUCCGCAAGUCCGUGACCAAGGAGAAACUGGUGACAAGAAUCACCUCCCCUGAGGCCAAGUCCCCCGAACCAAUCAAGUCUCCUCAGAGGGUCAAGUCACCAGAGCCAAUCAAAUCCCCUCUGAGGGUCAAGUCCCCGGAGCCAAUCAAAUCCCCUCUGAGGGUCAAAUCCCCCGAGCCAAUCAAGUCUCCACAGAGGGUGAAGUCCCCAGUCUCUCCAAAAUCUCCAACGCCAAAGUCCCCGACUCCGUAAGAAGCCCCCGAGUGAUGGACGCCAAGCCUGGAGACCCUGAUCCCAUCUGCUCCAUGUAAAACCCAAAAAGUUAAUUUAUUUCCCCGCUCCCCUUCUCCAGAACCUUUGAUUAAGUGAAUUAGCAACGAUCAGCUUACGUGAGAACGAUCUGGAUUCCUGUUUUGUAAAUAUGAACUAUUUUUGUACCAAACUUGACAUUAAUUUAUGCCAAACUAGACUCACGUCUAACGUUGUUAUAAAAUGUGCCAUAUUGGACAAUGAAGACGUAGGAUUUUUGAACUGUGACAUGUACAUAAUGUAUAUAGCCGAAUUGAACGGUUAUGGGAAAUGUAUGCAUUGUUAUUUAUGACAAUAUUACCUGAAACAAAGAAGAACACGUUUCGCCAGGAGAAAGUUUCCCAAGGAACGAAUACCCUGAGAAGCGAGAAACUAAACUCUGCGCCUCAACGAUCAGUUGAAGUCUAAAGCUGGCCUCGGCAGGUAGAGCGGCUCCCUGCUGACGAAACUCAGACAAACUUAUUAUUUUGGAUAUUUCCGUGUCUGAGCGGAUGGCGAGGCCCUCAGCGCUGUGUGCUCACCCUCAUGUACGCAGCGCGACCCGGCCUCGCCAUCCGCCGACGUGUCGAUGAGCUCGCUCUCACCGUCUCGAUUAUUAAUGAUUUAGAAUGAUUUCAUCCUGAGCGCUGCUCGGCACAGCACGGCGGCUGCGGCUCCAAACAUCUGUCGCUGUGCUGUGCAGAGCAGCGCCGCACUGGAGGAUCGCUGUGUGUGUGUGUGUGUGUGUGUGUGCGUGUGUGUGUUUGUUAGCUUUUAGCGGUCAGCGGGCUCCUCUUUAUCAGCGUCUCCAUCGGCUGCAGAGGAAGCUUACGUCUGCCCUGAACUUCGAUCCGUAGAACCUUAUUUCAUCCUCCUUGAGUUUAUGCAUUUCUGAUUUAAUAAAGCAUGAUUCAGCACUA